AUUGUCACUUCUGAGCAGUUGGAGCAUUCCCAGCCUUGCCUCGGGUGUAGGGAUUGCAUAGGAAAAAGAGCAAAACUACACAGCUACACUGUGUGGUUUUGUUUUUUGGGGUUUCUUUGAGGCUAAACUGUUCUCACAUUGGAUUUUCUGACAUUUCUGGAUAAGGAGAUUGUUUCUGAAGAAAUACAACUUCUGGGCUUCGCCCCAUCAAAUCUAGGCACUCUUGUGGAUACAAGGUGCCAUCCACAAUGUCUACACAGGCGCCAACAUUUACACAGCCGCUGCAAAGCGUUGUGGCACUAGAGGGUAGUGCUGCAACGUUUGAAGCACAAGUUAGUGGUUCUCCAGUUCCUGAGGUGAGCUGGUUCCGUGAUGGCCAGGUUCUUUCCGCUGCCGCUCUGCCCGGCGCACAGAUCUCGUUCAGCGAUGGCCGCGCUGUUCUGAUGAUCCCUGCUGUGACAGCCGCACACAGUGGAAGAUUUUCUGUCAGAGCCACCAAUGGUGCUGGACAAGCCACUAGCACCGCUGAACUUCUUGUUACAGUGGAGACUGCGCCGCCCAACUUUAUUCAGAGACUUCAGAGUUUGACCGUGAGACAAAGAAGCCAAGUGAGACUGGAUGUUCGUGUGACAGGAAUCCCUACACCUGUGGUAAAGUUCUACAGAGAGGGAGCCGAGAUACAGAGCUCCGCUGACUUUCAGAUUGUUCAAGAAGGAGACCUUUACAGUUUGUUGAUUGCCGAAGCCUUCCCAGAGGAUUCUGGAACUUACUCUGUAAAUGCUUCAAACAGCAGCGGACGGGCUACCUCCACUGCUGAACUGCUGGUUCAAGGUGAAGAAGCUGUGCCUGCCAAGAAGACUAAAACCGUAAUUUCAUCUUCCUCUCAGAGGUCCUCCUCUCAGAGUCGCCAGACCAGAGUUGAGACAAGGAGUAUGGAGGCUCAUUUUGAAUCCUCAUCCAUGCAAAUGCAUGUUGAAGGUGGUGGAGUGAGCCAUCUAGCACACAAGACCCCACCACGUGUGCCCCCUAAGCCAACCUCAACCUCCAAGUCCCCAACACCAUCAUCUCUUGCAGCCAGAGUUGCAGGGGGACGUCAUCAGUCACCAUCACCUGUGAGGCAUGUCAAGGCGCCCACUCCGGCCCCUGUUAGGUCUGUAUCCCCCACUUCUAGACUGUCUGUGUCCCCAAUCAGACCAGUCAAAUCUCCACUGACCACACGCAAACAGGUAGCCCAUGGUCCUGAUGUCCUCCCACCAUGGAAGCAGGGAGACUUUGUUGAAGGGUCCAGCAGCUAUUCCAGCAGCAUGACUUCCAGUGCCACCCAUGCCCAGGCCUCCAUGUCUGCCACCCAUGCCCAGGCCUCCAUGUCUGCCACCCAUGCCCAGGCCUCCAUGUCUGCCACCCAGGUUCACAUGGAGCAGCGCUGGGAGGGCUCUUAUGGAUUGCAAACGGCUGGGUCCGCUGUAUCUGGUGUCGCUGUGAGAGAGGAGGUGCAGCAUGAGGUGGACGAUAAAAGCAUUGCUGUAGCUACUGUGGUAGCAGCUGUGGACCAGGCUCGCAGCCGCAAGUCUGCUGGUUUUACACCAGAGCCAGUGCCGGUGGUGACAGCCAGUGCAGAGACACAGAGCACCUCUAGCACCUCUACUGCUGUGUUAAUGUCCACAACAAGGGAACAGAUCAUGCCAGAGUCUAUAGCUGUUGAACCAGCUAUAGAGACACACACUGAUGACACUGUGGUACAGAACAGAGAGAUUGGAAUCUCUACUGUUACAUGUAUGAUGACAACCGAGGAGCAGGUUGAGGGUGGGAAAAAAGCCGAGGCAAAGGCUACAGUGGUUGCUGCUGUCGACCUAGCACGUGUUCGGAAGCCUUUGCAUGCUGAGGGGGGUCAUGCUGAAGAGGAAACCAUACAAUCUGAUUUAAAACAGCAGAUGAUGAUGGCUACCACUGAGCAACAAGUCACAGUGAAAACUGAGGCUGCAACUGUGCCAAUGGUGCAAAUACCAAUAAUACCACCACCAUCAAUUCAAACAACAUCUGAUGAGCAGAGUAUUCAUGUUACCCAGAUACAAAGAAGUAGAGAAACUACUACCGCCCACAUGGAAACUGCCCUCGCACCAUCCCCAAUUCCACAUUUCACAGUUUCAAAAGUUACUGUUCCUAAACCUGACCAUAGCUAUGAGGUUUCGAUAGCAGGUUCUGCUAUUGCCACACUGCAGAAAGAGUUAUCCUCUACCUCUGCACAUGCUGCUCAAAAGAUCAUCAAGCCAGUCAAGCCUCCAUCUCCUAGUCUCCACCGUAAGGUUGUGGACGUGAUGCCAGCGCCAACCAAGUCUCCGUUUAAGGAUCUCUCCGAGAGAUAUAAGACUCAUUUCGACACUCAGUUACAGACUCAGAUAGGCGCUACGUUUACAGGGGAAACGGAGCAAAUGUAUAAGGAUUUGGAAACAAAGAUCGUUGAGACUGCAGCAGUCCCAUCCCCUGCAGAAGAGCCAGUUGUGCCACCUACUCUUGUAGCUGGCUUAAAGAACCUGACUGUGACUGAGGGUGAGUCUGUGACUCUGGAAUGCCAGAUUUCUGGUCACCCUGCCCCUGGCAUCAUGUGGUUCAGGGAGGACUACAGAAUUGAAAGCUCCAUUGACUUCCAGAUCACUUAUGAGAGUAAAUGCGCCCGUCUGGUCAUCCGCGAGGCUUUCGCAGAAGACAGCGGUCGCUUCACUUGCACUGCUACUAGCAAUGCUGGAACUAUCAGCACAUCCUGUUACCUGCUUGUCAAAGUAACCGAGGAGAUUGAGACCCGGGAAGAGAUGACACAACAAGGCACCGUCACUGUAUUUGACCUUACUACUCAAGAGAAACUUUUUACUACUGAAGCAAAGGAGGAGACCAUGUCGGAGGUGAGCUCUGCCAUUGCCACCGCAGGUUCACCAGUGGAUACUGCAGAUGCCGUCGCUCCCUUCUUUGUCAAGAGGCCAACUGUACAGAAGUUGGUGGAGGGCGGACGUGUUGUCUUUGAGUGCCAGAUCGGAGGCAGCCCCAAGCCACACAUGUUCUGGAAGAAGAGUGGCGUGCCCCUUACUACAGGAUACAGAUAUAAAGUCCACUAUGAUAAGGAAAGUGGAGUGUGUAAAUUGGAGAUCUCCAUGACAUUUGCUGAUGAUGCUGGAGAGUACUCCGUCUUUGCCAGGAACCCGCUUGGAGAAGCCUCUGCCUCAGCUGGACUGCUGGAGGAAGGGGAAUAUGAAGAAUACAUGAAGAAACAUGAAAUGACAUAUAAGAGUGAAGUAAUUACAACGGUGCAGAUGGAUGUACCCCCUGUUGUUGUGAGCGAAUAUGACGACGACCAGAUGUAUAGGCAGAGGAGAAUGACACAGCAAGCACAAACGCAAAGCUUUGUUUCAACACAGGAACUCCAGAUUUCUUCCUUUGAGGAGAGGAUUAUCCACGAGAUUGAGAUCCGCAUCCUGCAAAUUACCUACCAACAGAUUGUGACUGAGGAUCGGGAAGAGAUGGUGACUUGUGCAGAUCGUGAGGCUUUACAGUCAGCCUUUGCAACUCCAGUUAAAAACUACAGAAUCAUAGAAGGAAUGGGUGUUACUUUCCACUGCAAAAUGGCAGGAACUCCACUGCCCAAGAUUGCGUGGUACAAAGAUGGAAAGCGUAUCCAUCAUGGUGGCCGUUACCAGAUGGAGAGUCUUCAUGAUGGUAGAGCCAGCCUGCGUCUUCCUGUGGUGCUGCCAGAGGAUGAGGGUGUUUACACAGCAUUAGCUAGCAACAUGAAGGGCAACUCUGUGAGCUCAGGGAAACUGUAUGUGGAGCCCACUGCCAUUGCAGGAGCUCAGCGUUACACGCCUGAACCUCAGGCAAUGCAGAGAAUUAGGUCCCAGUCCCCAAGAUCUCUGAGUCGCUCUCCCGGACGCUCUACUAGUCGCUCUCCUGCCCGCUCUCCUGGUCGCAGGCUUGAUGACACUGAUGAGAGUCAGCUGGAGAGACUGUACAAGCCUGUGUUUGUCUUGAAGCCACAGUCAUUCAAGUGCGCUGAAGGGCAGACUGCCAGAUUUGACCUGAAAGUAGUUGGUAGACCCAUGCCUGACACUUUCUGGUUCCACAAUGGGCAACAAGUUGUCAAUGAUUACACCCACAAGAUAGUGGUGAAGGAAGAUGGAACUCAGUCACUGAUUGUGGUUCCAGCCAUGCCCCAUGACUCUGGAGAAUGGACGGUCGUUGCUCAAAACAGAGCUGGGAAAAGCUCUGUGUCCAUGACACUUACAGUUGAUGCCAAAGAAAAUUUGAUCAGACCCCAGUUUAUUGAGAAGCUGAGGAAUGUCAGUGUCAAGAAAGGCACUCUGGUUGAGUUGGCGGUCAAAGCCAUUGGAAACCCCCUGCCUGACAUUGUAUGGCUGAAAAACAGCGACAUCAUCUCCCCACAGAAGCACCCAAAUAUCAAGAUCGAGGGCAUCAAGGGAGAAGCCAAAUUCCACAUCCCACAGUCAGUGAGCUCUGAUAGUGCCUGGUACACAGCCACAGCCAUUAACAAAGCUGGAAGAGAUACCACUCGCUGCAGGGUCAACAUUGAGGUAGAUGCUGCUGAACCUGCGCCAGAGAGGAGACUCAUUAUCACCAAAGGAACCUACAAGGCCAAGGACAUAGCAGCUCCAGAGUUGGAACCCUUGCAUCUCCGUUAUGGUCAAGAGCAGUGGGAGGAGGAUGACCUAUAUGACAAGGACAAGCAGCAGAAACCACAGUUCAAAAAGAAACUGACUUCUGUCAGGUUGAAGCGUUUUGGCCCAGUCCAUUUUGAAUGCAGACUGACCCCAAUUGGUGAUCCCACUAUGGUGGUUGAGUGGUUGCAUGAUGGCAAACCCCUGGCAGCUGCUAACAGAUUGCGCAUGGUUAAUGAAUUUGGCUACUGUAGUCUUGACUUUGAAGUUGCCUAUGCCAGAGAUAGUGGUGUCAUCACCUGCAGAGCCACUAACAAGUUUGGAGUUGAUCAGACCUCAGCUACACUGAUUGUAAAGGAUGAGAAGAGCCUUGUUGAGGAGACACAGUUACCUGAGGGCAGGAGGGAAAUACACAGAAUUGAUGAGAUGGAGCGCAUGGCUCACGAGGGAGGGCCUUCUGGAGUCACUGGGGAUGAGUAUUCAGAGAAGUCAAAGCCUGAAAUUGUCCUUCUUCCUGAACCAGCAAGAGUGCUGGAAGGUGACAUUGCAAGAUUCCGUUGCAGAGUUAUUGGCUAUCCUAUGCCUAAGGUUAACUGGUACCUCAACGGACAGCUCAUUCGCAAGAGCAAGAGAAUGAGGCUUCGCUAUGAUGGCAUUUACUAUCUUGAGAUUAUAGAUAUCAAGUCAUACGAUGCAGGAGAUGUGAAAGUGGUAGCAGAGAACCCAGAGGGCACAGCUGAGCAUCUGGUGAAGCUCGAGAUCACACAGAGAGAGGACUUCAGAUCCAUCCUCCGUCGCGUCCCUGAACCAAAGGCACAUGACACUACUGAACAUGGGAGAGUUAGCUUUGAAGUUGUGAAGGUUGACAGACCAGCUGAUGCCCAGCCAAAGGAAGUUGUCAAACUGAGGAAGACUGAAAGAGUCAUCCAUGAGAAGUCCACAGAGGAGACAGAUGAGUUGAAGAGCAAAUUUAAGCGCAGGACAGAGGAAGGUUAUUAUGAAGCCAUCACUGCUGUGGAGCUCAAGUCCAAAAGGAAGGAUGAGUCCUAUGAGGAUAUGCUUAGGAAGAGGAAGGAAGAACUGCUUCAUCACAUGAAAGAGUUGACUGAGGCUGAGAAGAAGAAAGAGAUGGAGGAGGGUCAACUCACCAUACCCACAAUCAAACCAGAGAGAAUACAGCUCUCUCCCAGCAUGGAAGCUCCAAAGAUCUUGGAACGCAUUGCUAGCCAGACCGUGUCUCAGACCGAGGAAGUUCGCUUCAGAGUCAGAGUUGUCGGCAAACCAGAACCUGAGUGCCAGUGGUUCAAGAAUGGAAUUCUGCUGGAGAAGACCGAUCGAAUUUACUGGUAUUGGCCUGAAGACCACGUGUGUGAAUUAGUGGUCAGAGAUGUCACAGCAGAAGACUCUGCUAGCAUCAUGGUCAAAGCCAUGAACAUUGCUGGAGAGACAUCAAGCCAUGCAUUCCUGCUGGUACAAGCCAUUACAGUUAAUAGCUUUACUCAACAACUAGAGGAUGUGGAAGCGAAAGAGAAGGACACCAUGGCGACCUUUGAGUGUGAAACAAAUGAGCCUUUCGUUAAAGUCAAAUGGAUGAAGAACAAUUGUGAGAUUUUCUCUGGAGACAAAUACAGGAUGCACUCAGACAGAAAGGUUCAUUUCCUUUCUGUACUGAUCAUCAACAUGAAGGAUGAUGCAGACUACAGUUGUGCUGUUGUUGAAGAUGACCACAUCAGGACCACUGCCAGACUCAAUGUGGAAGGUGCUUCACUGUCAAUUGUGAAGAGGCUGGAGAACAUUGAAGUGCCUGAGACCUACUCUGGGGAGUUUGAGGUUGAAUUAUCUCGAGAGGAUGCUGAAGGUACAUGGUAUUUCAAUGACAAGGAAAUCACUCCCAGCAGCAAAUAUGUUACCUCCUCCCGCCGUGGACGCCAUACCUUGUCUGUCAAAGACAUCAAGAAAGAAGAUCAGGGAAAAUAUACAUUCAAAAUUGCUGAUAUGCAGACCAGUGCCUCCCUGAAGAUGAAACUGCGCCCUGUGACCCUGAUGCAACCCCUCACUGACCUGACAAUCUGCGAGGGUGACAUCGCUCAAUUAGAAGUGCGAUUCUCUCAGGAAAACGUUGAGGGAACAUGGAUGAAGAAUGGCCAAGCAAUCUCUGCCACAGAUCGCAUCCACAUCGUUAUCGACAAACAGGUCCACAAGCUGCUUGUUGAAAACGUGAGCAGAGACGAUGCUGCAACAUACUCCUUCGUUGUCCCAGCUCAGGAUAUCUCCACCUCUGGGAAGUUGAACAUUCAAACGAUUGAUAUUUUGAGCCCACUCACUGAUAUUACCGCAGUUGAGGGCACCAAGGCUGUUAUGGAGGCUAAAAUCUCUGCUGCUGAUGUUACCUCUGUGAAAUGGUACCACAAUGACAAACUUGUGAUGCCCAGUGAGAGAAUCCAGAUGCUUGCAAAGGGAUCCAAACAGCGCCUGGUAUUCCACAGGACCUUUGCCUCUGAUGAAGGAACCUACAAGUUAUGUGUUGGCAAAGCUGACUCUAGCUGUAAACUGACUAUUGAAAAAAUUCACAUCACCAAGCAUAUGGAGGAUCAAGUUUGCACAGAGACCCAGAAUAUAACAUUUAAAGUUGAGGUUUCCCACCCUGGCAUUGCCGCUGUGUGGACCUUCAAGAAACAACCACUCAAAGCUAGUCCAAAGCAUAAGAUUGAGGCCAAGGGCAAAAAUUACAGCCUGAGUGUCAUUAAUACCAUGAAGGAUGAAGAGGGAGAAUACGCAUUCGCUGCUGGUGAACAGACAUCCAGCGCAAAGCUUACUGUGUCAGGUGGUGCCAUAAACAGACCACUCCAGGACGUGACUGUGGCUGAGUCUCAGACAGCUGAGCUGGAGUGUGAGGUGGCCAACCCAACUGCUGAGGGCAAGUGGCUCAAGGAUGGACAACCCGUGAACUUCAGUGACAAUGUCAACCAUAUGAACAAUGGAGCUGUCAGACGUCUUGUUAUUACCAUAACCAGACCCAAUGACAUCGGUGAAUACACUUACCAGGUCGCAAACUCCAAGACAACAGCCAACCUGAGAGUUGAGGCUGUGAAAGUCAAGAAGACACUGAAGAACCAAACUGUUACUGAGACACAGGAGGCAGAGUUCAGUCUGGAGCUCACCCACAAGAAUGUGAAGGGCUCACAAUGGAUUAAGAAUGGUGUAGAGAUCAACCCAAGUGAGAAAUAUGAAAUCACAACUGAUGGCCUGGUCCACACCUUGAAGAUCAAGAACUGUGACACACGCGAUGAAUCAGUUUAUGGAUUCAAACUUGGGAAACUAUCUGCUAAUGCUAGAUUGAACGUUGAGACAAUCAAGAUUGUGAAGAAGCCAAAAGAUGUGACAUCACUAUUGGAUGCCACUGCCUCUUUUGAGCUGAGUCUGUCCCAUGAUGACAUCCCUAUCAAAUGGAUGUUCAAUAACAAGGAGCUUAAACCAAGUGAAAACGUCAAAAUACUGUCUGAGAGAAAAGCUCACAAGCUGACCAUCCAGAAUGUGAAGACUGACGACCAUGGAGAGUACACAGCUGUAGUUGGAAACCUGCAAUGCAGCGCAUCUUUAUAUGUUGAAGCUCUGCGUGUGACAAAACCCAUCAAGAACAUUGAAGUCCCAGAGACCCAUGUGGCCACUUUUGAAUGUGAAGUAUCACACUUCAAUGUCCCGUCCACUUGGCUGAAAAAUGGAGUGGAGAUAGAAAUGAGUGAAAAGUUCAGGAUUGUGGUGCAGGGCAAGCUUCACCAGCUCAAGAUCAUGAACACUAGCAGAGAAGAUUCUGCAGAAUACACGUUUGUCUGUGGAAAUGACAGAGUCUCCGCCACUUUGACCGUCAAUGCCAUUUUGAUCACCAACAUGCUGAAAGACCUCAAUGCACAGGAGAAAGACACCAUCACAUUUGAAGUGAAUGUCAACUAUGAGGGCAUCACCUACAAGUGGCUCAAGAAUGGUGUUGAGAUUCCCUCCACAGACAGAUGCCAGAGCCGUACCAAACAGCUAACUCACUCGCUCACCAUCCGAAAUGUUCAUUUUGGUGAUAGUGCAGAGUACAAGUUUGUGGCUGGUUCUGCUGCGUCAGCAGCAAAGCUUUAUGUUGAUGCUCGCGUUAUUGAAUUCACCAAGCAUAUCAAAGAUAUCAAGAUUACAGAGAAGAAGAGGGCCACUUUUGAAUGUGAGAUCUCUGAGCCUAAUGUUCAGGUGAUGUGGAUGAAAGAUGGACAAGAGCUGGACAUUUCCGAAAGAUACACCGUAUCCACCGAGAAAUUCCUGCACCGUCUAAUGAUCCAGUCAGUCCGCAUGUCUGAUGCCGGAGAAUAUUCUGUUGUCGCUGGUGCAAGCGUGUCAAAGGCUUAUCUCACCGUGGAGGGCAAAGAUGUCCGCAUUACAGAGCCUGCUGAGAAGAAAAUGACGGUUGUUGAGAAACAAAGAACGACGUUUGAGUUUGAAGUCAAUGAGGAUGACAUUGAAGGUCGCUGGCUGAGGAACGGUGUUGAGCUCCAGUUUUCCGUUGAGCAGAGGUUUAGUUAUGUUUGCAUUAGAAAGCUCCAUCGUCUGACCAUCACUGAGACCUACAGAAGUGAUGCAGGAGAAUACACCUUCAUCGCUGGCAGGAACAGGACCGUUGUGACACUUCAUGUCAACAUCCCUGAGCCACCUCAGAUCAUUAACCACAUGCAGCCCCUGUCUGUGGAGGCCGGCAAACCUGCUCGCUUCUCUGUGGAAGUGACUGGCGUCCCCCAGCCCCAGGUGUUCUGGUACAAGAACUCCCAGGCUCUCUCCCCAGGCUUCAAGUGCAAGUUUCUGCGUGAUGGGAAUGAGCACUGUCUGCUACUCAUUGAAGUGUUCCCAGAGGAUGCAGCGGUCUACAACUGUGAGGCCAAGAAUGAAGGUGGUGUUGCCACCAGUUCAGCUGCACUGAAUGUCGAAGUUUCAGAAGUUGUUUCUCCUGACACUGGAGCUCCUCUGUCCCCACCUACCAUCAUCUCACCAAUCAGCAACACCUCAACCACUGAGGGAGAGUCAGCCAGAUUCCAGUGCAAAGUUACUGGAGAAGCUCUGAAGAUGUCCUGGUACCGUGGUGAGAAGGAAAUUAAGCAGUCAGACUUCUUCAGGAUUUCUACAUUUGAUGACACCUGCCAGCUGGAGAUCAGCAGAGUCUUCUCUGAGGAUGAGGGGGAAUACACCUGUGUUGCCAGAAACGCAGGAGGAAUGGUCACAUGCUCUGCACGUUUGAAACUUGAUGGGCAAAAACAAACUAUGGAUAUUACAUCUGAUUCUCAAAGGCAUGUCUCAUCCAGUCUUUCAUCAAGCUUCUCAAGUGUAAAGAAGGAGCAAAUUGCCCAAAGGCCCACUUUUAUUCACCCAAUAGAAAGCUGCGUCAUUCAGCAUGGUGAAGUGGCCAGGUUUCAUGCUUGUGUGUCCAGCAUGCCAAUGCCAGAGAUUAGCUGGUAUCAUAACCAUCAGCCAAUUAAGCCUAUCAAAGAUAUUGUCUUUCAUUUCGAUGAGAUGACAAACACUGCCACAUUAAUUAUAGUCGAUGCAUACGCUGAGCAUGCUGGACAAUACACUUGCAAAGCAACCAAUAAAGCCGGAGAGGCCAUGUGCACAGCAACCCUUGCAGUAACCAAAGAAGUAACCCAUAUGAAGGAAGAGAUUGAAGCAACCAUUGAGCAAGAAGCAAAAGAAUAUUCUAGGUCGACUGUGACGACAGUGGAAGAAGAACAAGAAUCCUACACCACUGGCCUUCAGUUACCUCAAACAUCCAAAACACUUGAACUCCAGCCAGAGUCUAAAUACUAUUCUAGUACUUUAGAGGAUAAAAAAGAAAAGCCUAUAUUUUUGACCCAACUCUCACCAGCAGCUGUCAAUGUUGGGGAGUCAGCAAGAUUUACUAUCACAGUAUCUGGCCUUCCAAAGCCUACUGUUCAGUGGUUUCAUAAUGGGAGAGUCAUUACUUCUUCAUCAAUUUACAAAUUGGUUCAAGAAAAAGAUGAGUAUACCUUAAUAAUAUCUGAGGUAAAAACAGACUAUAAAGGCGAGUACACUUGUACAGCUAGCAAUAGAUUUGGCCAGACAACCUGUACUACUUACCUGGAGGUAAGUAAGAGAGCUUCAACUACAGCUGAGCAAUGGGUGGAAAAAAUGUUCAAAGCCACUGUCCAACCUCCAAAUUUCACUAGCCAAGUCAAACCUAUAAAAUGCCAAGAGGGAGGUGAGGCUUACUUUAAAUAUAAAGUAACUGGUGAUCCAAUACCAGAUGUACAGUGGUAUAAAAGUGCUCGUCAAAUUCAGCCUGGUAAAUACUGCAUUAUAGUGAACAACCCAGAUGGCUCUGGCUUCAUCAACAUGAAGGGCAUUCAACAGCAGGACAGUGGUCUCUAUACAUGUAGGGCUUCCAACCCAUCUGGGGAGGCCUCUUGUAGUGCUGACCUAAUUGUUUUCAAAGAGCCUAUCUCUGUAUCUCAGCGUAAGGAACCCAUGGUUGUUCAAAAAGGUUAUAAAGUAUCCAUGACUGCUGAACAAGCUACAGAGUCCCGCUUGUACGAGGUCAACCUUCCCGGAGAGACCAGGGCCAGAGAUCAAGCAGGACAUCAGAUGGUGUACACCAUUGGCACCGAGGACAGCCAGGUUGUUUCCAGUGAGCAAGUACAAACCCUUAGAGAGUUGGAUAUGUCAGCAGCUACGGUCCAAAGAGAAAGGGUCACCCACCAGGCUGCAGUUCUGCAGUCACAUGAGGUACAAGAGAGAGUGUCUGUGGGUGUCACUCGUCCACCUGAGGUUUCAGUAGUUUCUACGAAACAACACCGUACGGCUCCCUUUCAUACAUCUGCUGUUCAGGAUAGCCCACAGCUCACAGAGCGGCACUGUGACCGUAUCCAAAGCCCAGUAGUCAUAGAGCUGCAGUCUUCAAAAGAGAAGCGUUCACAAUUAAUGUCUGCCACUUCCGAGGAGAUAACCACCUUGGCGAGUGUAAGCACAGAGAUGUCAGGUGAAAGGAAGACAGAUAAAGUAAAGCCAACCUCCGAGCCAAAACAUCUUGUCAGUAGUCAUCUUGUUGAAUCCCAACUGUCAAUUUUAAAAGAACGAUCGCAAGAAAUUCCCAAGCCACAGGAGGAAAAAAGUUACAAAGUCAAAGAAGGCAUUAAGAUAUUGUAUUCCGCCAUGUCAACUGAAAAACAGAUGAUUCCUGAGGGCCAUACCACAGAUGUGCCAUCUUCUGACUCUGCUCUACAAUCUUCAGUGACAAAAGAAUCGCUCAAGCCAAUCUUAGCCUCAGUUUCUGAGACAAAACAAACCUUAUCAAAAGAGACUAAAUUUACCAUGCAGAGGCCAGAGGCAGAAAAGGCUCUCCUUCGUAAAGAUUACAUUAUGAAAUCUGCACUGACAGCUGAGGAAAAGCAGAUCUUACAAGCUGAACACACAAAACAAGUGAAGAGUUUAGAAAGUGCGACCUCAUUAUUUUCUCAGGUAGAAGGUGAACAGGUACUGCAUUUGCAGAUCAUUAGAGAUCAGGAUAUCCUACCAUCUGAGGAACCAUUUACUUGUCAGAAACCAGCUGUAGAACAAGCAGGUGCCAGGAAAAGCCCUACUCUUUUACAUACAGUAACCCACGAUGAACGGAUAUCUGUCACUUGCGAAGAUACGACUGAGUUUGAGGCCAAGAGAGACACAAUGACCAUUCAGCCCCAAAAACAAGCCCCUACCCCAUUACAUCUUCAGUCAGUUCAUCCGGGAGGUGCCUUAACCAAAGAGGGAAUUAUUACCAUUGAAAAGCCAGCCCAACAGACAGCAACACAGAAGCAGGAGAAAGCCAGAAAACACGCAGCAUCCUCAGAGGAAAAAAGGGGGCUUAGCGCAGAUUAUUCCAAAGAUCUUGAUGUGUCUGUGACAGGAGUUCAGUCAAAGCUUAGAACAGAACCCAGACCACAGAACAUUCUUCAGGUCACAUCAAAGCCCAUGCAGAUAUCCAAAGAAACACCAUUUACUAGUGAUGCCAAACAGCAGCGUGCAUUAAUCCAAAAAGAAGAUCGUUGGAAUAUCAUGCAAGUUACAAGUGUGGCAGAUAGUCAAGCGUUAGAGGAGGGACAUACUGAGAGUUUGACAGCUGUUGACACAUUUACAUGCAAAUCCGAAAUAGAGCCUAAAGUACCUACUGAGCCCAUACAAAUAGAGGAGAAGGCGAUCGCAACUGAGAGUAGUGUACUUCUAAAAGCAACAGAGCAAGAUUUUGCCAUCCAGAUACAGGAAGGACAGUCUGUUAGACAGUCAAUAAUGAUGGAUGAAAAGCGUAUAUUGAUUGGGGAAAUGUCUCAGCAAAUUACCAAAUCAGAGUCAGCAAAAGUUAGCCUUAAAACUCAGCACAAAAUGGCUGUUUUCGUUUCAGAGUCUGGAGAAAGUCGAACUCUUCCAAAGGAGCUCACAUUUGUUAUUCAGAUUCCCAAACCAACAAGUUUGGACAUCAGACAUCAGUUGAAAGAUGCACUUCAGUCUGCUGUGGCUCUUGAUCAGCCACUUAUACUAGCAGACGUUGUUGGAAGUUUAGAGGCUACUGAGGUACAGGAAGUGAAGGUACUCAAGGAACCUAGGCGUGCGAUGUUCACUUAUCUUAUCACAACACCAGGUGCCCCUAUGGAAAUAACACUUGCUUUUGAAGGUCAGUACCCCAAGACUGCAGAUCUAAGGACUGAACUCCAGGCAGCUUUCUACUCAAUGAUCUAUCACGAGCAGCAUGUUCUUACAUCUGAGCAACCUGGCACACUGCAAAUCGACAAGCCCCAAAGACUAAAGGUUAGCAGUGCAUCCUCCAAAGAAAUAUUGUCAUCUGUAGUUGAGACAGUAAAAGUAGCAGAAAGUGUAGUUGAUUUCACAACACCUAAAUCUCAGGCUGCUAAACGAAAGACAGAAUCUCGGGCUACACAUGAAACAGCAACAGCUGAGGAACGUAUUGUGGUGCAAGAGUCCAAAGUAACUCAAUCCAACUUGGGCGGUCAAGUAAUGGAAGUUACUACAGAAUCACAUGCUGAGUUUGGACAGACAGUACAGGUGGCCAGACAGGAGGUUAGAACUAUGACUGUAAAAGGUUAUGAGAGAGAUGUAGGUAUGGUUGAUAUCACCACCGAUAUGCCCAUGACAUCCAUUCCAACUGAACAGUCUUUAGAUGUACUCAUCCAAAAAGAACACAGGGAGGAAUUUAUUUCAGAAGAGGUCAAAAAAUCUAAACCUCAAGGAAAUGUAAACGAUUAUCCCAUUAUUGAAACUUUCCUUGAGGACAUUACCACAGAGGAGCAUUGUAAGGUUACAUACACUGUGACAGUAAAGUAUGUUACAAAAGCUAAUUGGCUUUUCAAUGGACAAAUAAUUAAAUCUGGCAAAGAGUUCAAGUGUUCUAAAGAACAUGACACAUACACACUUACAAUCAUGAAAAUUAUCAAGGAGAAGCACGAAGGAGAAUAUGUCUUUGAGGCUGUGAAUGAAGCUGGAAAGACCACAACAUCAUCAAGACUCACAGUUGUCUCGAAAGUGCCACCUGUUUUCAGGUACAAAAUUGUUCCCCUGGAGAUCAAUGUUGGCAGUGGAGCCAAGUUUGAAUGUGAAAUUGAAGAGGCACCAAAUGUGAACUUCAAAUGGUUCAAGUCUGGCACUUCGAUCAAAGAGAGUGCAAAUUGUCACGUUCUCAGUCGGCAACUGACAUCUUCAUUGGAGCUUCUGAGCCCAACCAAAGCCGACAGUGGUGAAUACACCUGCAAGGCUACAAACCAACAUGGCAGUGACACCUGUGCCGCCAAACUGACAGUGACUGAGAUGUACCCGCCAGUAUUUAGUACAAAGCCUGAUCACAUGACUUUAUACGUGGGCAAACAAGCAACAUUCCAGUGUGUAGUUACUGGCUCUUCACCGAUGACUAUUGUCUGGCACAAAGACAACAUUGCUAUCUCUCCGGGGGGAAGCUAUCAAAUAUCAUCUGACAAGACCAAAUAUUCCCUACAAAUCAAAAAUCUUCAGCUGAACGAUCAGGGCACAUACCUUUGCAAAGCAUCGAACAGUGUUGGUACUGUUACAUGCAGUUCAGAGUUGAGGGUUAUCAACAAACCCAGUUUCAUAAAGACCUUUGAGGUCUCGGUGUCUUCAGCCGUUGGUAACACACUGCGGCUCGAAGGUCAAGUGGAUGAGGACACUGGAGUGUCCAUCACCUGGAUGAAAGAUGGCAAAAAGCUUCAUCAAACAAUGGAUUGUAAACAAUCUUUUGAAGACAAGGUUGUCGUUCUUGAAAUUACAAAAGCAAAACUGAAAGAUUCAGGGAAAUAUGUAUGUACAGCUUCAAAUGAUGCUGGGAGUGCAACUUGUCCUACCACGUUGACAGUACAAGAGCCCCCUACCUUUGUUAAGAAAAUGGAACCAAAACUAAUGUGGAAGCAGGGCAUAGCUGCUCGGAUGCAGUGCACAGUCAAAGGAUCAGCUGAACUCAAAGCUUCCUGGUUUUUGAAUGACAAGGAGCUCAGUGAUGGAGAUAAAUAUAAAAUCACUUUCAAGGCUGGUCUUGCAACUUUCGAAAUAAUCGAUGUAAACGUGUUAGACAGCGGAAACUACACUUGUGAGGUGUCAAACGAAGCUGGUAGUGAGAGCUGCAGCACUGAGUUAUCUGUAAAAGAGCCCCCUUCCCUUCGAAAAGAAUUGCAAAUGGUUGAGGCAGUGAAGGGAAGUCCUGCCGUCCUCGAAUGUGAAAUUAAAGGAACAGCUCCAUUUGAAAUCACCUGGUUGAAGAAUAAGAAACCAGUCGUCACCACAGAUAAAAAGUACAAGAUCGUCUCUCAGGAGUCCAUUGCUCGUUUGGAGUUCUGCUCAUUUGAAAGUGCAGACAUUGGGGAUUAUCAGUGCUGCAUAGCUAAUGAUGUUGGUAAAAUCACCACUAAGGCACUGGCCAAACUAAAAGAACCACCAACAUUUGCAAAGAAGAUUGAAACCAUUACAGCAACAUUGGGAGAUUCUGUGAAACUGCAGGGCACAUUGAAAGGCUCACCCCCCAUUUCCGUCAAAUGGAUAAAGGACACUGAAAUGUUGAGAGAUGAUGAUCCAAAUAUCAAAAUGACAUUUGAGAACAACAUUGCUAUUUUGUCAAUAACAACUGUUGCCAUUAACCAUGGUGGCAAGUACACUUGCCAAGCAGAGAAUGAGGCUGGACAAAACAAAUGUGAAGCCACUCUAACAGUUCAAGAACCUGCUAGAAUCUUAGAGAAAGCAGAAUCCAUCAAUGUGACUUCAGGGGAAUCUGCAACCUUGGAAUGCAAAAUCGCUGGAAGCCCAGAACUUAAAGUGAAAUGGUUCCAGGAUGGAAAGGAGAUGAAAGGGAGUCGAAAAUAUAAAAUAACUCUGAAAGAUAAUAUUGCUGUCUUAAAGAUUCUUGCGUCUGAAAAAGUAGACUCUUCCGAAUACACAAUGGAAGUGUCCAACCGUGUUGGAAAGGACCGGUGCUCAUGCUCUAUUACUGUGCUGGAACCUCCAGUCUUCACAUUGAAACCUGACAACCAAGACGUCAUACCAGGAUCUACUGUUGUCUUGAAGUGUGCUUUCACUGGAACAGCUCCUCUUAUGAUCAAGUGGUUCAGAGACGACAAGGAGAUAUCAAGUGGAGGCACAUUUUUUAUCAAGAAGGAGACCUCCUUAAGUUUUUUGGAACUUCACUCAGUAAAACCCAGUGACUCAGCUAACUACACAUGCCAAGUGGCCAAUGACGCUGGAAAGAUGGCGUGCACUGCUGUCUUGUUUGUGAAAGAACCUCCAAUGUUUGUGGUGAAGCUUGAGUCUACGAAACUAGCAGUGGAAGGAAGUGCUGUAAAGCUGGAGUGUAAAGCAACUGGCACCCCUGAGAUCAGUUUUAAGUGGUUCAAGAAUGAGAUUGAGAUAACACAAAAGGAGAAAUACAAAAUGGCUGUCACCAAUUCAGUUGCCUCAUUGGAGUUUGUCAACUGCUCUGUUGAUGAUAGUGGAAAUUAUGUUUGUGUGGCAUCAAGUGAUGCUGGUAGUGACCACAGCGGCAGCACAGUUACAGUUAAAGAACCUCCAAUAUUUACAAGGACCUUUGAAUCCAAAGAAGUUAUCAAAGGAUCUGAUAUUAUGCUGGAAGGAAAGCUUUCAGGCUCCGCUCCAUUCAACACAUCAUUUUACAAAAACACAAAGGCGAUCAGAAAUGAUAAAAGACAUAAGAUAGUCGUAAAGGAUGACAUAGUUACCCUCCAGAUCCUGGCAAUUGAAGCCGGAGAUGCUGGAAAAUAUCAGUGUACAGUAGAAAAUGAAGUUGGGAAGUCAUCUUGUGAUUGUGAGGUGACACUGAAAGAACCGCCAUCGUUUGUGAAAAAGAUAGAGAAUGUGAAUUCCCUAGUUGGCAGUGAGAUUUCUAUGCAGUGUACUCUGAAAGGAUCACUACCUAUGACUGUGUCAUGGCUGAAGGAUGACCAUGAGGUCAAAGAUGGUGAGCAUGCACAGAUGUCCGUUGAAGACAGGACAGCACUGCUGCGUAUUUCAAAUAUUCAAACCAAACAUGCUGGGAAAUAUACUUGUCAGGCCAAAAAUGAAGCUGGCAAUCAGAAAUGCUCUGCGUUAUUGGUAGUCAAAGAACCAGCAAAUAUCACUGAACAGGCUAAAUCUGUCAGUGUUACAAUGGGGGAUCCCGCUACACUUCAGUGCCGGUUCUCAGGAACCAGGGUGCUCAAAGUCAAAUGGCUGAAGGAUGGAAGAGAGCUGACAUCAGGUCAUAGAUACAAAGUACAGAGCACAGAUAAGAGCUCUGUACUAAACAUUCUCCGUACAGAAAAAAGCGACAGUGGAGAUUACAACUUUGAAGUUUCCAAUGACGUUGGAAGCAGUACCUGUGAAGCUACAGUUUCUGUUCUAGAUCAAAUCAUAAAACCAUCUUUCACAAGGAAACUGAAGAAAACAGAGAGUAUCAAAGGAUCAUUUGCCCACUUGGAGUGCCUUUUGUCUGGCUCUCUGCCCAUAUCUGUACUCUGGUACAAAGAUGAGAAAGAGAUCAAGACGGAUGAUAAGCACAAAUGCACAUUCUUUGAAAACACAGCUUUUCUGGAAAUAAGUCGUCUUGACAGUGCAGACAGUGGUAGUUAUACCUGCAUUGCUACUAAUAAGGCAGGCAAGGACCGGUGUUCUGGGGCCUUAAUUGUAAAAGAACCACCAUUGGUUUUAGAAAGGCCUGAAUCAAUGGAUGUUUUGCCUGGAUCAAAGGUUCAAUUUAAUGUCCUUUUGUCUGGAACGCCACCCUUGACCAUUAAAUGGUUUAAAGACAAGAAGGAGAUCUCAUCCGGCUCUGAUUGCUCUGUGACUAAAGACAACACCUCUACAUCGCUGGAGCUGUUCUUUGCCAAAGCAUUAGACUCUGGAGACUAUAUCUGCGAAAUUAAUAAUGACGUGGGCUCUGAUGCUUGCCAAGCAAUGCUCUUUGUCAAAGAGCCUCCAAAGUUCACACGAAAACCUGACGGCGUGUCAGUGGUGAAACCUGGGCAAAGUAAAACAUUUGAAUGCCAGGUGACUGGAACUCCAGAGAUUGAUAUAUACUGGUUCAGAGAUGGGAACGAGAUAAGUCCAAGUGACAAAUACAAGAUGUUCUUUGAUAACAACAUAGUAACCCUAGAUAUUUGUGGUGCUGAUACUAAGGACAGUGGAAUAUACUAUUGUGAGGCCCGUAAUGAAGCCGGCAGUGAAAGCUGCAAUAUGGAAUUGAAAGUGAAAGAGCCACCAUCCUUUGUUAAACAAUUAUCAACUGCGGAUAUUGUGAAGGGCUCAAAUGCCUCUUUAGAGUGCCAAGUCAUUGGCACAGGUCCGUUUGAGGUCAUGUGGCAUAAGGAUUUAAAGGAAAUUAAAUCCAGCACAAAGCACAGUUUCUCACAAGUACAGGACAUUCUGAAUCUUGAGAUCCAGAAAUGUGAUGGUGUAGAUGUUGGUGAAUACCAGUGUACUGUCUCAAAUGAGGUUGGAAGUUGUUCUUGUAGAACUACACUUCGUAUAAAAGAUCGACCAUCAUUUGUGAAGAAAAUUGAAAAUGUAGCCACUGUUUUGGGCAAAUCGGCUGAAUUUCAGUGUGUUGUCACUGGGUCACCAUCUCUGUCUGUGCAAUGGCAAAGAGAUGAGAACUGGAUCUUGGAAGAUCCUAAAAUUGAACGGACAUUUGAGAAUAAUGUGGCAACUCUAAGGAUUCCGGUCUGUGAGGCCCAUCACAGUGGGAAAUAUACCUGCCAGGUGGCAAAUGAUGCUGGACAGGACAAGUGCUUUGCAACCCUCAUGGUGCAAGAACCACCUCAGAUUACAGAGAAACCAGAAGUGAUGAAAGUAACUAUUGGGGAUCCAGUCAGUUUAGAGUGCAAAGUGGCAGGCAGUCCGGAGCUCAAAGUGAAGUGGACUAAAGAUGGCAAAGAGCUCAAGUCAAGUCCACAGCACAAACUUAGCUUCGAGAACAACCUUAGUAGCCUUAAAAUUCAGACUACACAAAAGGAGGAUGCAGGCAACUAUCAAUUUGAGGUCUCAAACCACAUUGAUACCUGCAGUUGCAAAGUCAAGUUGAUUGUACUAGAACAAACUAUUCCCCCAAGCUUCACCAAACCAAUGAGUGAAAUACAGGAAAUAUUGGGAACAUUUGUUCAAAUUGGCUGCAAAAUAUCUGGGUCCCUUCCCAUUACUGUGGAAUGGCAGAAAGAUGGAAACAACAUUUCCGUUGGUGGAAAAUAUAAACUUGUUCGUCAAGACAAUUCUGUGUCUUUGGAAAUCGAACAGUUAGAGAGAGUUGAUGCCGGCACUUACUCUUGCAAACUAACAAAUACAGCAGGAAGCGUUGAAUGUAGUGGGGCACUAAGGGUGAAAGAGCCGCCAAGCUUUGUGCUGCUGCCUGAGCCCCAGGCAGCCCUUCCUAACUCCAACGUGCGAUUUAAGAGCACGUUUAAAGGAACACCUCCUUUCGCAGUGAAAUGGUUCAAGGAUGACACUGAAUUGAUCACUGGACCAUCAUGUUUUACCGGACUGGAAGGAUUAUCUUGCUUCUUAGAUCUUUACUCAGUUGGAGUUUUGCAGAGUGGAGUUUACUCUUGUCAAGUUAGCAAUGAUGCCGAACCUCCUGAAUUUGUGCUGAAAUUGCCAGUCACAAAGUUUGUGAAGAAGUGCGAGCCACUCCGUCUUGAAUGCAAAGUUACGGGUGCGCCCUCUCUGCGAAUGCAAUGGUUCAAAAAUGACACUAAGAUCACAGAAGGUGACAACUAUAGAACCUCAUUUGUUGACUCAAUGGCAGUACUUGAGCUGCACACCACAAGAUUUGAAGACAAUGGAGUCUACACUUGUGAAGCAACCAACGAAGCUGGAAGCAUAAGCUGCAGCACAACCCUUACAGUCAAAGACCCACCAUCUUUCCUCAAAGUACCUCAGCCAAUUGAAGGAAUGAAAGGAAAGGAUGCUAGCCUACACUGUGAGAUAAUUGGCACAGCACCCUUUGAGAUUACCUGGUCCAAAGAUAAAACACCACUAAAAGAAAGUAGGAAAUAUAAGAUGGUGAAUGAGGGUACCUCUGCCACUCUUCAUAUAAUUGGAUUGGAAGCCUCAGAUGUUGGAGAGUAUGAGUGCAAGGCAUCAAACAGUGUAGGAUAUGAAACAUGCCGUACUACAAUUCAACUCAGAGAACCACCAACUUUUGUGAAGAAAUUGUCGAAUAUGACAUGUAUAUUGGGUGAAGAAGUCACCCUGACGGCCAAUGUCAAAGGCUCUCAGCCAAUGACCGCGUCUUGGGUACAGGAUAAGGAUCACAUUCUCAGAGAUGGUGACAACCGGAAAAUUACCUUUGACAACAACCAGGUCACUCUUAAAGUCUUUAAAGCAGAUUUACUGGCAAUGGGCAAAUACACCUGCCAACUCAGAAAUGAUGCCGGAGUUGUGGAAUGUUUUGCUAACUUGACUGUAUUAGAACCAGCUAAAGUUGUAGAGAGACCAGAGUCUUUCAGUGUGACUGCAGGUGAUAUUGCAGCUCUAGAAGUCAAAGUGUCGGGGACACCAGAGCUGAAACCAAAAUGGUUUAAGGAUGGAGUCGAACUCUCCUCUGGACAGAAGUACAAAAUCUCAUUCUCAAAGAUGAUCUCCAGCUUAAAAGUUUUGUCUGCAGAAAAAGUUGACACAGGAGAAUAUACAUUUGAGGUCAAAAAUGAGGUUGGCAGUGAUCUCACCAAAUUAAACCUCACUGUACUAGAUAAAACUAUACCUCCAACAUUUACAAGGAAAUUGAAGGAUUAUCAACCUAUUGUUGGAAAAGCUGGUGAAAUGGACUGCAAAGUCUCUGGUUCCGCACCUUUCACCAUUACCUGGUACCAUGAUGGAGAGGAGAUCAAAACUGGACCAAACUAUGAGAUUACAUUCAGUGACAACACCUGCAUGCUCAAAGUGCCCACUCUUAAGUUGUCAGACUCUGGAGUGUAUAAAUGCAAAGCUGUAAACAAGGCAGGAACCAAUGAGACCAGUGCCUCUUUCAUUGUGAAAGAACCUCCUUCUUUCGUGAUGCCACCUCAGCCAUUGGAAGCAAUGCCUGGCACAAAUGUUUUGUUCUCAGCAAUUGUCAAAGGAAGUGCCCCACUGAAACUGAAGUGGUUCAGAGGCACCAAGGAAAUUUUGUCUGGAAAAGGCUAUGAAAUUGCUCUGCGGGACAGUACAGCUACAAUGGAGCUAUUCAAAAUUGACAAAUCCCACGCUGGAGAGUAUACAUGCCAGAUUAUUAAUGAUGCUGGAAAGGAAAGUUGCCCAGUUAACCUGUCUGUGAAAGAACCUGCGUGCUUUGUUAAGAAGCUGAAGGACCAUUCUGUUGAAAAGGGUAAAUCAUUGGUACUUGAGUGCACAUACUCUGGAACCCCAAAGAUAUUUGUCACCUGGUAUAAGGACGGAAAACAGCUAUAUUCUUCUUAUAAGCACAAUGUCACUACCACUGAGACCUCCUGCAUCCUGGAGUGUUUAAACACCGAUGAUAAGGAAGCAAGUGGGGAAUACGCUUGUGAAGUUUCCAAUGAUGCUGGAAAGGAUACCUGCAAAGCACAAGUGUCCAUCUUAGAACCACCUUAUUUCAUUGAGAAUUUGGAGCCAAUGGAAGUGACUGCUGGUGAUGCAGUUUGUUUGAAAUGCCAUGUGGGCGGAACCCCUGAAAUAAAGGUGGCUUGGUUUAAGGCUGACGGAAAAGUGAGGUCCAGCCCCACUUGCAAAAUAGAAUAUUCCAAAGGAAUUGCUUGCUUGAAACUGAGCAAAGCAACCAAGGCCGAUAUUGGUGAAUACACAUGCAAAGCAGAAAACAACAUAGGAACAGCCUCAUCCACUUGCCGCCUCUCGGUCCAAGAGGCAAAAACGCCACCUACCUUCCCCAAGAAAAUAACCAGUCUUCAACAGACUGAAGGAAUGGAAGUCAAAUUUGAGUGCCGCGUGGCAGGCUCCUCGCCCAUUGAGGUCUCUUGGUUUAAAGACGGUGAAACUCUGAAAUCCACCGACUAUACCAUGAGUUAUGAUGAUAACACUGCUGCCCUAAAAAUAACCAGAGGUGAAAUGAGACACUCUGGGGAAUACACUUGUGUUGCUACCAACAGCGUUGGGACUGCAUCCUGCAGAGCCAAACUCACUCUUCAAGAGCCAAGAUAUCCCCCUGUCUUUGAUAAAAAGCUGUCACCCAUGGUGGACAUUUCAGUGGGUGAUAGUGUGGAAUUGGAAUGCCACAUGACUGGAUCUUUGCCAAUAAAAGUCACUUGGUCAAAGGAUCACAAAGAUAUUCGAUCAGGAGGAAAUUACAAGAUGUCCUGCGUGGAUAACACCCCACACCUUACUAUAUUGAAAGCAGCUAAAGCAGACUCUGGCCGCUACUUUUGCCAUGCCACUAAUGACAUUGGAAAGGACUCUUGUUCCACUGAAAUUACUGUCAAAGAGCGCAAAAUCCCACCUACCUUCACCAAAAAGCCCACAAAGACACUUGAGGAUACAGAGGGCAAGAUGGUGAAAAUAGAGGCACGUUUGUCUGGUUCUCAGCCCAUGACCAUCAAUUGGUACAAAGAUGACAUUGAGAGGCACAGCUCUGAUCACUAUGACAUGUCCUUCAAGAGCAAUGUGGCUGUGUUGUGUAUCAAGAGCUCCGAAGUCUCAGACUGUGGCAGGUAUACCUGCAAAGCCACCAAUGAAGCUGGCACUGCCUCUUGCGAAGUGACAGUUACCAUAACUGAACACAAGAAGCCCCCUACAUUUGACCCCACUCUCAAACCUGCCACGCUGACCGAGGGAGAGAACCUGCAUCUUAGCUGUCAUGUCCAUGGAUCCCCUCCUAUGAAGAUUCAGUGGAUGAAGGACAGAAAAGACUUGAAAAACACUUCCAGCACUAAAAUCAUUUUUGCCGAUGACGUUGCCUCUUUGGAGGUCAUGCGCGUAUCAAAGAAUGAUGCAGGGGACUAUCUCUGCAAGGCUACCAAUGAAGCUGGUAGUGAAUUCUGCAAGGCCAAAGUGACAAUCAAAGAGAAAUCCAAAGCAGCACCUAAACCCGCUGAAGAUGAAUCAACAGCAGCACCAGUAAAGAAACUGGACAACUUGUUCUUCAUCGAGGAGCCCAAGCCUUGCCAUGUAGCCGAGAAGGGCACUGCAACGUUCAUCGCUAAGGUUGGAGGUGAUCCCAUUCCUAACGUGAAAUGGAUGAAGGGCAAGUGGAGGCAGAUCACUCAUGGUGGUCGCAUCACUAUUGAGCAGAAAGGCCCAGAUGCCAAGUUAGAGAUCAGAGAAAUAACAAAGUCUGACUCCGGACAGUACAGAUGUGUUGCAACUAACAAAGCUGGAGAAAUAGAAUGCAACACCGACAUGCAUGUUGAGGAAAGGAAAGAGGUUGUCGGAGUUGAGGGAGACUUCAGAGCAAAACUGAAGAAGACUCCAUCUAAGCAGAAGAGUCCCCAGGAAGAGAAAGACAUUGACAUUGUAGAGUUGCUCAGAAAUGUGGACCCUAAGGAGUAUGAGAAAUAUGCCCGCAUGUAUGGAAUUACAGACUAUCGUGGACUUCUUCAGGCCAUUGAGCAGCUGAAGAGGGAGAAAGCAGAAGAAAGUGGAAGACCGGAACUGGAGAGAGAGAGAGAAUCGGACGAGGAUUUGGCUGCUCUUGUGGCUGAUUUGCAAAAGAGAAUGGAACGUACUGAGCCUGUCACCGUGAAUAAGGACAUAACAGAUCAAUCUACAGUCACCAACAAGGUUGCCACCUUUGAGUGUGACAUCAAGAUCAACUUUCCAGAGAUCACCCUGUCCUGGUACAAGGGAACUCAGAAGCUUGACAACAAUGAAAAAUACGAAAUCAACAUUGUUGGUGACAGUCACAUUCUGAAGAUCAAGCAGUGUCAAACCAAAGACCAGGGCAACUACCGUGUUGUAUGUGGCCCACAUAUCUCCAGUGCCAAACUGACUGUUAUCGAGCCUGAGAUUGAGAAACAUCUGGAGGAAGUUGUGUGUAAGGAGGGGCAAACAUGUACACUGUCUUGCCAGUUUUCUAUCCCUAAUGUCAAAACACAGUGGUUUAAGAAUGGAAAGCUUUUAGAAAUGAAGGGCAGAUACUCGCAUGAGGUGGUCAACAAGAUUCAGAGGCUGUCGAUUAAAGACAUCCAACCAGAAGACCACGGACGCUAUGCCUGUAGAUAUGACAACCUUGAAUCAACUGCAGAUCUAUGGGUUGAAGCUGAACAAAUUCACUUCACCAAACGUAUCCAGAACAUUGUGGUGGGCGAACGCCAAGCAGCCACCUUCGAAUGUGAGGUGUCUUUCGACAAUGCCAUCGUUACAUGGUACAAAGACACUUGGGAACUCAGAGAGUGCCCAAAGUAUAACUUCAGAAGCGAAGGCAGAAGACACUUUAUGAUCAUCCGCAAUGUAACCAAUGAAGAUGAAGGCGUUUACUCGGUCAUUGUGAGGUUGGAGCCCAGAGGGGAAGCUAAAAGCACAGCUGAGCUUUAUCUUUCAGACAAAGAAAUUGAAUUAGCAGGGGUACCCCAUGAUGUCCCUGAUUCAUCAAUACGAAUCCCUGAUAUGCCAUCUUCAGUUACUCUAAAAGAAUCUUCUGAAUACUAUUAUGAAGAAGAGAUGGAAGUGAGAGAGGUGGAAAUGAGAGAGUAUGAAAGCUGGACAGAAGAGACAGUAGUACAGAAAAUCUCUACAACCACAGCCCCGAGAGUACCUGUUGAGGAGGAGUCCGUCCAGAGUAAGAAGGUUGGAAUGAGGGAGGAAAUGCCACAAAAAGUUUCUGAAGUGCACAAGAAACCUGAGGAGAAGGCUAAACCAGCUGAGGCAGCAGUACCACAUAAAGUACCUGAAGCCAAAAAGCCAGUGGAGGAGAAGAUAACUGCAGAGGUUGUCCCAGAGAAACUUCCCUCUCCAAAAGAAGAACAUGAAGAAGCAAAGGCACCUUUCCAUAAGCCAGCUGAGAAACCUGAACAGGUUCCAUUAAAGAAAGAUGUCCCUCAAGCUGCACCCCAUGUUGCGGAGCCAAAAGCUGAGCCAAAACCAGAGCCUAAAGUUUCACCUGUGGCUAAGGUUGAACCUGAACCGAAGGGUGCACCUGUAAAGAAACUAGAGAGUCCACCAUCCAAAGUUCCUGAGAAAGCUCAGAAACCGGAGGCUUCAAAACCAGAACCAGGAACGCCAGCAGCAGUUAAAAAGCCAGAGACUGCACCUACUCCUUCUCAUAAGGAGCCAGAGCCUACUCCUGCUGCAAAGAAGGUCCCAUCACCACAAGUGCCAGAAGCACAAAAAAGACAGGAGGUAACUCCGCAGAGACCAGCUACCAUCCCUCAAAAAGUGGCCAGAGAGGACAUAGAGCCUCAUGUGCAACCUGUGCCAGAACAAGUUCCUGUGGAAGAAAGAAAACCAGAACCUCUUAAGGUUGCCAGAAAGCCUGAAUCAGUUAUUGUGACGCCAAAGGAAGAUACACCGCAAAAAGUAAUGGAGCCCAAACAAAAGCCUGUACCUGUUGAGAGGGUACCUGAGAUAAAACCUACUGAAAAGGUACCUGUUGAGAGGGUUCCUGAGAAAAAACCUACUGAAAAAUUACCUAUUACUAAACCUAAAAAGGAGAUGGAAGAAGAAAAGAAAGUUCCAACUUCAGAAAUAGAAGUUAUGCCACAAAGAAAAGGAACUCCGCCAGACACAGUACCAGCAAAGGAGAAGGAAUCACCCCUACAACCUGUUCGACCACUUACAAAGAAAGUGCCUAAACCAGAGAAAACAGUUGUUGCUGAGGAGGUGAAAGAAUCACCCCCAAAACUGGCUGAGCCACUUGUAAAGCGAGUGUCUUUAGCAGAGUCUAAGCCAGAGAAAACUAUUGCUGAAGAGGUGAAAGAAUCACCUCUUAAGCUGACUGAGCCACUGGCUAAGAAAGUAUCUAAACCAGAGUCUCAGCCAGAGACUAAGCCAGAGAAGGUGGCAAAGAAAACAGCUAUUGCUGAGGAGGUGAAGGAAUCACCUCCAAAGCCCACUGAGCCACUUCCUAAAAAAGUGCCUAAGCCAGAGACUAUAGUUAUUGCUGAGGUAGAAUCUCCACCAAAGACUACUGAGCCACUUGCAAAGAAGGUGCCUAAGCCAGAGACUAAGCCAGAGACUAAGCCAGAGACUAAGCCAGAGACUAAGCCAGAGACUAAGCCAGAGACUAAGCCAGAGACUAAGCCAGAGAAGACAGCUAAUGCUGAAGAAGAUGUUGUUCCCAAAAAAGUUCCAGCAAAGGAAUCACCUCCAAAGCCUGCUGAGCCUCUUGCAAAGAAAGUGCCUGCACCAGAGAAAACAGCUAUUUCUGAACAGGUGGAAUCACCUCGAAAGCCUGCUGAGCCACUUCUUAAGAAAGUGUCUUUGCUAGAGUCUAAGCCUGAGCCUAAGUCUGAACCUAAGCCAGAGAAGAAGGCUGUUGCUGAGCCUCCAAAGCCAGUGGAGCCACUUGUAAAGAAAGUCUCUAAGCCAGAGAAGAAAGCUGUUGCUGAAGUGGUGACAAGUGAAGAUGUUGCUGCCCAAAAAGUACCAAUUAAGGAGAGCCAAACAUUUCCAAAGCCCACAGAGCCACUUGCAAAGAAAGUCAGUCCUCUUGAAGCUCCUCAAGAUAAGAAAAAGUCUACACAGGAAACAAAGCCUGCCUUCCAAGUGCAAGAACAAGAUGAUACGGAGACAGGUGAAGGCAAGCAGGCACCUGGACCUGCUAAGAAAGUUCUCCGACAAAAAGCAAAAAUUCAUGUUGAGAAAGAAGAAACACUUGUACUGCCAACCUUAAAGAAAACAACCAGGAUAUCCAAAGAUGUGGAGCAAGAACAGGAGAUCAUAUCACUGAAGAAAGUGCCUUCAGUCCCCUUUGAAGAUCAGCCAGCGCCACCAAAGAAACCUCCUCCGAAAAUGACGAAGCAUACAAUCCAUGACUUUGAAGAGAGAGUGUAUGAAGAAGUUGAAGUAACAGUAUAUGAAAGGUAUGAGGCAGAGCAAAUCGACAAGACAGAUAAAAUCAGCCAGAUACAUGAUGGAGCUAAAAUAAAGACACCUAAAGAGGUUGAAACAAAAGACUCAACUGAGGACAAAUGGUCUCGGAAGACCAUUCCCAGAGAUGAAAAAGAAGAGGACAAAAUGACUUUAAAGAAAACUCCCAAGGGUGUGAAAGAAGAGGAACCAACAGACCCCAGUUUAGCCCUAAAGAAAGUGUCCAGAUUGCCAUCAGAUGAAAAAGGAGAAGAAACUGUGAAGUUAAAACCAUUCCAAAAAUCUCCUAAAGCAGGAACCGUUGAGCCAGAGAAGGACAAGUACAAAGAUAAGGAAUCUGGGGCUUUCAAAAGAGGUGAGAGACCAUCAAGAGAUGAAGACAUCAAAGAACCUGCUGAUCGUAAGAAAGCUGAUAGAGUUCUUAGUGCUAAAGAAGAGUCACAGGCAGUCAAAUUAAAACCAGUGACCAAAGUUCCUGAAGAUGAACAAGUCCAGGAUUCGGACAAACCACUGACAAAGGUGAAAAGGAUUCCAACACAGGAGCAAGAGAAGGAAGAUGUUAAAUUGAAGCCAUUUUCAAAGUCACCUAAAGCUGACACUGAAGCUGUGAAGCCUGAGAAGGAGCCUGAUAAGAAGAAAGAGGCUCAAAAAACCCUUCAACAAAAGCCAAGUCCUCCAAAGACAGCACCCAUAAAGAAAAUGGAAAAGAGUCCUAAAGAGGAAGAGCCAAUACAGUUAAAAAAGGUUGAGCAGGUGCCAAGAGAACAAGAGGACAAAGAAAAAGAUAAACCCUCAAAGCAUGAAGAGACACUUAAGAAAAUGGUAGAACUGAAAAAGACUCCUUCACCUAAGGUUGAAAGACCAAAGCCAAAAGAAAUAGAAAAAAUUACUAUGGAGAGGAAGCCCAGUGCGGAAAGGACCAAAAAGCUACCCAAAGAAGUUUCACCAAAAGAUUCAUUUGAAGGUGUUACCCUCAAAAAAGUUCCAAAGAAAUCACCACAAGAGGAAACUGAUGGAGCACCACUGAAGAAGGUGCCGGCAAUGAAAGAGCUUUCCCCUAAAGCUGUACAGUUACGAAAGAUCUCGACUCAGCUGGAGGAGGAAGUAUUUGAGGAGGAGCCAGAUGUUGAGGAGGAAUCUGACAGUGAAGGUUGGGGAUGGGAACUUGCCCCUCGUGAUAGUCCUGGAUCCACAGAAGAUUUGGGAGAGGAAGGUGAUGCACUUGGAAUGCCAAGACGAGAUGGAAAACCAGCAGAAGAAGCAGGCACAGGCAGAGGUAGAGGUAGAGGCCUCAAAGCAGGCAAAACCCCAUCCCCUGGUGAAGGCAGGGGUAGAGGACUGAAACCCGGUGGUGGAGGAGACAAACCACCCGAUGCUAAUCCUUUCGGAUUCCAGCUUAAGGCAGUUCCACUGAAGUUCACGAAACCACUCAAAGACAUAGUGUUACAAGAAGGGGACGCUGUUGGUGCUUCUGCUACGUUUGAGUGUGAGGUUUCACCUUCUACUGCAGUAACUACAUGGAUGAAAGAUGACAGCAACCUAAGAGAGAGUCCAAAACACAAAUUCACCUCUGAUGGCAAAGAUCGCAGACUAGCCAUUAUUGACGUACAACUUUCUGACACUGGAGAAUAUACCUGUGUGGCCAAGCUGGGCAACAAGGAAAAGACAACAACCUCUAAACUCAUUGUUGAAGAGCUGCCCGUGAAGUGGGUGAAGGAGCUGGAUGAGGAGACGUCAGUCCUGAAGGGGCAGCCUAUGUACCUGACCUGUGAGUUGAACAAGGAGAGAGAAGUGACCUGGAUGAAGAGUGGUAAGAUCCUCAAAGUAAUCCCUGGAAAGGUGGCCAUCAACGUCAUUGGAAUGCAACAAGCCGUUACGAUCCAGAACACGGGCAAUGACGACGCUGGAAUCUACGCAUGCGAGUGUGAACUCAUCAGGACCAAAACAACUGUCAAAAUCAUUGAAAUUAUAAGAGACUGGUUGGUGAAACCAUUGAGAGAUCAGCAUGUGAAACCCAAGGCCACUGCCACUUUCAAGUGUGAGCUCUUCAAAGAAACCCCCAACUGGAAGUUUUUCAAAGGCAACGAUGAGAUUACUAAUGAUCCUACUGACAAGACUGAGGUCAAGAAAGAAGGAAAAGUCCUGACUCUCACAAUAAAGAAUGCACAGCCCGACGAUAUUGGAGAAUAUGCCAUGGAAGUUGAAGGCCACAGAUACACAGCUAAACUGACUCUUGGAGAACGUGAAGCUCAGAUCUUGAAGCCUCUCUCCAGUUGUGAGGUGGUCGAGAAAGAAGAUGUUACAUUUGAAACGGAGAUAUCUGAAGAGGAUGUGCCUGGAGAAUGGAAACAUAGAGGGCAGGUCUUAACAAGAUCACCGACAUGUGAGAUCAAAAUGGAGGGCAAGAAACGUUUCCUCACUCUGAAAAAUGUUCCACUGGACGCGUCUGGUGAAGUGUCUUAUACAGCUCUGAAUGCUGUCACUAGUGCUGUGCUCACAGUCAAGGAACUGGAAAUGGACUUCACAGUCCCCUUGAAGGAUGUGUCUGUACCUGAAAAGAAACAGGCUAUGUUUGAGUGUACUAUCACAAAGGAUGUGCCUAAAGUCAUGUGGUUUAAGGGUUCUGACACCAUUGGUACAUCAGACAAAAAAUAUGAAAUAAUCGAUGAUGGAAGAAAACACAUGUUGGUCAUAAACAAUUGUGAGUUUGAUGAUGAGGGAAUUUACAGUAUUGAAGCCUCGGGCAAAAAGUCAACCGCUACACUCACUGUGGAGGGUAUCAGGCUCAAAUUUGAAUUGCCACUUCAGGACCAAACUGAGAAGGAAGGUAACACUGCUCGGUUUGAGCUUGAGCUCUCUCAUGAGAAUGUACCUGUGACAUGGUACAAAAAUGAAACCAAACUCCAUGUGAGCCGAACCGUGCUCAUCUAUAGUCGUGGAAAGAAACAUACACUAGAAAUCAAGGAGUUGACUCUAGAUGAUAUCUGCCAGAUUAAAGCAGAGGCUAAAGGAAUUCCCUCAAUGGCAAACCUGACGGUGAUAGAGGGUGAUGCAUACUUCGUAGUGAAGUUGCAGGAUUAUACUGCAGUCGAGAAAGACAAGGUAACUCUGGACUGUGAACUCAGCAAAGAUGUCCCCGUCAUGUGGUACCAUAAUGAGACUGAAAUUAAGGCCUCUAAGAUGGUAACCAUAAGUGCUGAAGCGAAUCGAAGAGUGUUGUCCAUUAAGAAAGUGGAUGACAGAGAUAAGGGACAAUACAUAUGUGAUUGUGGAACGGACAAAACCAUGGCAAAUAUUAACAUCGAGGCUCGAGAUAUAAAGAUAACUCGCCCAAUGUAUGGCGUUGAGGUCUUUGAUGGCGAGACCGCUCGUUUUGAGGUAGAAAUCUCUGAAGACGAUGUCCAUGGCCAGUGGAAACUGAACGGAGAAGUCCUUACUCAAUCCCCUGACAUUGAAAUCAUAGAGGACGGUGCAAAGCACACGUUGAUAUUGUACAACCUCAAGGCCCCCUUGUCAGGGGAGAUUGGAUUUACAGCUGCCAAUGCUAAAUGUGUUGCUAAUCUGAAAGUGAAAGAGAGUCCUAUUACAUUUGUCACACCUUUGAGUGAUGUGCAAGUGUAUGAAAAGGAUGAGGCCAGAUUUGAGUGUGAGGUGUCAAGAGAACCUAAGAGCUUCCGUUGGUUCAAGGGAUCUCAUGAGUUGACAGCUGAUGAUAAGUUUGAAAUUACCCAUGAGGGAAAAAGACACACUCUGGUGGUCAAAUCUGCCGCAUAUGAGGAUGAAGCUAAGUACAUAUUUGAGGCAGAGGACAAGAGAACCACUGGCAAACUAGUUAUACAAGGAAUUCGCCUUGAGUUUGUCAAGCCCAUUAAGGAUGUCACUGUCAAGGAGCGUGAGAUGGCAGAGUUCAGUAUUGAACUCUCACAUGACAACAUCCAGGUCACCUGGUACAAGAACGGUGUGCGUUUGCAUCCCAGCAAAGUUGUGCACAUGUCAGACGAUGGCAAGAUGCACAAAUUGACCUUCAAGGAGGUGUCCAUUGAUGACACAUCCAUGAUCAAAGUAGAAGCCAUGGGCAAAAGCUCAGAGGCCAUGCUCACAGUCCUCGAGGGGAAGCCUUACUUCACGACAAAACUGCACGACUACUCAGUCACUGAGAAGGAUGAACUGACGAUGGUUUGUGAACUGAGCAAGCCCAAUGCAGAGGUGAAAUGGUUCAAAGGUGGCCAGCAAAUCACUCCCUCCAAGAACGUGGCCAUCAAAGCCGAUGGAAAGAGGCGUAUGCUGAUCAUUAAGAAGACAGAGAAAGCCGACAUUGGAGAAUACACCUGUGAUUGUGAUUCGGAUAAAACUACGGCCAAGCUCAACAUUGAAGAGCGUGACAUUAAGUUUGUCAGGCCCCUGUACAGCGUGGAAGUCACAGAAACUGAAAUUGCCAAGUUUGAGACUGAGAUCUCUGAGGAGGAAGUACAUGGUCACUGGAAACUCAAGGGAGAGGCCCUUCAUCAGUCUGCUGACUGUGAGAUUAAGGAGGAGGGUACAAGGCAUGUGCUGAUCCUGUACAACGUUCGCAUGGAUCAGGCCGGAGAAGUUGACUUCCAGGCUGCCAAUGCUAAAUCCAAUGCUCAGCUUAGAGUUAAAGCGCGAGUGAUCGGCCUGCUGCGGCCUCUCAAGGAUGUUACUGUUACUGCUGGGGAGACCGCCACUUUCGACUGUGAACUGUCAUAUGAAGGAAUUGCUGUGGAAUGGUUCCUAGGGGGUGCAAAGUUGGAGCCAAGUGACAGAGUGGUCACCCGAGCAGAAGGCAAAACUCACACUCUGACUCUCAGAGACGUCAAGAUUUCAGAGGAUGGGGAAGUUAAACUGACUGCAAAGGAUUUCCAGAUUGAGGCCAGCCUACAUGUGAAUGAGCCACCAGUUGAGUUCAGCAAGCCUCUGGAGGACCAGACAGUUGAGGAAGAGGCUACUGCUACUUUGGAGUGUGAAGUCUCCAGAGAAAAUGCUGAGGUCACGUGGUUCCAGGACGGACAGGAGAUACGCAAAACUAAGAAAUAUGACAUUGUUGCCGAUGGCCGCAAGAGAAGACUCAUCAUUCAUGGCUGCACUCUUGAUGAUUCAAAAACAUAUACCUGCGACGCCUCAGAAUUCAAAACCUCUUGCUUCCUUAACGUUGAACCUCCACAUGUUGAGUUCUCUACACCACUCCAUGAUGUUGAGGUCAAAGAAAAGGACUCUGCCAGAUUUGAAUGUGAAGUAUCUCGCGAAAAUGUCAAGGUUCGUUGGUUGAAGGACAGCAGUGAAAUCAGAAAGGGAAAGAAAUAUGAAAUAAUUGCCAAAGGUCGUCAACACAUCCUCAUCAUCCACAAAUCAGUGUUCGAUGAUGAAGCAGAAUAUGAAUGUGAUGCAAAGGUCUCCAAAUCCUCCGGCAUGCUUACAGUCAUUGAGGAAGAGGCUAGGUUCACCAGGAACCUGUCUAACGUGGAGGGAACAGAAACAGACAGCGUGAAGAUGAUUUGUGAAGUGUCAAAGGCCGAAGCUGAUGUCAUAUGGUAUAAAGGAGACCAGGAACUUCCAGAGGGAGGAAGAUACGAUCAAAUCGUAGAUGGCAGGAAGAGGAUACUCAUCAUUCAGGAUCUCAAAACAGAUGAUGCUGGAGAGUACCAUUGCAAAUUGUCUAGUUCACAGACAACUGGAAACCUGAAAAUAAAUGAACUGGCUGCUGAGUUUAUCGCCAAGCCUCAGAGUCAGGAGGUGGUUGAGGGAGAAAAGGCUGAGUUUGUCUGCUCAGUCUCUAAAGACACAUUCAUUGUCAAAUGGAUGAAGGAUAAUCAGGAGCUAGAAAAGGGGGACAAGUACGACAUUGUCUGUGAUGGCAAGAGAAGAAUACUUGUUAUCAAGAACUCUGAACCCAAGGAUGAGGGAGCCUAUGUUGCCCUCAUUGGUACCACCAGAGCUACGGCUGACCUGCUUGUUCUUGAAAAACUCAGGAUCAUUACACCGAUCAAAGAUACAGAAGCUAAAGAGGGACAAGAGAUGGUCUUCAACUGCGAGGUGAACUCUGAGGAAGCAAAAGCUAAGUGGCUGAAGAACGAUGAGACCAUGUUUGAGAGCAGCAAGUUCGUCAUGAUCCAGAAAGACAACGUGUUCUCUCUGAGGAUCAAGGAUGCUGAGAAGUCAGAUGAAGGGAACUAUACUAUUACAUUGACAAACCACCGUGGUGAACAUGCCAAGAGCUCUGGCAAACUUACCGUAAAAGAGGAGAGUCUGAAGAUCAUUGUACCUCUUGAGGACUGCGACACACAGGAAAAGAAGACUGUUAGCUUCUCUUGCAAGGUCAACAGGCAGAAGGUUACUCUGAAAUGGAUGAAGGCUGGUCAGGAGAUCACACUCAGCAAACGCAUCCUCUACAGGGUGGACCAAUACAAGCACACACUGACCAUCAAGGACUGUACUCUCGCUGAUGAGGGUGAAUACACCGUCAUGGCUGGUGAUGACAAGUCUACAGCUGAGAUGAUCAUCAGCGAAGCCCCCACUGACUUCUCCGCACAACUCAAAGACCAGACCAUCACUGAGUUUGAGGAUGCUGAGUUCACCUGCAAACUCACCAAGGAGAAGGCUGAGGUGAAAUGGUACAGGAAUGGGCGUGAGAUCAGAGAGGGACCCAGGUACAUAUUUGAAAAAGAGGGCAAGACCUGCAGGCUGCGUAUCAAGGAGUGCAGACCAGAUGAUGAGUGUGAAUAUUCUUGUGGCGUCGAUGAAAGGAGAUCACAUGCCCAACUCUUUGUUGAAGAGACCGCAGUUGAGAUUGUCAGACCACCUCAGGAUGUGUUUGAGCCUCCAGGCUCUGAUAUUGUGUUUGAGGUGGAGCUCAACAAAGACAGAGUUGAGGUCAAAUGGUUGAGGAACAACAUGACCAUUGUCCAGGGCGACAAGUACCAGAUGAUGAGCGAGGGCAAGAUCCACAGACUCCAAGUGUGUGAGAUCAGGCCUCGUGACCAGGGAGAGUACAGAAUCAUCGCCAAAGACAAGGAUGCCAGAGCCAAGCUGGAACUGGCUGCUAAGCCAAAUAUCAAGACUAUGGAUCAGAGCUUAGUAACAGACGCUGGAAAGCCCAUCGUCAUGUUCGUGCCCUACAGCGCGUAUCCUAAAGCUGAGGCUGAGUGGUUCUAUGAUAACGUCAGCCUUCCCAAGGACAACAUCCACACCGUUGGGGACAGCACAGAGUACAGGCUGAAGGACCCUAAGAAGUCCGAUCAGGGACGUUACAAGGUUAUCAUCAAGAACAAACAUGGACAGGGAGAGGCAUUCAUUAAUCUGGAUGUCAUUGAUGUCCCUGGACCCGUGAAGAGCCUUCACGUGGUUGACACCGCCGAUGGUGAGGUCAGCCUGGUCUGGGAAGAGCCAGAGAGCGAUGGUGGCAGCAAGAUCAUUACAUACGUGGUGGAGAGGCGUGAUGUCAAGCGCAAGACAUGGACUCUUGCAACUGACCGCUCUGACGCUCCAGAAUACACUGUGACCGGACUCCAGAGGGAAUCCAUGUACCUAUUCCGUGUUUGUGCUCGCAACAGAGUGGGCAGUGGACCAAAUGUUGAGACAGAGAAACCUGGUGUUUAUGCCAAGAACAAGUUUGAUGUUCCUGAUGCUCCUCAGGAUGUGAGUGUUGGAAACGUGAGUAAGUUUGGUGCCACAGUCUCCUGGGAAAAACCAGUGUCUGACGGAGGGUCUGAGAUCACAUCCUACAUCAUUGAGUCCCGUGACAGGACCUCUGUGAAGUGGGCUGUGGCAAUGAUCAGUAAAGCAACAGAUCGCAGCGCAAUCAUCAACGACGUCAUUGAGAACAAGGAAUACAUCUUUCGUGUCAAGGCUGAAAACAAGGCUGGCAUUGGCAAACCAAGUGCUGCUACCAAUCCGGUUAAGAUCAUGGACCCCAUUGAGAGGCCAAGCCCACCACAGAACCUGGUACCCUCAGAGCAGAACAAGAACUCAGUCCAGCUGACAUGGGAGAUCCCAUUGAAGAAUGGAGGCAGCACGAUCACUGGCUACAUCAUUGAGAGAUGUGAGGACGAAACAGACCAUUGGCUCAGAUGCAACGCCAGGCUCUGCCAGGAUCUCACCUACAAGAUAUCUGGCCUGACAUAUGGCAAAAAAUACAACUACAGGGUGAUGGCUGAGAAUGCAGCUGGAGUGUCUGACCCAUCCAACACACUGGGACCCAUGCUGGCUGAUGAUACACAUGUUGGCCCCACAAUGGACCUGAGUGGAUUCAAGGAUGGCCUGGAGGUCAUUGUUCCUUAUCCCCUUACUAUCCGUGUCCCUAUCUCUGGAUAUCCCACACCAAACGCAAAGUGGAGCUUCGCUGAUAAGGAGCUCACUGCUGGUGAACGUGUGUCCAUGAUUACAAAGAGUACCUACGUAGAACUGACCAUCACUCCAAGUGUGCGUCCAGACAGAGGUGUAUACACUCUUACUCUGGAGAAUGAUAUUACCAGUUGCUCCGGAGAGAUUGAAGUCAACGUUAUCGCAUCCCCAAGUGCACCCAAAGACUUCAAGGUUGCCGAGGUGACCAGACAGCAUGUGCACCUGAUGUGGGAGGCGCCAGAGCAUGAUGGAGGAAGCCCUCUGACUGGCUACCAGAUUGAGAAACGUGACGUAUCCCGCAAGACCUGGGUCAAGGUGAUCACUGGUGUUCAAGACCAGGAGUUCACUGUCACUGAUGUCGUUGAGGGUAAAGAGUAUCUGUUCAGGGUUACUGCCUGCAACAAGUGUGGCCCAGGAGAGCCUGCCUACAUUGACGAGCCAGUCAAUGUGUCCUCCCCUGCUACCGUGCCAGACCCACCUGAGAACCUGAAAUGGAGGGACAAGUCAGCUUCUGGCAUCUUCCUGACCUGGGAACCACCCAAGUGGGACGGCGGCACUGGAAUCAAGGGCUACAACAUAGAAAGGUGCCAGCGUGGCACAGACAAGUGGGAGUCCUGCGGAGAUCAGGUCCCUGAGUUGAAAUUGCAAGUGACUGGUCUCAUUGAGGGACAGUGGUACGCCUACCGCGUGAGGGCCUUGAACAGACUGGGUGCCAGCAAACCCUGCAAGGCUACAGAUGAGAUUUUGGCUGUUGAUCCUAAAGACCCCCCAGAGAUUCUUCUGGAUGUCAAAUGUCUUGCUGGACUGACCGCCAAAGCUGGCUCUAAGAUUGAGCUUCCAGCUGAUGUUCUUGGAAAGCCCGUACCUAAAGUGAAAUGGACCAAGGGUGACAUGGUUCUGAAGGGUGACGAUAGAGUUUCUAUUGACGACAAGCCUGGUCACUCCGUUGUUACGAUCAGCAAGACAACAAGAGAGGACACAGCUACCUACAUCAUUGAAGCACACAACAGCUGUGGCCGUGCUACUGCAACUGUUGACGUCAACAUUCUAGAUAAGCCUAGUCCUCCAGCUGCAUUUGAUAUCUCUGAGAUCACCAACAAGUCCUGUUUCCUGGCCUGGAACCCUCCCAGAGAUGACGGAGGUGCAAAGGUCACUAACUACAUAGUGGAGAGCAGAGCCGCAGAAAGCGAGAUCUGGCACAAGCUCUCCUCCACUGUCAAAGAGACCAACUUCAAGGCCCUCAACCUGACAGCUUUCAAGGAAUACAUCUUCAGAGUGUUUGCUGAGAAUCAGUUUGGUAUUGGUGUGCCAGCGGAACAUAUGCCAAUCAUUGCCAGAUAUGCCUUUGAUUCUCCUGGUGCGCCAACUAAGCUGGAGCCUUCUGAUAUUGUUAAAGAUGGCCUGACUCUGAAUUGGUAUGAGCCUGAAGAGGAUGGUGGUAGUCCUAUCACUGGGUACUGGGUUGAGAGGUUUGAACCAGACCAGAACAGAUGGAUCAGAUGCAACAAGAUCCCAAUCAGAGACACAACAUUCAAAGUCAAAGGACUACCCACAAGGAAGAAGUAUAAGUUCAGAGUCUUGGCUGAGAAUCUCGCCGGACCUGGAAAACCAAGCAAGGAAACUGACCAGAUCUUGGUCAAGGAUCCUAUUGAUCCUCCAUGGGCUCCUGGUAAGCCAACCGUCAAAGACGUGGCCAAGACCUCUGCCUUCCUACAGUGGACCAAGCCUGAGCAUGACGGUGGUGCCAAGAUCGAGGGCUACAUCAUUGAGCUCCUGAAGAGUGGAACUGAUCAGUGGGUUCGUGUUUCAGAAGGAAUCAAUAUCCUGGAGCACUUCCUGAGAGGCCUGAUGGACAGACAGGAGUACUCCUUCAGGGUCAUUGCUGUCAAUAUCGCUGGGGAGAGUGAGCCCAGUGAGCCUAGCGAUCCAGUUCUGUGCAAGGAGAGACUCAAUCCUCCUACACCCCCACGCUGGUUGAAUGUCAUCAACAUUUCCAGUAACAGUGCUGAGCUGAAGUGGACAGUACCAGAGAAGGAUGGUGGUUCACCCAUCACCAACUACAUUGUUGAGAAGAGGGAUGUCAGGCGUAAGGGCUGGCAGGCAGUGGACACCACUGUGAAGGAGCUGAAGUACACGGUCACUCCACUGAAUGAGGGCUCCCUCUAUGUGUUCCGUGUGGCUGCUGAGAAUGCUGUUGGACCCAGUGAAUUCUGUGAACUGGAAGACUCCAUUAUGGCUAAAGAUACUUUCACUACCCCUGGACCACCAUAUAAUCUCUCUGUCCAUGGAGUGUCAAAGAGACAUGUUGACUUGCAGUGGGACGCCCCCAAGAAUGAUGGUGGCAAACCAGUUCUGAGAUACUCAAUUGAAAAGAAGGAGAAACUGGGCACCCGCUGGGUGAAGUGUGGUAAGACCUCAGGUGCUGACUGCAAGUACAGAGUUACAGACGUCAUUGAAGGAACCGAGGUUCAGUUCCUGGUUCGUGCUGAGAAUGAAGCCGGUGUUGGACACCCUAGUGAACCAACAGAAAUCAUUGCUAUUGAAGAUCCAACAGGUGUACCCUCUCCUCCAAUUGAGCUUCACAUCACUGAAGCCAGCAGAGAUCAUUUGUGUAUUGCUUGGAGACCACCAGAGAGAACUGGUGGCAGCCCUGUAACUGGCUACCAUAUCGAGCUCUGUGAGGCUGGUACUGAGAAGUGGAUGAGAAUCAACUCUCGCCCAAUCAAGGAGCUCAAAUACAAAACAGAGGAGGGCAUCAUCCCAGAGAAACAAUACGUCCUGAGAGUCCGUGCCAUAAACUCUGUUGGAGUUAGUGAGCCAUCUGAUAUCUCUGAGAAGGUCUAUGCCAAGGACUCUGACUGCAUCCCAAUCCUUGAGUUCCAGACUAAGGACAUUGUGAUUAUUGAGGGAGAGAAGUGGCAUCUCCCCAUCCCAUUCAGAGCAGUGCCCAAACCCAAGAUCACCUGGCACAAAGACGGAAAGGAGCUGAAGGACGAUGAAAGAAUAACCUUCAGACAGGAGUACCUUUCCUGCCACCUGGAGAUCGAGAGCUGUCUGCAUGCAGACGCCGGCCAGUACAAGGUCACACUGGAGAACUCCUUGGGAACGAGCAGCGGAACAAUCAAUGUUAAAGUUGUUGGCCUGCCCGGUCCCUGCAAAGACAUUGUUGCCAGUGAAAUCACCAAGAGCUCUUGCAAGGUUUCCUGGGAUCCACCCAACUAUGAUGGUGGCAGCCCUGUUCUCCACUAUGUGCUACAGCGCAGAGAGGCAGGCCGGAGGACCUAUGUCAACAUGAUGUCUGGAGAGAACAAAGUCAGCUGGCCCGUCAAGGAUCUGAUCCCCAAUGGAGAGUAUUACUUCCGGGUCAAAGCUGUCAACAAGAUUGGUGGUGGGGAGUACCUUGAGCUCCGCAACCCCGUGAUCGCAGAGGAUCAGAAGCAGCGCCCUGACCCUCCAUUAGAUGUUGAGACCCACAACCCUACUUCUAAGACUAUCACCCUCACAUGGAAACCACCUAUGUAUGAUGGGGGCUGCAAGAUUAUGGGCUACGUUCUGGAGAUGAUGAUGAAGGGUGAUGAGAACUUCACAAGAUGCAACGACUUCCUUGUGCCUGUGCUGUCCUACACAGUGAGGAAUCUCAGGGAGGGAAAACAAUACCAGUUCCGUGUACGAGCUGAGAAUGCUGCCGGAGUCAGCGACCCAUCACGCAGCACACCAAUGGUGAAGGCUUCUGAUUCUGUUGAAACACCCAAGGUGUUCCUCAGUGGAAGUCUGCAGUCCGGUAUGAGCAUUAAGAGAGGUGCUGAGAUCAGACUGGACGCCAACAUCUCUGGAUCCCCAUACCCUCAAAUCACAUGGUAUAGGAACGAUGUGGUCAUCAGACCUGAAGCCAUGAAGAAGAGACCAGAGAAACCCAUUGUUAAGAAGAAGGAGGUGAAGAAGGAGGAAAAGAAGGAAGUGAAGGAAGGAGAAAAGAAGGAAGUCAAGGAGGGAGAGGUUGAGGCUCCAGCUGCAGAGCCUGCCCAUGAAGAGCCUGAGGAGGAACUCCCUGACUACCCAACCCUCCAGGAACGUCUCACCAUCCAUGACAAGAAGAGGGGAGAAUCCUCUUGCAUUGUCAGGGACACCAUCAGGGGUGACCAUGGCGUGUACACUAUCAAGGUCGAGAACGACCAUGGUAUUGCCUCUGCAACUUGUGAAGUCAAUGUUUUAGAUGCACCUGGUCCUGCAAUCAACUUCAGGUUUGAGGAGAUCAGGAAUAACUCUGUCAUCUGCAAGUGGGAUCCUCCCAUGGAUGAUGGUGGCAGUGAGAUCCUGAACUACACCUUGGAAAGGAAGGACAACUCCAAGGUGGAGAUCGGAUGGAUCACAGUAACAUCAACGCUCAGAGGAUGUAGAUACCCCGUGACCAAACUGAUAGAGAAGAAGGAGUACAUCUUCCGUGUCACUGCUGAGAACAAGUUUGGUCCUGGACCACCAUGUAUCUCUAAGCCAAUUAUUGCCAAGGAUCCAUUUGACCCACCAGAGGCUCCAGAGAAGCCUGAGAUUGACGGCAUCACAGCCAACUCCAUGCUGGUUACCUGGGAGGUGCCAAACGACAUGGGCAGCCCCAUCCUUGGUUACUGGGUGGAGCGUCGUGAGAUCAACAGCACCCAUUGGACCAGAGUCAACCGGGUCAUUUUGGAGGAUACAGAAAUGAAUGUGGAAGGCCUACUGGAGGGUCUUACAUAUAUCUUCAGGGUGGCUGCUGAGAACCAAGCUGGGCCUGGGAAGUUCAGCGUUCCGUCUGAUCCCAUGACAUGCCAGGAUCCAAUCUUGCCACCUGGACCACCGUUCCCAAGAAUCCUUGACACCACUGAGUCUUCCAUUGAUGUGGAAUGGGAUCCUCCUGCCUCCAAUGGAGGUGGAGACAUCCUGGGCUACCAUGUUGACAAGACCCUAGCAGGCACCAAUGACUGGUCCCGCUCCACAGAGAGACCCUGGAAGACCCGGGCCUUCACUGUGUAUGGAGUCAGAGAAGGAGCCAAGUACCUGGUCCGUGUGAUCGCAGUCAAUGGAGCUGGUGAAGGAACUCCUGGCUUGACUGAAUCAGUCUUUGUCAGAGAUCCUAAAGAGGCUCCAGUGGUAGAGUUGGAUCUCACUGUGAGGAAUGGCGUAAUGAUCAGAGCUGGGGAGCCACUGAUUCUGCCUGCCCUGGUCACUGGUAGACCUCCUCCAGACAUCAAAUGGACCAAAGAUGACGGUCCACCUGACAAAGACCACGUCCAGAUAGAAAAUGUUGGAAAGGAAAGCACUCUCAGUAUCAAGGCCGCCACAAGAAAGGAUCCUGGCAAGUACCAGAUCAGUGCAAGAAAUAGCAGCGGAAUCAAGUCUACAUGGACAAGGGUUGAUGUCAUGGAUGUUCCCGGGCCUGUGCUGGACCUGAAACCUGUGGUGGUAACCAGGAAACUGAUGAUUCUGAACUGGUCCGAUCCUGAUGACGAUGGUGGCAGUGAUCUGACCGGCUUCAUCAUUGAGAGAAGAGAUCCCAAGAUGCACACGUGGAGACAGCCCAUCGAGACACCCUCAUCUAAGUGUGAGAUUGUGGGUAUUGUUGAAGGACAGGAGUACAUCUUCCGAGUUGUGGCGAAAAACAAGUUUGGCUGUGGCCCUCCUGUUGAUCUGGGUCCUAUUGCUGCAGUGGAUCCUAAAGCUCCACCAACUUCGCCUGAGAGGUUCCACUACACUGAGAGGACAAAGUCUUCCAUCAGCCUUGCAUGGAGACCUCCCCGCAACGAUGGAGGCAGUCCAAUCUUGGGCUACUUUGUUGAGAAGAAGAAGCACGAUGCCCCAGCAUUUGAGCCUUGUAACACAGAGAUGUGCAAGGACCUCUUCAUGACUGUCGAUAACCUUGAGGAGCUGUUUAUGUAUGAGUUCCGUGUCAAGGCUGUCAAUUUGAUUGGACCAAGUGAACCUGGAAUUCCACUCACCAUUGUCAUUCAAGAUGAUGAAGUUCCUCCUACUGUGAGGAUGUUAAAGACUUUCAAGGGAGAUGCCAUCACUGUCAAGAAGGGAGAGCCUAUUGAAAUCCCUGCUGAGGUGACUGGUCUUCCAAUGCCCAAGGUUGAAUGGUUGAAGGAUGAAGUCAUUAUUGCAGAGCCCACUGAGACUCUGUUGUUGGAAACCAAGGAGAUCAACAGAAUCCAGUCCAACACCAAGCUCAGUUUCCCUGCAGCAGCCAGAUUGGACAAAGGCAUAUUUACAGUGACUGCCUCCAAUCGUCUUGGGUCAGCUAGUCACACCAUCAAGGUUAAUGUGUUAGACCGUCCUCUGCCACCAAGGAAUGUGAAUAUUGGAAACAUCAAGGCUGAGUCCUGCAAGCUGACCUGGGACGCCCCAGAGGACGACGGAGGAAGUGAGCUCACUAACUACAUCGUUGAGAAGCUGGACAUUCUUCCUGAGGUGGAACCUGAAGAAGAAUAUGAGGAUUCUGAGGAUGAGGAGCCUAAGCCUAAAUCUGAGCCGAGACCCAUUCCUGUAUGGACGGUGAUCACCAACAGCAUCAUUGAGAAACGACUCGGGGUUUGGAAUCUGGAAACAGGUAGCCAGUACCAGUUCAGAGUGAGAGCAGAGAACAGGUAUGGACAGAGUGACGCCUGCGAAACAGAGGCCACCGUCAUCAAGGAUCUGUACGGACUCCCUGGUCCUCCAGAGAAACCACAGAUCGCAGAGCACACCAGGUCCUCCAUGCUUGUGACAUGGGACCCUCCACGAGACAACGGUGGAUCCACUAUCUCUGGCUACUGGCUGGAGAAGAGGGAGAAAGGUUCGUCUUAUUGGGCCCGGGUGAAUAAAGCCCCAGUGACCAAGCGCGCCCCUAAGGGCUGGGAGUUCCUGGUCGUUCGUAUGAUUGAGGGGUCCGCAUAUGAGUUCCGUGUCAUGGCUGUCAAUAUUGCCGGUAUUGGACCCCCCAGUGGACCUUCCGAUCCUGCAAACGCAGUGGACCCUCUUAUGAAACCUGGCAUGCCAGCACCACCAGAGGUUGCAGACAAAACCAAGCACAGUGUCAGCCUCACAUGGUCUCCACCUGAAAAAGACGGGGAAGCCCCAUCAAGGGGUAGCAUCGUUGAGAUCCAGGAUGAAGGCAGCUCUUUCUGGAACAGGAUCACAGAUCUAGAUACUCUGCAUGAGACCACAGAGCUCACUGUACCAGGUCUCAAAGAGCUGAAACACUACAAGUUCAGAGUCACAGCUGUCAAUGACAUCGGCGAGUCUGACCCAAGUCCAAAGACUGAAGUACUAAUUGAGGACGUACAUGACAUACCUGAUCCCCCAACCCAUGUCAAGAUCAAUCUGGUAACCAAGGAUACAGUGACCCUGACAUGGGUGCCACCGAAGAACAACGGUGGUUCUCCUGUGACACACUACAUCAUUGAGCGCCUGAGCUGGGACACCAGCGGUCCGGAGAAAGAGACGUGGAAGCAGUGUAACAAGCGUAACGUUGAGGAAACCAUCUUCAUCAUUGAAGAUCUUAAAAAUGGAGGAGAGUAUGAGUUCCGCGUCAAGGCUGUGAAUGAGGCCGGCCCAAGCAGACCAUCUGCUACCGCUGGACCAAUCAUUAUCAAGGACCAGACAUGUGCUCCUACCAUUGAACUGAAGGAACAGAUGGAAGGUGAAGAGGGACUAGACGUCCAUAUUGUGGCUAGGAUCCAUGGCUGUCCAUUCCCCUCCCUCGUAUGGCAGAAGGCUCCCAUUGCCAAGCCUGAAGACAAGGCUGUAGUGCAAUAUGAUCAGCAUGUCAACAAGCUGGUAGUUGAUAACAAAUGUACGCUGCUGAUCCAGCAGUCCAAGAGAGACGACAGCUCCCUGUACACUAUCACUGCUAGCAACAGUCUGGGCAAAGCAUCUAAGGAAAUAAAACUCACUGUCCUAGGACGACCUGGCGUACCUGUCGGGCCAAUCGAAUUCAAAGAGGUGUUUGCCGAGAGGAUAACACUUGCAUGGAAACCACCUAGAGAUGACGGUGGCUCCAAGGUUACAAACUACGUCGUUGAGAAGCGUGAGGAAAACAGAAAGUCAUGGGUGCACGUUUCCACAGACCCCAAAGAAGGCCUGUAUACAGUUCAGAGGCUGACUGAGGGCCAUGAGUAUGAGUUCCGUGUCAUGGCUCAGAACAAAUAUGGAGUUGGACCACCGCUGUACAGCGAACCUGAGAAAGCAAGGAAUCUGUUCACUGUCCCUGGCCAAGUUGAGAAGCCCAUAGUGGAAGACGUGACUCUUGAGUCAAUGGUGAUCAUCUGGGACGAGCCAAAAUACGAUGGUGGAUCUCCAGUUAGUGGUUACUGGCUGGAGCGUAAAGAGACGACGGCUAAGCGCUGGACCAAAGUGAACCGCGCCCCCAUCAGGGUCAUGCCCCUGGGUCAGGAGUAUGAGAUCACUGGUCUGCAGGAGGGAGCAAUCUACCAGUUCCGUGUGACCGCAAUCAACGCAGCUGGCAUGGGACUUCCUAGUGUCCCAUCGGAUCCUGUUCUUUCAAGAGACCCUAUUACUCUCCCGGGUCCCCCAACCCCCAAAGUAACAGACUGGACCAAGUCAACAGUGGAUCUGGAGUGGAUCCCACCUUUGAUUGAUGGUGGAUCUAAGGUCACUGGUUACUUUGUUGAAUACAUAAACGAGGAAAAAGAAGCAGAAAUUGAAAAACAGAAGGCAGCGGAAGCAGACAAAGUAGUAGUAAAAGCGAAAAAGGUUAAGAAAAUCAUAUUCGACGAAGAUGGAAAUGAAAUAUCAGAAUCAGAAGAAGAAGAAAAGGUAGUAGUGAUAAAAGACGGAUGGGAAAAGGCUAAAGACAAGGAGAUUAGAGGCACUAAGUUUGUUGUGUCUGGACUGAAAGAGCUGGGAAGGUACAAGUUUAGAGUGAGGGCAGUGAAUGCUGCUGGCGUCGGUGAGCCCGGUCAAGUGGCCGAAGUGAUUGAAUGCAAGGACAGAACAAUUGCCCCUGAAGUGGACUUGGAUGCCACAUUGAAGGAAAAGAUUGUAGUCCAUGCCGGUGGUACCAUCCGCCUCCUGGCCUACGUGUCAGGCAAGCCUGCACCAGAGAUCACAUGGAACAGAGAUGACCAGCCUCUACCAGCAGAGGCUAAGGUUGAAAUCACGUCAAUCAGCUCUGCUCUGGUUAUCAAAAACUGCAGACGCCAUCACCAGGGUAUAUACACCCUUAUUGCAAAGAAUGAAGGAGGGGAAAGGAAGAAGGCUGUCAUUGUGGAGGUGUUGGAUGUUCCCGGCCCAGUUGGUCAGCCCUUCUCUGGUGUGAACCUCACCACGGACUCCUGCAAGUUAACCUGGUGCUCCCCUGAAGACGAUGGUGGCUCUGCCAUCACCAACUACCUAAUAGAGAAGAGAGAGUCAGACCGCAUGGGCUGGACAGCAGUCUCUUACACGGUCACCAGGCAUAAUGCUGUGGUCCAGGGUCUCAUUGACGGAAAAGGAUAUUUCUUUAGAAUCGCAGCUGAGAAUAUCAUCGGAAUGGGUCCAUUUAUUGAAUCACAACGACCAGUUCUCAUCAAAGAUCCUAUUUCUGUUCCUGAGCGUCCUGAGGAUCUAGAGGUCACUGCAAUCACCAAAGACUCCAUCAGUUUGACCUGGAGACCACCUAAGUAUGAUGGGGGUUCUGAGGUUACAAGUUAUGUGCUUGAAGCUCGUCUGAUCGGAAAGGAUAGCUUCACUAAGAUCGAUACUGAUGGCACGCUAAUGGAUAGGAAGUUCACAAAGGGAGGGCUCAAAGAGAAUUCCACCUAUGAAUUCCGUGUCAGUGCUGUCAACGUGAUUGGUCAGGGCAAGCACUCUUUCUGCACCAAGCCAAUCAAGGUCAAAGAAGAACUUGAGCCCCCAACGAUUGACUUGGACUUCCGUGACAGACUGGUUGUGCGUGUGGGAGACGUGUGCACCCUCCAGGGCCGCUUUACUGGAAAGCCAGCACCUACAAUAACAUGGACAAAGAACGAGGAAGAGCUGAAAGCAAAUGAGGAGGUCACAAUGACCAACACUAGUAAAACACUGUGCUUGGCUAUGCCCAAGGCUAAACGCGAACACAGCGGCAGAUACCAGGUGGUUGUGGAGAACAUUGUCGGCUUACGUAAAGGAAUCUGCAGUCUCACUGUUGUUGAUCGCCCCCAGCCUCCAGAGGGCCCAGUGGUCUUCAAUGAGGUCUACAGGAACUACAUGGUGAUUUCCUGGAACCCUCCUCUGGACGAUGGUGGAUGUGCCAUCUCCAACUACACCAUUGAGAAGAGAGACACAAACAGAGACCUCUGGAUGCCAGUGACAACAGCUUGCACCAGGACAACAUGCAAAGUUCCUAAGCUGAUUGAGGGCAGAGAGUACAUAAUCAGAAUCUGUGCUGUGAACAUCCACGGUGUCAGCAACCCACUGCUGUCUGCCGAGACCAAGGCUAAGGAUGUCUUCAAGGUGCCAGAUGCACCCAAACAGCCCAUUGUGAAGGAGAUCUAUAAGGAUCAAGCCCUCCUCACUUGGGAGCCACCUGCGGAUGGUGGCAAGCCCAUCACUGGCUACGUUAUUGAGAGGAAGGAGACCAUGGCUAACAGAUGGACUCGCGCAUCCGGAAAAGACCGCAUCUUCCCCAAAGUAGAGUACUUUGUUCCAGACCUCCUUGAGGGCUGUGAAUAUGAGUUCCGUGUCAUGGCUGAGAACGUUGUGGGUCUGGGUGACCCCAGCCCUCCAUCAAAGCCCAUCUUCGCCAAAGAUCCAAUUGUGCCUCCAAGCCCCCCCGUGUUGCCAGAAGCUGUGGAUUGGACAAAGGAGUCUGUCUCACUAUCUUGGCAGCCACCAAAGGACUGUGGCAGGGGAAAGAUCUUCGGCUAUCUCGUUGAGUUCAGUAAAGUUGGAAAGGAGUGGCAAAAAGUGAAUCAGACUCCUGAUUCCUGCCAAGAAACCAAGUUCAAGGUCAUUAACCUGGAAGAGGGAGAAUAUUACAAAUUCAGAGUUACUGCUGUGAACUUCGCUGGUGAAUCUGAACCCGCAUACACCACAGAUCCAGUGAAGGCAGAAGACAGAUUUGAACCUCCUGAGUUGGAUGUUGAACUGGGUAUGCCUCGUGAGUUGAAAGCCAUGGCCGGAACCCAUAUCAAUCUGGUUGCUGGAAUCAAGGGAAUUCCAUUCCCCAAAGUCACAUGGAAGAAGAACGAUAAAGACGUCCCCACAAGAGCCGAAAUUGAGGUCAAUCCACUAGGAUCUAAAUUGGAGAUGCGCUACUGUGCCCGUUCUGACUGUGGCGACUACACUCUGAACAUAGAAAACUCAUCUGGAUCAAGGACUGCCACAUGCACAGUCCUCGUCCUUGACAAACCUGGUCCAAUCCAGCACCUGAGGGUUUCAGAGGUGAGAAGCGAUUCUGCCUAUCUCUCCUGGAAAGACCCUGAGGACAAUGGAGGAGCACGUAUUACCAACUUUGUUGUGGAGAAGAAAGAUGUGGCAUCUGCACAGUGGGUGCCAGUCUGCUCUUCAUCUAAGAAACGCAGCAUGAUGGCCAAGCACUUGAUGGAAGGAACAUCAUAUUUGUUCCGUGUUGCUGCUGAGAAUCAGUUUGGCAGAAGUGAAUACAUUGAAACAACCAAAGCUGUCAAAGCCAUGAAUCCUCUGUUCCCACCUGGUCCACCAAAGGACUUGCACCACGUAGAUGUGGACAAGACAGAGGUCUGGCUUGUGUGGAACUGGCCUGACCGCAACGGAGGUAGUGACAUCACAGGUUUCCUGGUUGAGUACCAAGAGGAAGGAGAGAGAGAGUGGGAUGAAUGGAACACAGUCAGCAUCCCUGAGAGCCACAUCACUGGCCUCGAGGAAGGAAAGACGUACAGAUUCCGUGUAAGAGCCGAGAACGCUAUCGGACUGAGUAGACCAGACACCACUGUUCCCGUUCUCUGCCAGGAGAAGCUUGUGGCUCCAAUUGUUGAAGUUGAUGCCAAGCUGAUUGAAGGGAUCAUCGUGAAAUGUGGAAGCACAAUCAGACUCCCUGCUAUCAUGAGAGGCAUUCCUGCGCCUACUGCUAAAUGGUCCAUUGACGGAGCAGAAAUUGUUCCCGAAGGCACAGUUAAGAUUGAGAGUGACAACUAUUCAACAGUUCUCAGCAUCAAUGAUUGUUUGAGAAGUGACAGUGGAACCUAUAUCCUCACAGUGUCCAACCCUGCAGGAACCAAGACUCUGGCUUUGAAUGUGACCGUUCUUGAUGUGCCUGCAGCGCCCAUUGGACCAGUUAGUAUCCUUGAAGUUACUCCUGAGUACAUGCUUAUUGACUGGCGUCCUCCAAAGGAUGAUGGUGGAAGCCCUGUAACAGGUUAUGUUGUUGAGAAGAGAGAGGCUAAGAAAGAAACCUGGGGAGGUGUGUGCUCUGGUAGCACAGCCACAAAGCUUAAGAUCUCUCGUUUGCAGAGUGGCGUUGAAUAUGUUGUGCGCAUUCGCGCAGAGAACAAAAUGGGUAUCGGCGCUCCUCUUGAAAGUGCACCAACCGUUGCCCAACACACGUUUGAAGCCCCUGGCCAUCCAGGCAAACCAAACACAUCAGACAUUGCAGAAGAUGCUCUCACUGUUGGGUGGACCAUGCCAUUAUUUGAUGGAGGCAGUCAAAUCACUGGAUAUAUCGUUGAGCGUAGACAUAAGGGCGGAAAAUGGAUCCGUGUCAACACGACACCCUGUAAGGAUCUCAGAAUCAGAGUACUUGGUCUCUUUGAGGGAAAUGAGUAUGAGUUUAGAGUUUUUGCUGAAAACAUUGCCGGUUUCAGUGGACCUUCUCCCAUAUCAGACCCAGCAAAACCCUGUCGUCAUAUCACAGCUCCUGGACCUCCAGUUAACCCCAGAAUCAAGGACUACAGUAAGGAAAAUGCAGACCUAGUCUGGAUUAAACCCAACAAAGAUGGAGGCAGUCCAGUCAUGGGCUACAUUAUUGAAAUGCAGAAAGCUGGCGGAGAAUGGGUGAUCAUCAACAAGGAUGGUCACAUUAAGCAGUGUGCUUACAGAGUUAAAGGCCUUGAAGAACACUCAGAGUACAGGUUCCGCAUUAGUGCUGUAAAUAUGAUUGGAGUUGGAGAGCCUAGAGAAUGCCCUGAAUCGGUGGUUGCCAAAGACAUCAUGAUACCUCCAGAGAUCGAGAUGGAUGCUACAAGCCGUGAGCAUUUGACUGUCCGUGUUGGACAUAACAUCAACAUCAUCGGUUACGUGAAAGCCAGACCUGACCCAGAGAUUAUCUGGAAAAAGGGUGAUGAUGUUUUGGAAACUGCCAAGCGCACAACACUAACUAAAAACUUACCUGUUGUUCAACUGAGAAUCAAAGAGGCAACCAGAGCAGACCAUGGAAAGUAUGUUUUGAAGGCUAACAACUACAGUGGUGAAGCCAAAGCUACGAUAACUGUGAAUGUGUUGGAUAGACCUGGACACUGUCAGAAUCUGAAGGCCUCCUAUGUGACCAGAGACUCCUGUAUGGUGUCCUGGGAGAACCCUGUGGACAACGGUGGCUCUGAGAUUACAAACUACAUUGUUGAGUGCCGUGAACCCAGUGUGAGGCUUUGGUCAAUGAUCUCAUCUGACUGCACUAACCGCAUGGUUAAAGCCAAACUCAUGGAGGGCCACGAGUAUCUCUUCCGUGUUUGUGCUGUGAACAAAUGUGGCCCUGGGCCCACAGUUGAGACAAAACAACCAACCCUUGCCAUCGAUCCCAUUAACAAGCCUGGUGAGCCAGAGAACUUCCGGGUAACUGAUGUCGGUAAGAACUUUGUCUUCUUGAAAUGGAGGAGGCCAGACUAUGAUGGUGGAAGCCCCAACAUUGGCUACGCUUUGGAGAGCAAAUUGGGAGCGGAAGAAUGGGUGCCAUUACAUGAGGAUCUGAUUACGAAUACAUUCUUCAUGGCUGACAAGUGUGUGGAAAAACAAACCUAUCAGUUCAGAGUGCAGACAUGCAACGAAGGUGGAGAAAGUGACUGGGUGAAGACUGGUGAUGUUCUUGUCAGAGAGGAGAUCCAGAAACCAGUGCUUGAUAUAAAGUUAACUGGAGCCCUUGUGGUUAAAGCUGGAGAGUCUAUCAGAAUUGAGGCUGGACUCAGAGGAAAGCCUCAACCAGAGGUGAAGUGGGUGAAGGACAAGGCCACAGGAGAUAACCCCAGAGUUAGUGUUGAAACGGGCACAGAUUAUUCUAAAUUUCUUAUGACCAAAUCUAAACGCACAGACACCGGAAAAUAUGUUGUUACUGCCACAAACUCUGCUGGAACCUUCACUGGAUACGCAGUUGUUAAUGUCUUGGAUGUCCCAGGGCCUGUGAGAGACGUGAAGGUGUCUGGAAUCGGAGUAGACAAAUGUAGAGUUGCAUGGGAUCUCCCAGAAGAUGAAGGUGGAUGUGAAGUUGAUAGCUAUAUCAUUGAGAAAUGUGAGACAAGAAGAAUGGUCUGGUCCACAUACUCUGCUUCACUUGUCACCAACUAUUGCAAUGUCACCCGACUAGUAGAAGGAAAUGAGUACAUCUUCCGCAUCAGAGCAGAAAACAAGAUGGGAACAGGUACUGCAGUGGAGAGCAAACCCGUCACAGCUAGGACUCAGUUCAACAGACCUGGACCACCAGAAUCACCAGAGAUCACCAAGAUCGGCAAAGAGGAGAUGACAGUCGUAUGGGCCCCACCAGAGAAUGAUGGUGGAAAGUCUAUCACUGGUUAUAUCCUGGAAAGGAAAGAAAAGCGUGCUGUCAAAUGGGUGCCAUGCACAAAGAGUACCAUCUCUGAGAGACGCAUGAAAGUCAGCAACUUGAUUCCCAACCACGAGUAUCAGUUCCGUGUCAAGGCUGAAAAUGAAGUCGGACUGGGAGAGCCAAGCAAACCAUGCAGACCAGUAGCAGCCAAAGAUCCAAUUGAGGUUCCUGGUCCUCCAGGCAGUUUCAAGGUGAUUGACAGCACCAAGACGUCCAUUACUCUUGGGUGGGCCAAGCCUAUCUAUGAUGGAGGUGCUCCUAUCAUUGGUUACAUGGUUGAAAUGAGAGACAAACCUGAGCCUAAACCUGAAGUGGUUGAUGCUGAAGCUGUUCCUGAAGCUGUGCCUAAAGCUAAACCUGCAGAGGAAGCUAAGCCUGUAGGUGAAGCCAAGCCUGAAGGUGAAGCUGAAGCUAAGCCUGAAGCAGCAGUAACAGAAGGUAAGGAACAAUAUGAAGAGGAUGAAGCUGCUGCAGUUGCAGCUAAAGCUAAAGCUGAAGCUAAACGUAAGAAGAAAGAAGAGGGCUGGAAGAAGUGCAACACCGGUGCUGGUGUGCUGGUGCACACAGAAUUCACCAUUCCAAACUUGAAUGAGAAGCAGAUGUAUGAAUUCAGAGUCUCUGCACAGAACCAGGUCGGCUGGGGCCGCCCUGCUACACUCAAAGAGGCCGUCAACCCCAAGGAGGUCCUCGAGGCACCAGAGAUCGACUUGGAUGCAAGUCUUAGGAAGGGCUUCACUGUUAGAGCAGGCUGCCCCAUCAGGCUCUUCGCUACUAUCAGAGGAAGACCAUCCCCCAAAGUCACCUGGAAGAAGCUCGGUGUUGAUAAUGUAGUCAGGAGAGGGCACGUGGAUCAGAUUGAUACUAUGUCCUUCCUUGUGAUCCCUGAGAGCACUCGGGACGACUCCGGCAAAUACUCUCUCACACUCUCCAACUCCGCUGGGGAGAAAGCUAUAUUUGUGCGCGUUAAAGUAUUGGAUACUCCUGGACCUGUGGGAGGAUUUGAGGUCUGUGAUGUGACAAGCACCGGUUGUCAGCUGUCUUGGCUCCCUCCAGAUAACGAUGGUGGCUGCCAAAUCCAGAACUACAUUGUUGAGAAACGUGAACUCGACAAGAAGACUUGGUCAAAUUGUAUCAACGAUUUGAAGAAAACAAGCUUCAAAGUCACUGGCCUCACACCUGGCUGUGACUACUACUUUAGAGUUAUGGCAGUCAAUAAAUAUGGCAUUGGUGUUCCUAAAGACUCUCCAAAAGCUUAUCUGACUUCCGAUCCUAUAAGUGAACCUGAUCCACCCAAGAAAAUGGAAGUCUUGGAAGUGACAAAGAACAGUGCCACUCUGGGGUGGCUGAAACCUUUGAGGGAUGGUGGAGCUAAGAUCAAUGGCUACAUGGUUGAUUACAAAAAGGACGGUGAACCUGAAGACAAAUGGACACCAUAUUCCGUUGUUAAAGACUUAACCAUUGUAGUCGUUGGACUUAAAGAGGGCACAAAGUACAAGUUCAGAGUUGCAGCAAGAAACGUGGCUGGAACCAGUCUGGCAAGAGAAGCUGAGGGAGUAUUUGAGGUCAAGGAGCAGCUGAUGGCACCGAAGAUCAUCAUGCCUGAUAUUGUCACAGUAAAAGCAGGAGAGAAAAUGAGAGUUGAAGCUAUUGUGGCUGGAAAACCUGCACCAUUCUGCAAAUGGAGGCAAGGCGCCGAGGAUCUGUUGACAUCUAAUCGUCGCAUGGUGCAAAAGUCUCCAAAUUGCAUUACGCUCAUCAUGAAAGACGUCUCAAGAAAGGAUAGUGGUUACUACAGUCUUUCUGCUGAGAAUAGCACCGCCAAAAUCAGCCAGAUUCUUAGGGUCGUAGUACAGGAUAAGCCAGGGCCUCCUGACGCUCCCCUGGAGAUCGUUGAGGUUGAUAUUGAUGCCUGCACACUUCAGUGGAACCAACCCAGUGAGGACGGUGGAAGCAACAUCACCAACUACGUCAUUGAGAAGUGUGAUGUGAGCAGAGGAGACUGGGUCAUAGCUUCUGGCUCAUGCACCACGACCAGCUACAAAGUUGGAAAGCUUACCCCUGGAAUGGAGUAUGGCUUCCGUGUCCGAGCUGAGAACCGAUUUGGUAUAUCAGAGCCAAUCUAUUCAGAGAAAAUGAUUGCUAGAUAUCCCUUCGAUGUCCCAGGCGAGCCCAGAAAUCUGUGUAUCACAAAAGUCAAGAGUGAAGCAGUGUCUCUGUCCUACGAGACCCCAUCAACUGAUGGUGGCAGUCCUCUUACCGGAUACUGCAUUGAGCGUAAAGAGAGGAACAGCCUUCUCUGGGUGAAAGCAAAUGAGUCCGUUGUCCGUGGACUUGAAUACAACUGCACAGGCUUAAUGGAAGGUCUGGAAUAUGCAUUCAGGGUGUCUGCCCUCAACAAGGCUGGCCAGGGUAAACCAAGCAAACAGACUGACUGGGUCACAGCAAGAACACCCAUCGAUCCACCUGGUAAACCUGAGGUAAUGGAUGUGACAAAAAGCACUGUUUCACUUGUUUGGACUCGUCCCCAAAAUGAUGGAGGUAGCAAGCUCAUCGGAUACUAUGUGGAGUACAUGAAGAUUGAUCAAGAAGUAGAGAAAUGGGUUCGCUGCAAUGCCAACUGCCAGAACGUCAAGACAGAAGACUAUGUUGUAACUGGCCUGGAGGAGGGAGCCCAGUAUCGCUUCAGAGUUUUCGCCAAGUCAGCGAUCAACAUCAGCUUGCCUUCUGAGAUCUCAGACGCCAUCCCAGUGUUUGCAGAGAAUGUUCCCCCCAGGGUCGAGCUGGGAGUGGACAUGAAGAACAUGAUCAUAGUGAAGGCUGGAGAAAAUGUCUCCUUUGAUGCUGUAGUGUUUGGAAAACCACUGCCCAAGGUUACAUGGAAGAGAAAUGGUGUUCCAUUGAAACUGGUUGAGGGGAUGAAGAUGACACAGAAGAGACACACACACAUUCUGGAAUUGUUCUCUGUCGCAAGGAAGGAGUCUGGAGAGUACACUAUUCUAGCUGAAAAUCCCAAUGGCUCUAAAUACGCCAAUAUUAAGCUUAAGGUUCUAGACAAACCUGGCCCACCAGCUGGAGUGAAGAUCACCAAGGUGUUUGCGGACCGUAUUAAGAUGAGGUGGGAGCCACCUGUUGCAGACGGAGGCUCUGAAAUCACUAACUACAUCAUUGACAAACGUGAAACCAGCAGAGCGAACUGGGCGCUGGUGACCUCCAAUAUCCAUGGUCAACUGACUGAUUGCACAGUAGAGAAACUGAUGCAGGACCAUGAAUACCAGUUCAGGGUCAGUGCUGAGAACCAGUAUGGUAUUGGGGACCCUAUCCUCACCGACCCUGUCAUGGUCAAGAAUCCAUAUGAUGUUCCUGGUCCUAGCGAGCCACCAGUUAUUACCAACAUUACAGCCAAUUCUAUGACUGUCAGCUGGAAGGCGCCAGCUGAUGAUGGUAAAGCUACUAUUCUGGGUUACAUGGUUGAGAAACGUGAAGCAUCAGAGCUCAACUGGGCUAAAGUCAACCGUAAACCAGUGAUUGACAGGAGCAUCAAAGCUGUCCAGCUCUCAGAGGGAUCUGAGUAUGAGUUCAGAGUGAUUGCCAUGAACAAAGCUGGAUUUGGCAAACCAAGUGAUGCAUCCAAUGCUGCCCUUGCUGUGGAUCCUGUGUAUCCACCUGCACCUCCUGCCUUCCCUAAAGUUGUUGACUCAACACACAGCACCAUAAGCUUGUCUUGGACCAAGCCUGCUUACGAUGGUGGUUGUGAGAUCUUUGGCUACCUUGUCGAGUGCAAGAGAGCUGAUGCAGAACACUGGACGAAGUGCAAUGUGCCCAAGAAGCUGCAAGAAACCAAGUUCCUGGUUACUGGUCUCAUUGAUAAAACAGAAUAUGUUUUCCGUGUCUUUGCCGUGAACAAGAUCGGCUACAGCGAGCCAAGUGAAAUUCCUGGGAAACACGAGGCCAAAGACAUCCUGAUUGCUGCUGAUGCUGAGCUGGAUGCAGACCUUCGCAAGGUACUGGUCCUGAGAGCCGGAGUCACAAUGAGACUCUAUGUGCCACUGAUAGGACGUCCCCCACCCAAGGUGGUGUGGACCAAGGUCAAUGCCAACCUCAAAGAACGAGCAGGAAUAAUGAUCAAAACGUCUGAAUGGGAUACCCUUAUGUACAUUGAGGAUAUCAACAGAUAUGAUGCUGGCAAAUACAUUUUGUCGAUUGAAAACGACAGUGGAAAGAAGUCUUACACUAUCGUCGUGAAGGUCCUAGAUACUCCUGGUCCACCACUGAAUCUGAUUGUGAAGGAAACAUCUCUGAACCAUGCAUCCAUCGGCUGGGAUCCUCCUCUGAUUGAUGGAGGAAGCCCAGUGAAGAGCUACAUUGUUGAGAAGCGUCUUGCAGAGAGAAAGGCAUGGUCCUGUGUCAUAGCCGAAUGCCCCAAAUCUACUUUCAGGAUUCCUAACUUGGAAGCUGGACAGGCCUACUGUUUCAGAGUCUUGGCUGAAAAUAACUAUGGUAUCGGAGAAGGUUGUGAGACUGCCGGAGUUGUAAGAGCUUCAGAACUACCUGGAGCAGUUAUGGAUUUCAAGGCACUGUCGAUCACUAAAGAUUCCAUUCAUAUUGGCUGGAAGAAACCAAUCAGUGAUGGUGGAAGUCACAUCAGUGCUUAUAUUCUGGAGCUUCAGGAAGGUGAAGAGAAGUAUAAGGAGCUAGUGAAAGGAAAGGUCAUGUCGCAUAUGAUGGUUGAACUUGAAGAAGGAAAGGAGUACUCUUACAGAGUGAAAGCAAUCAAUGAGUCUGGAGAGGGUCCACCUUCGGAGCUCACUGUGAUCGCUAAAGAUCAAAUUGUUCCACCUGACUGUGACCUGAGUGGCAUCCCAGAUCUGUGCUAUGUUGCCAAGGAGGGAAGCACAGUCCGUAUCAAAGUCCCUAUUGUUGGCAAACCAGCACCGUCAGCCAUCUGGAAGAAGGGACAUGUUUCUCUGGGAGACAGUGGAAGAGUGUCAGUUGAAUCUACACCAACUUUGACAACUUUGCUCAUCCGUGAUUGCCAGAGAGGUGAUGCAGAAAAUUACACAAUCCUGCUAAGAAACGCAGCAGGAGUCAAAGAAGCAAAGAUGCAGAUUAGGGUGGUUGGAAAACCAGGAAUCCCAACAGGACCGUUCAAGUUUGAUGAAAUCACUGCCGAUGGAAUCACUCUGGAGUGGGGUCCACCAAAAGAUGAUGGUGGGACUGAAAUAUCCAACUACAUUCUGGAGAAGCGGCAAUCAACAGCCAACAAGUGGGCUACUGUGGCCUCCGCUAUUCAGAAGAAUACUAUGAGAGUUACCAGGCUCCAUGAUGGUACUGAAUACAUCUUUAGAGUGUUUGCAGAAAACAAAUAUGGAGUUGGAGAAUGCCUCAAAUCUGAGCCAGUGGUGGCUCAGCAUCCAUUCAAUGUGCCUGACGCACCUGCACCACCAGAGAUCGUGAGCAUUCGCCAUGAGUCUGCCAUUUUGAAUUGGACUGAUCCUAAAGAAAAUGGAGGCUCACCAAUCACUGGCUAUCAUGUUGAAUACAAAGAGAGGAACAGCUUGAUGUGGAAGAGAGCCACUAAGACCCCUAUUAGAGUGAAGGACUGCAGAGUGACUGGACUGAUUGAAGGCCUGGAGUAUGAAUUUAGAGUUAUGGCAAUGAAUGCGGCCGGUUUAGGAAGGCCAAGCAAGGCAACAGAACCAGUCAUCGCCCUUGAUCCAAUUGAUCCUCCUGGUAAGCCUGAUGUCAUCAAUGUAACCAGAAGCACUGUAACACUUAUGUGGACUGCACCCAAGUACGACGGUGGACACAAACUGACUGGUUACCUGGUUGAGAAACUGGAACUGCCAGGAAAGACCUGGAUGAAAGCAAAUCAUAUCAAUGUCCAAGGCCUUGCAUUUACCGUGCCAGACCUUACAGAAGGCAGCAGCAUGGAAUUCAGAAUCAGAGCUAAAAAUGCAGCAGGCGCAAUCAGUGUUCCUUCAGAGCAAACUGAUACCCUUAUCUGCAAAGAUGAGUAUGAACCACCAAGCAUCACUAUCGAUCCAGACAUGAAGGAAGGUGUCUCUGUCAGAGCUGGGGACACCAUUGUAGUAUCUGCUUCCAAGAUCCUUGGCAAACCUCCACCUACAGCUGUGUGGUCCAAGGCAGGAAGAGAAUUCAAGACCUCAGAUAUUGUCCAGAUCACAAGCACUCCAACUACUUCAACGUUGUCUAUUAAAUAUGCAAGCAGGAAGAACACUGGAGAGUACACAAUUACAGCCAGUAAUCCUUUCGGUAUCAGAGAAGAACAUGUUAAGGUCAAGGUUCUUGAUAUCCCUGGACCUCCAGGCCCCAUUGAAGCCAGCAGUGUGUCAGCUGAGAAGUGCACAUUGACAUGGUUGCCACCAGAAGAGGAUGGCGGCUGUGCAAUCAAAUCCUACACACUGGAAAAGAGAGAAACAAGCCGUCUUCUCUGGACAAAACUUGCUGAAAAUAUAUUUGACUGCAGAUUUGUUGCAAGCAAGCUGAUCAAGGGCAAUGAGUACAUCUUCCGUGUGUCUGCAGUGAACCAGUAUGGCACUGGUGAUGGGACCCAAUCUGGCCCUGUCAAAAUGGUUGACAGCUUUGGCCCACCAGGCCCACCUGGAAUCCCAGAGAUUGACAAUGUCAGCAGAAACGCUGUUACCAUUUUCUGGAAGAGGCCAGUAAAAGAUGGUGGAAGUGAUAUUAGAGGCUAUCAGGUUGAGAGGAAAGAGAGAAGAGGAAUGAGAUGGGUGAGAGCAUCGAAGAAAACAGUCUCUGACCUACGUUACAAAGUACAAGGACUGACGGAAGGUGUUCAGUAUGAAUUCAGAGUAACAGCAGAAAACAAAGCUGGCUUUGGUGAACCCAGUGAACCAUCUGCCCAUGUGAUGACAAAGGAUAUUGUGUAUCCACCAGGACCUCCCUCCAACCCAAGAAUUACUGACACCACCAAGACAACAGCCACAUUCAACUGGGGUAGACCCCACUAUGAUGGUGGCCUGGAUGUAGCAGGAUACAUUGUUGAGCACAAGAAGGAAGGACAUGACGAUUGGGUCACAGACGUCACAAGAUUGAGAAUUACAGAAUACGUUGUGUCAGACCUGAAGGCUGGUGGGAACUACUAUUUCAGAGUCAGAGCCAUAAAUACAGAGGGAGUUGGUGAACCAGCAGUGGUUGAAGAAAUAGUUGAACUUAAGGACCGUGAGACACUUCCCGACUAUGAGCUUGAUGCUGAGUAUAGAAGAACCCUUGUUGUCAGGGUCCGUGGAUCCAUUCGUAUCUUUGUGCCAAUUAAAGGACGUCCAGUUCCUGAAGUAACCUGGAUGAAAGAUAAUGCCAUUCUUGGUAAAGGUGGCCGUGAACACAUUGAUACUACGGAGUCGUAUACUCUCCUGGUUAUCCCUGACUGCACAAGAUAUGAUGCUGGAAAAUACAUGCUGUCAUUAGAGAAUGUUGCUGGUAAGAGAGAUGGAUUUGUUAACGUCAGAGUACUGGAUUCACCAGGACCACCUGUGAACCUGAUACCACGUGAAAUCACCAAAACAAGUAUCACUAUGCAGUGGGAAAUACCCAUUAUUGAUGGUGGAUCAAAGAUCAUUAACUACGUCAUUGAGAAGCGAGAGGCCACAAGAAAGGCUUACACAGUAAUCACUACAACCUGGCAGAAAUGCUCCUUCAAAUUUGACAACUUGGAUGAAGGCUCUGAAUAUUACUUCAGAGUAUCUGCUGAAAAUGAUCUGGGCGUUGGCGAGCCAGCAGAGACACCUGAGACAAUCAGAGCAUCCCAAGCACCUACUGCCCCUGAAAAUCUGUACGUCACUGACGUGUCAGCGGACACUGCAAGCCUUGCAUGGACGAAGCCAAAACAUGAUGGUGGCAGUAGGAUUACUGGAUACGUUAUUGAAGCACAGAAGAAGGACACAGAGACAUGGACCCAUGUAACAACUGUAAAAGCUCUUGACUACACAGCCACAGAUCUCAUUGAAAAUAUGGAGUAUGUGUUCCGCAUCAUGGCAGUCAACAGCUCUGGAAGAAGUGAUCCACGUGAAAGCAGACCUGCUAUCAUUAGAGAGCAAACAACAGCGCCUGCAUUUGACCUACGUGGAGUCUACCAGUCUUUGGUCAUUGCUAAGGCUGGUGAUAAUGUGAAGGUUGAAAUUCCGGUUCUGGGUCGCCCCAGACCAGCAGUUUCAUGGAAGAGAGGUGAGGACACACUUAAACAGACGCAGAGAAUUAAUACGGAUACUACUGCAACCUCAACUACUCUCCACAUCAAUGAGAUCAAAAGGAGCGAUGGUGGUCAAUAUUCGAUGACUGGCAAGAAUAUACUUGGAACAACGACAGAGACAAUUACUGUUGAAGUCCACGAUAUUCCAGGACCUCCUACUGGACCAAUUAAGCUUGAAGAAGUUUCUUGUGACUACAUUCUCUUAUCAUGGGAAGGUCCAGAGAAUGAUGGCGGUGUACCCAUUAACAAUUACAUUGUUGAGGCUAGAGAAACCACAGGCACAUCAUGGGUUGAAUUAGCAGCAACGGUUAUCCGUACAACAUUCAAGGCUGCUCGUCUCACAACAGGAAUCAUGUAUCAGUUCCGUGUUAAAGCCCAGAACAGGUACGGCAUUGGACCCUGUAUAGUCUCAGAACAAGUGGUUGCUGCUUAUCCAUUUGAUGUGCCAGGUCAACCAGGCAUUCCUGAAAUUGUCCACUUCAACAAGGAUUCUAUGACUAUUAGCUGGGAUGAACCAGCUUCCGAUGGUGGAAGCCCCAUUUUGGGAUAUCACAUUGAAAGGAAAGAGAAGAACAGUAUCCUGUGGCAGAAGAUCAGCAAAGCACUUGUAGUAGGGAACAUGUUCAAAUCAACAGGCUUGGUGGACGGAAUCGCCUAUGAGUACCGCGUUAUUGCUGAAAACAUGGCUGGUUUGAGCAGGGCAAGCAAGCAUUCUGAGACUACCUUUGCUCUGGAUCCAGUGGACCCACCUGGCCAACCAAUAGCAUUGAAUGUAACCAGACAUGAGGUGACUCUUCAGUGGACAAGACCUGAAGGUGAUGGAGGAUUCUCAAUAACUGGGUACCAAGUAGAAAAAAGAGAACUCCCAGAUGGACGCUGGCUCAAGGCCAACUAUAGCAACGUCCUUGAGACAACAUUCACUGUUAGCGGUCUCACAGAGGAUGCUACUUAUGAGUUCCAUGUUAUGGCAAGAAACUCAGCUGGCGGUCUCAGUAAGCCAUCUCUACCAUCAGAGGAAAUCACUUGCAGAGAUGAUGUUGAGGAGCCCAAACUUGAAGUUGAUACAAUCUAUAAUAGUACUGUGGUUGUGAAAGCGGGAGAUGUCUUCAAACUUGCUGCCAGCGUAACAGGCAGACCAAUACCAACACUGGUAUGGACCAAAGACGGGAAGGAACUUGAAGAUACAGCCAAGUUGGAAAUCAAACUCUAUGACUUUUCUACAACCUUAGUCAACAAAGAUUCUCUAAGAAGGUGCGGUGGCACAUUCACUUUAACUGCCAGCAAUCCGGGUGGUUUUGCAAAGCAUACCUUCAAUGUUAAGAUUCUUGAUAGACCUGGACCUCCAGAUGGUCCACUUGCUGUUACAGACGUCACUGCUGAGAAAUGUAUCCUCUCAUGGCUGCCACCAUCACAUGAUGGAGGUGCAAAGAUUCUGCACUACAUCAUUGAGAAACGUGAAACAAGUAGACUUGCUUGGACAAAUGUAGCAACAGACUUACAAGUUAACCGGUUUAAGGUAACCAAGUUGUUGAAGGGUAACGAGUAUAUCUUCAGAGUUAUGGCUGUCAACAUGUAUGGAACUGGAGAGCCCCUUGAAUCCGACCCAAUGGUUUCUACAAAUCCAUAUGUGCCAGCUGAUGCUCCAUCAACACCUGAGGUAACGACCAUCACAAAGAACACCAUGGUUGUUUGCUGGGAACGCCCUGAUCACGACGGUGGAAGCGACAUCUUCAACUAUGUUGUUGAAAGGAGAGACAAAACCGGUCUUCGCUGGGUUAAAUGCAACAAGAGGACUGUAACUGACCUGAGGUUCAAAGUAUCGGGGCUCACACCAGGGCAUGAAUAUGAAUUCAGAAUCAUAGCAGAAAACAAUGCUGGUUUAGGUACACCAAGUCCUUCCAGUGAAUUCUACAAGGCAGUAGACACAAUCUUCCAACCUGGACCACCUGGAAAUCAAAGAGUCUUAGACACAACCAAAUCAUCCAUUACAGUUGCCUGGAACAAACCUGUAUAUGAUGGUGGUUCUGAUAUCAUUGGAUACGUUGUAGAGACCUGUCUACCUGAGGAAGAUGAAUGGACAAUUCGGACCCCUAAGAAGGGAUUAGUUGGGACAUCAUUUACCAUCACUAACCUGGUAGAAAACCAAGAUUAUAAAAUCAACAUUUGCGCAAUUAACUGUGAAGGGGUUGGAGAGCCAGCACAAGUCCCUGGCACACCAAUUGCAGAGGACAGGCUGCUUCCUCCUGAUAUUGACCUUGGUGCAGAGCUUCGUAAGGUUGUCUGCAUUAGAGCUUGCGGCACAUUGAGACUCUUUGUACCUAUUAAAGGAAGACCAACUCCUGAUGUCAAGUGGUCCAGAGAAAAUGGAGAGCCUGUUACGAGAGCAACUAUUGACACCACAUCAUCAUUUACUGCUCUUAUGGUUGAAAAUGUUGACAGAUUUGACAGUGGAAAGUACAUGUUGACAGUGGAAAAUGCCUCAGGAAGCAAAACUGCAUAUGUGAAUGUCAGAGUGCUGGACACACCUGGAGCACCACAAAGCCUCAUAAUCAGGGAGGUCACCAGAGACUCAGUAUCACUCAUGUGGGAUGCACCCCUUAUUGAUGGUGGCUCCAGAAUUAGAAACUACGUUGUGGAGAAACGUGAAUCAACACGAAAAGCUUACUCCACAGUUUGUGCUCAAUGCGUUAAAUCUAGCUGGAAGAUUGGUGGCCUGGAGGAAGGAAACACAUAUUUCUUCAGAAUUCUGGCUGAAAAUGAAUUUGGCAUUGGACUUCCAAUAGAGACUCCUGAGGCAGUCAGAGUAUCAGAAAAACCACUUCCACCAGGCAAAGUAACCCUUGUUGAUGUCACAGGCACCAGUGUCUCUCUGUCUUGGGAAAAACCAGAUCACGAUGGUGGUAGCAGAAUCUCAGGAUAUAUUGUUGAGAUGCAUGGCAAAGACAGUGAAACUUGGACCCAGUGUGCUGUUGCAAAAAUCACACAGGCUGUUGUUCUUGGACUGACACAAGGUGAAGAAUAUAUGUUCCGUGUGUCAGCACAUAACGAAAAAGGAACCAGUGAUCCUCGUCUACUUAGUGUACCUGUGGUAGCCAAAGAUCUUGUUAUUGCGCCAGUAUUCAAGCUGCUGUUCACCACAUUUAGUGUAUUGGCAGGAGAUGAUCUCAAGAUAGAUUUGCCAUAUGCUGCUCGCCCCAAAGCAGUUGUGACCUGGCUCAAGGAUGGUGUCGCACUAAAAGAAACAACCAGAGUCAAUGCUGAUGCUACUGAUACACAUUUGCAUCUUGUGGUCAAGGAAGCCAGCAGGGAGGAUGUGGGAAAGUACACCAUCAAACUUGUAAACACAGCUGGUGAAUCAACAGUGGACAUUGCAGUUGUUGUUCUUGAUAAGCCUGGUCCUCCAACUGGCCCAAUCACUGUUGAUGAAGUCACUUCUGACAGUGUGGUACUGUCCUGGAACCCACCUACAUAUGUGGGUGGUUGUGCCAUUAACAACUAUGUAGUAGAAAAGAGGGAAACGUCCACCACAAACUGGCAGAUUGUGUCUGCAACAGUUGCAAGAACCACCAUUAAAGCAGCUCGGUUGAAGACUGGGUGUGAAUAUCAGUUCAGGAUUGCUGCUGAAAACAGAUAUGGAAAGAGUCCAGUACUUAUAUCAGAAAAUAUUGUUGCUCAAUAUCCAUUUGAUCUCCCAAGUGCACCAGGGACCCCAAUUGUACAAUCAUCUACAAAGGACAGCAUGGUUAUUGUAUGGGAGAAGCCUGGUAGUGAUGGCGGGAGCAAGAUUUUGGGAUAUCACCUCGAGAGUAAGGAGAGAAACAGCCUCCUCUGGGUUAAACAGAACAAACAACUGAUCCCAGACUUGAGGUUCAAGCUCAGUGGUCUUGAUGAAGGUAUUGAAUAUGAGUACAGAGUUUAUGCUGAAAAUAUUGUUGGCGUUGGCAAAGCAAGCAAAUUGUCAGAAAUCCGUGUUGCAAGAGACCCCUGUGACAGUCCAGGCAAGCCUGAAGCUGUCAUUGUCACAAGAGGAGCUGUCACUCUCCAAUGGACUAAGCCAGAGUUAGAUGGAGGUAGCAAAAUCACUGGCUACUUUGUGGAGAAGAAAGAGCUGCCUGAAGGGCGCUGGAUGAAGGCCAGUUUCGCCAAUGUCAUUGAGACACAAUUUAUUGUUACUGGCUUAGUUGAAGACCAGUGCUAUGAGUUCCGUGUCAUUGCAAGAAAUGCAGCAGGUGUUUACAGUCUUCCAUCUGAGAGCACUGGGUCUAUAACAGCAAAGGAUGAAGUUGAUCCUCCCAAAAUAGAGAUGGACUCAAAGUACUCUUCAACAAUUGUUCUGAUGGCAGGUGAAUCGUUCAACCUUUGUGCAGAUAUUUUCGGCAAACCUGUACCCUCAGUCCAUUGGAUGAAAAACGAUGUCGAAAUAAAGGAGGCUGCACGUCUUGAGAUAAAGAACACCGCUUUUAAAGCAUCAUUGAGUGUUAAGGAGGCAAUCCGUGUUGAUGGAGGCCAAUAUAUCCUACUUUUGAAAAAUGUAGGUGGAGAGAAGUCAGUGCACAUCAAUGUCAAAGUGUUAGACAGACCUGGUCCACCUGGAGGCCCAAUUUCUAUCUACGGAGUCACAAGUGAAAAGGCUUGUAUUGCCUGGAGACCACCAGCACAAGAUGGAGGUAGUGAUGUUUCUCAUUACAUCGUUGAGAAGAGAGAGACUAGCAGAUUGGUUUGGACUCUGGUUGAACCUAAAGUGCAGACUCUAAAUCUUAAGAUCAUAAAACUUGUUCCUGGAAAUGAGUAUGUCUUCCGAGUGAUUCCUGUGAACAAAUACGGAAUUGGUGAAGCUCUUGAAUCUGAGCCAAUGAUUUCCAGAAAUCAAUUUGUAACACCUGAUCCACCCACAGAUGUGGAAGUCUCUACCAUCACAAAAGAUUCAAUGGUGGUAACCUGGGAAAGACCUGAAAACGAUGGUGGAAAUGCCAUUUCUGGAUUUGUUAUUGAGAAGCGUGAUAAAGAAGGUGUGCGCUGGACCAGAUGCAAUAAGCGCACAGUGAGUGAGCUGCGCUUCAGAGUAGCAGGUCUUCUUGAAAACCGCAGUUAUGAGUUCCGAGUUUCAUCUGAGAAUGCUGCUGGAGUUGGUAAACCAAGUGAACCAACUAUUUACUACAAGGCAUUGGAUGCUAUCUUCACAUCAGGUCCACCAAAUAAUCCCAAAGUGACUGACACAACAAGAACAUCCGUGUCCUUGUCAUGGGGCAAACCUAUCUAUGAUGGUGGCUGUGAGAUUCAAGGAUACUUAGUGGAGGCCUGUGAAGGAGCAUCUGAUGAAUGGACAACAUGCACUCCCCCUGCCGGAAUCACACACACUACAUUUACAGUUAGAAAACUACUCGAGAAGCAUGAGUAUAAAUUCAGGGUAUGUGCCAUAAACAAGGUUGGUGUUGGUGAGCAUGCAGAUGUCCCUGGAUCAGUUCUUCUAGAGGAGAAAUUGGAAGCACCAGAUCUUGAGCUUGACGCUGACAUGAGGAAGAUGAUUAAUGUCAGAGCUGGAAGCGCUCUUAGGUUGUUCAUUCCUGUUAGGGGACGGCCGGCUCCUGAACUGAAGUGGGGAAAAGCUGAUGGAGAACUCAAGGAGACGGCACAGAUUGACAAUACAAGCAGUUAUGCUUCACUCCUGAUUGAAAAUGUUGACAGAUUUGACACUGGCAAGUACACUGUUACUGCAGAGAAUUCCAGUGGAGUUAAAUCUGUCUUCAUCAGUGUCAGAGUACUUGAUUCACCUAGUAUGCCUGCAAAUUUCGCUAUCAAAGAGAUAACAAAGAAUUCAGUCACACUUACUUGGGAGCCACCUAUUUUGGAUGGUGGGUCUAAAAUUAAGCAAUAUCAUGUUGAGAAACGAGAAAGCACUAGGAAAGUGUAUUCCCCUGUCACAACCUGUCAUAAGAUGUCAUGGAAGAUUGAACCACUUGUGGAGGGAAGUAUCUAUUUCUUCAGAGUUCUUGCUGAAAACGAGUGGGGCAUUGGCUUACCUGCAGAGACCCCUGAACCCGUAAAGAUUUCAGAGGUACCUCAACCUCCCGGUAAAGUUACAGUUCUAGACGUGACACGGAACAGUGUCUCUCUUAAGUGGGAGAAACCAGAUCAUGAUGGAGGCAGCAGAAUAAGCCAUUAUGAGAUUGAAAUGCAAGCCAAAGAUAGUGACAAAUGGACACUAUGUGCUCAAUGUAAAUACCUUGAAACUACUGUCACUAGCUUAGCCCAAGGAGAGGAGUAUCAAUUCAGAGUAAUUGCUGUUAAUAGCAAAGGAAAGAGUGACUCUAGACUUCUGGCCAGUCCAGUAGUAGCAAAGGACCUUGUCAUUGAACCUGACAUAAGACCUAAAUUAACACAGUACAGCGUACAGGUUGGCUAUGAUCUGAAGAUUGAAGUUCCCAUUGCUGGACAUCCUAAACCAGUCAUUACAUGGACAAAGGAUGGUGCUGCCCUGAAACAAACCACAAGAGUUAAUGUUGUCGACAGUGCACGCAACACACAUCUAACCAUCAAAGAAGCAACAAAAGAUGAUGGUGGAUUGUAUAGUAUUAAUAUUACCAAUAUGCUUGGAUCCAAAGAUGCCACCAUUGAAGUAAUCACACUAGAUAAACCUGGCCCACCAACAGGCCCAAUCAAGAUGGAUGACAUAAGUGCUGAAAGUAUCACACUUACCUGGGAACCACCUGCAUACACUGGUGGCUGCCCAAUUUCAAAUUACGUUGUCCAGAAAAGAGAUACAACCACAACUAACUGGGUUGUAGUCUCUGCCACUGUGGCGAGAAAUACCCUGAAAGUGACAAAUCUAAAAACAGGUGCAGAAUACCAAUUUAGGAUCUUUGCUGAAAACAGAUAUGGCAAAAGUUAUGCUAUUGAUUCUGAACCUGUCCUUGCCCAGUAUCCCUUCAAGGAGCCAGGACCACCAGGAACACCUUACGUAUCUUCAUAUACUAAGGAUUACAUGGUUGUGGAAUGGCACAAACCCAUUUCAGAUGGAGGCAGUGCCAUUUUUGGCUAUCACAUUGAGAGAAAGGAAAAGAACAGUAUCCUUUGGACAAAGAUCAAUAAAUCCCUCAUCCAAGACUGUAGAUUUAAAUCUACUCCUUUGGAGGAAGGUAUAGAAUAUGAGUUUAGAGUGUCUGCUGAGAAUAUCGUUGGCAUUGGCGCGUGCAGCAAACUCUCUGAGGGAUAUGUGGCACGUGACCCAUGUGAUCCUCCUGGCACCCCAGAGGCUAUCAUUGUAACCAGGCACUCUGUGAAACUGAAGUGGACAAGACCACAGUAUGAUGGUGGCAGUCUGAUCACAGGCUAUGUGGUGGAGAAACGCGAUCUCCCAGAGGGAAGAUGGAUGAAGGCAAGUUUCACAAAUGUCAUUGAAACUGUAUUCACAGUUCUAGGUCUAACUGAGGAUUGCAAAUAUGACUUCAGAGUCAUAGCUAGGAAUGCCGCUGGAUCUAUCAGCAAGCCCUCUCAGAGCACCGGAUCCAUCACAGCAAAGGAUGAAGUUGAUCCACCAAAAUGUGAAGUUGACUCAGUGUACAGCCAGUUUGUUAUCAUCAAUGCUGGGGAAACAUUUACACUUGAGGCCGCUGUACAAGGAAAGCCAAUUCCAGCAGCUCAAUGGUUCAAGAGUGAUGUAUUAGUGGAGAACUCAGCAAGGGCUGAGAUUAUGAACUCAGAUUUCCAAGCAAAGCUUGUUGUCAAAGAUGCUAUCAGAGUGGAUGGAGGACAAUAUACGUUGCUUCUAACUAAUGUUGCUGGAGAUAAAACUGCAACGUUCAAUGUGAGAGUACUGGACAGACCUGGCCCCUCUCAGGGACCCCUCACUGUUAGCAAUGUCACAUGUGAGAAAUGUUCACUGUCCUGGCUUCCUCCAAGAGCUGACGGUGGAAGCAGUAUUUCCCACUACGUCAUUCAAAAGAGAGAAACUAGCCGUCUUGCAUGGACUGUGGUUGCUAGUGAUUGUGGAGCUACAAUGUUCAAAGUCACAAAGCUUCUGAAGGGAAAUGAGUACAUCUUCCGUGUUAUGGCUGUCAACAAAUUUGGUACUGGUGAACCUCUUGAAUCAGCCCCAGUUAUAAUGAGAAAUCAAUUUGUUACUCCUGGACCACCUCAAGAAUUGGAAAUAGCCAAUAUUGCAAGGGAUUCCAUGACUGUGUGCUGGACUCGCCCAGAGGUUGAUGGUGGAAGUGAGAUAGCUGGUUACAUUGUUGAGAAGAGAGAUAGAGCUGGAAUCAGAUGGACAAAAUGCAACAAACGCAGAGUCACAGACCUUCGCUUCAGAGUGACAGGCCUGACAGAGGAUCAUGAAUAUGAAUUCAGAUUAUCUGCUGAGAAUGCUGCAGGAAUCGGCCAACCAACUGAACCAACUCCUUACACCAAAGCCUGUGAUCCAACAUUUGAACCUGGCGCUCCCACUAAUGCACAUGUGGUUGAUACUACCAAAAACUCCAUUACACUCGCAUGGAGUAGGCCCAUUUACGACGGUGGUGUCAAUAUCCAGGGAUAUGCUGUGGAGAUCUGCAAAGCAGAUGAGGAGGAAUGGACUCUAUGCACUCCACCAAUGGGAGUGAAUGCCACUACCUUCAAAAUCACCAAACUUAUCGAGCAUCAAGAAUAUAAGGUGCAGGUAUGUGCCAUCAAUAAAUUGGGUGUUGGUGAACCUGCUGAGAUUUUAGGAACUGUAAAACCAGUGGAUGCAAUGUUCGCCCCAGAGAUUGAGCUGGAUUCAGAGCUAAGGAAAGGAGUCGUUGUGCGUGCUGGAGGAUCCAUGAGGAUCAAUAUUCCAUUCAAAGGACGUCCUACUCCAGAAAUAAGCUGGUCCAAGGAUGAGGGUGACUUCAGUAACAAAGUUCAAAUUGAGAAAGGCGCUGAUUUUACUCAACUGUCAGUAGACAUCUGUGACAGAAAUGAUGCUGGAAAGUACACUCUGACCCUGGAAAACAGCAGUGGUUCCAAGUCUGCAUUUGUUUCCGUCAAAGUACUUGAUACACCAGGAGCACCCGUAAACUUCACAGUGAAAGAUAUUAAGAAAAACUCUGUCAAUCUUGUUUGGGAGCCCCCACUCAUUGACGGAGGUGCGAGGGUCAAGCAUUACUUUGUUGAGAAGCGUGAAUCCACUAGGAAAGCUUAUUCCAACAUUUCAAACAAGUGUACAAGGAACAGUUUCCAUGUGGGAGAUCUCAUUGAGGGGGUUAUUUAUUACUUCAGAGUUAUGGCUGAGAAUGAAUAUGGUGUAGGCCUGGCAGCAGAAACAGCUGAGCCAGUGAAGACAUCAGAAGUCCCUCUGCCUGUAGGAAAAAUCACAUUGACUGAAGUGACUAAGACAACUGCCUCAAUGGCAUGGGAAAAACCAGACCAUGAUGGUGGAAGUAGGAUAAUGGGAUACUACAUAGAAAUGCUGCCUGCAGGAUCAGAGGAAUGGAUCCUAUCCACAACCACAAAAACAUGUGAGGGAACUGUAGAAGGCCUAACCGCAGGUCAAGAAUACCAAUUCAGAGUUUCAGCCUUUAAUGACAAAGGAAAGAGUGACACAAGGGUAUUAGCUGCCCCUGUCACAGCUAAAGAUCUAACUAUUGAACCAAGUUUCGUAAUGGCAUUCAACACCUUUAGUGUCCAACAUGGUGAAGAUCUGAAGAUAGAAAUACCAGUGAGAGGACGCCCAGCACCAAAAGUGGUAUGGACAAAGGAUGGACAGGCAAUUAAAGAGACAACCAGGUUGAAUGUUUCAAGAACAGCAUCAUCAACAAACCUUGCUAUAAAAGAGGCAACCAGAGCGGAUUCUGGCAAGUACAAAAUCACAGCUACCAACAGUAUAGGAGAAAAAGUUGCAGAAAUCGGAGUGAUCAUCCUUGAUAAACCUGGCCCAGUCACAGGACCUAUAAAGAUUGAGGAAGUGAGUUCCAAUUAUGUCAACCUCGCAUGGGAACCACCUGCGUACACAGGAGGUUGUCAAAUAAACAAUUACAUUGUGGAAAAGCGUGACACAACAACCGUAGCAUGGCAGUGUGUGUCUGCUACCAUCGCAAGAACAACUAUCAAAGUUACCAAGCUGAAAACCGGUACUGAAUACCAGUUUAGGGUGUUUGCAGAAAACAGAUAUGGAAAGAGUCCGUCAUUGGACUCAGCAGCUGUUGUUGUGCAAUAUCCUUUCAGUGAACCUCUUGCACCUGGUACUCCAUUUGUGUCAUCAGUGACAAAGGAUCACAUGGUUGUUGAAUGGAAAGUACCAACCAGUGAUGGAGGUAGUCCAAUCCUUGGUUACCACCUCGAACGCAAAGAGAAGAACAGCAUUCUCUGGACGAAGUUGAACAAACUGCUCAUUCCUGACUGUCGAUUCAAAACAAAUGAACUUGAAGAGGGCAUUGAGUAUGAAUUCAAGGUCUUUGCUGAGAACAUUGCUGGCUUGAGUCCACCUAGCAAGAUUUCUGAUGUUUGUGUCGCCAGAGACCCAUGUGAUCCACCUGGUACCCCCGAGGCUAUUGAUAUUACCAGGAACCACGUUACACUGUCAUGGAAAAAGCCCCAGUAUGAUGGUGGUAGCCUGAUCACAGGCUAUGUUGUUGAAAGGAAGAAGCUUCCUGAUGCCCGUUGGAUGAAGGCUAGCUUCACAAAUGUAAUUGAGACUCAAUUCACAAUCUCAGGUCUGACUGAAGAGUGUGAGUAUGAGUUUAGAGUAAUUGCAAGGAAUGCAUCUGGUAUUUUCAGUGCUCCCUCUGAAAGCACUGGAGCUAUUACUGCUAAAGAUGAAAUUGAAGCACCAACAGCAUCAAUGGAUCCCAAAUUCAAGGACUGUAUUGUCAUCCAUGCUGGUGAAACAUUUGUUAUUGAUGCUGAUAUUUUGGGAAAACCACUCCCUGAAAUCACAUGGUUGAAAGAUGGAAAAGAAAUCGACCAAACUACCCCAAGAAUGGAGAUCAAAACAACCAUUCAACGUACUAUUCUAACAGUCAAGGAAUGUAUCAGAGUAGAUGGUGGACACUUUGUCCUGAGUCUUAGCAAUGUUGGUGGAACAAAAUCUAUUCCCGUCAACGUGAAAGUCCUUGAUAGACCUGGUCCACCCGAAGGUCCAAUGAAGAUAACUGGCGUGACUUCCGAGAAAGCCUAUCUUCACUGGAGUCAUCCAUUACAUGAUGGCGGUGCCAGCUGUUCUCAUUAUAUAAUUGAAAAGAGGGAAACCAGCAGAUUGUCAUGGACUGUAGUCGAACCCAGAAUCCAAGCUGUCAGCUACAAAGUGACUAAACUCUUGCCUGGCAAUGAGUACAUCUUCAGAGUUACAGCAGUAAAUAAGUUUGGCAUUGGCGAACCUCUUGAAUCAGACCCAGUUAUUGCACGUAAUCCUUUUGUGACACCCAGUGCUCCCUCAACACCUGAAGCAAGUGCUAUUACAAGGGACUCAAUGGUCCUUACAUGGGAACGUCCAGCAGAUAAUGGUGGCUCAGAUAUUGAUGGCUAUGUCCUGGAGAAACGAGAUAAAGAGGGCAUUAGAUGGACAAAAUGUAACAAGAAAAGACUUAAUGACAUCAGGUUCAGAUGUACCGGACUCACGGAGGGACAUUCCUAUGAGUUCAGAGUGUCUGCUGAAAAUGCUGCUGGUGUGGGAGUGCCAAGUGCACCAACAGAAUACAUAAAAGCCUGUGAUGCCACAUAUCCACCUGGUCCUCCUAACAACCCGAAGGUGACAGACCACUCAAGCACAACUGUGUCACUUUCAUGGACAAGACCCAUCUAUGAUGGUGGAGCAGCCAUCAAAGGAUAUGUUGUUGAGAUGAGAGAAGAAGGAGAUGAAGAAUGGAUAACCUGUACACCGCCAACUGGUGUACAAGCAACACACUUUACUGUGAAAAAACUGAGGGAAAAUGCUGAAUACUAUUUCCGCAUCUGUGCAAUUAACAUUGAAGGAGUUGGUGAGCAUGUUGAUGUUCCAGGGUCUGUAGUUGCAUCUGAAAGACUUGAGGCCCCUGAGAUUGAACUUGAUUCAGACCUUAGGAAAAUGGUCCAAGUACGGGCAAGUGCAACACUGCGUUUGUUUGUGACAAUCAAAGGAAAACCUGAACCUGAAGUAAAGUGGUCCAAGAUGGAUGGCCCUCUUACUGAGCGUGCACAAAUUGAGGUCACAAGCUCCUACACAAUGCUUGUCAUCGACAAUGUCAAUAGAUUUGACACUGGCAAGUAUGUGUUGACUCUUGAGAACCUUAGUGGUCAAAAAUCAGCAUUCAUUAAUGUCAGGGUGUUGGACUCACCAAGUGCCCCUGAGAACUUUGAAGUCAAGGAUAUUAAGAGAGAUUCUGUAUCACUAUCCUGGGAGCCUCCUAUGAUUGACGGUGGAGCUAAGGUCACCCAUUACAUUGUGGAAAAGAGAGAUAACACAAGACUGGCAUUUACAAGUGUUUCAAAUAACUGUGUAAGAAAUUCCAUGAAGAUUGAUGACCUUAAGGAGGGCGGAAUUUACUAUUUCCGCGUCAAAGCUGUCAAUGAGCUUGGUGUGGGUUUGCCAGCAGAAACAACAGAACCAAUCAAGGUAUCCCAAGCCCCCUUGCCUCCUGGCAAAGUUACGGUUGUAGAUGUUACUCGCGACAGUGUGAGUCUCGCAUGGGAAAAGCCUGAUCAUGAUGGUGGUAGCAAAAUCACAAGCUAUACAGUAGAAAUGAAAACCAUGGGCGAUGAGAAAUGGACUGUAUGCACUGAGAUUAAAGCAUUGGAAGCAACUAUUGGUGGACUCACAACUGGUGAGGAAUAUUCAUUUAGGAUUACUGCUGUCAAUGACAAAGGCAAGAGUGAACCUAAGCCACUGGCAGACCCUGUCGUAGUAAAGGACAUUACAAUCGAACCUAUCAUCGAUCUGAUGUUCAACACAUACAGUGUCAAGGCAGGAGAUGAUCUGAAGAUUGAUGUUCCAUUCAGAGGCAGACCUGAACCUGAGGUGGCAUGGAAAAAAGAUGGAGCUGUAUUGAAGCAGACAACUAGGGUGAAUGUUCUUACAGCAAAAAAUUCAUCGAAAAUUACUAUCAAAGACGCAACCAGGGAGGACUUUGGGAAGUAUGAGAUCAAUUUAACCAACACAGUUGGCAAGAAAUCAGCGACAAUAGCUGUUAUCAUCUUGGAUAAACCUGGCCCACCAGGUGCAAUCAAGGUAGAUGAAGUGAGUGCUGACAAUAUUUCACUGUCUUGGGAUGCCCCACUCUACGAUGGAGGAUGUCAAAUCAACAACUAUGUUGUGGAGAAGAGAGAUACUACCACUACAACAUGGCAGAUAGUUUCAGCCACAGUGGCCAGAACAUCAAUUAAAGUUCCCCGCUUGACACAAGGCACUGAAUAUCAGUUCCGUAUUGCAGCUGAAAAUCGUUACGGCAAGAGCCAUGCUGUGGACUCCGCUCCAAUUGUUGCACAGUACCCCUUCGAGACACCUGGCCUUCCCACAUCCCUCCACGUUGCCCAUGCUACAAAGUCUGGCAUUUUGGUCGCAUGGGGUAAACCAGCCAGUGACGGCGGAAGUCCAAUCAUUGGUUAUCACCUAGAAAUGAAAGACCAUAGCAGUAUUCUCUGGACAAAGAUCAACAGAGGUAUCAUUGCUGAAACAGAAUACAAAGUGAUUGGGAUUGAGGAAGGCUUACUGUAUGAGUUCCGUGUUUAUGCUCAGAAUAUUGCUGGAAUUGGACCUUGCACCAAAGCCUCUGAUCCUGUAGCUGCAAGAGAUCCUUGUGAUCCACCUGUUAACCUUGAGGUCAUUGACAUCACAAGAACUUCAGUUUCCAUUACUUGGCAGGCGCCAGAGAAUGAUGGUGGAGCCAAGGUGACUGGCUACAUUGUUGAACGCAGGGAGCUUCCAGAUGGCCGUUGGCUGAAGUGCAAUUUCGCCAGUCUCCAGGACACAUACUUUGACAUUACAUGCCUUACAGAGGACGUACAAUAUGACUUCCAUGUUAUUGCAAAGAAUGCAGCUGGCUUACUCAGUGAGCCAUCACUGAGCACAGGUGCCAUCACAGUCAAGGAUGAGGUGGAUUCACCUCGCAUUGAGUUGGAAGACAGGUUUAGGCAAUUAGUAGUUGUCAAAGCUGGAGAUAUUUUGAGAAUCGAUGCAGAUAUUUCUGGGCGUCCACGCCCAGUCAUUGCAUGGACAAAGGAUGGUAAAGAAAUUGAUGCCAAGGCAAGAGUGGAGAUUACUUCAACACACAGCACCACCACAUUAAUAGUCAGAGACACUAUCAGAAGAGACACUGGCCAGUACAUUGUAACUCUACAGAACGUUGCUGGCACAAGGUCCUUGGCUGUAAACUGUAAGGUCCUUGACCGCCCUGGACCAUCCUCUGGACCAUUGGCGGUCACUGGUCUGACAGCAGAGAAGUGUACUUUGACCUGGGGACCACCUCAAGAAAAUGGUGGUGCAGAAAUCAUGCACUACAUUGUUGAGAAACGUGAAACCAGCCGCCUCGCCUGGACUUUAGUAUAUGGCGAUAUGAAAGCUACAACAUGCAAAGUCACCAAACUGCUUAAAGGAAAUGAAUACAUCUUCAGAGUAAGGGGAGUGAACAAAUAUGGAGACGGCGAAGCCCUGGAGAGUGAGCCCACCAGAGCCAAGAAUGCAUACACUGUCCCUGCAGCACCAACAGAUGUUCAAAUCACGAGUAUCACAAGUGAUGCAAUGACAAUCUGCUGGGAAAGACCAGAAUCCGAUGGAGGAAGCAGCAUUUAUGGCUAUGUUAUUGAGAAACGAGAGAAAAUUGGAUUGCGCUGGGUACGAGUGAACAAAAAGCCUGUGUAUGACCUCAGGGUCAAGGCAUCCAAUCUUCGUGAGGGAGCUGAAUAUGAGUACAGAGUCUAUGCAGAAAAUGCUGCAGGCUUGAGCCUCCCAAGUAUUCCUACCGAACUAACAAAGGCGGAGGAUCCCCAAUUCCUGCCAUCUCCACCAUCUAAACCUAAAGUUAUUGACUCCUCCAAGACUACUGUUUCUCUUUCAUGGAACAAGCCGUUGUUUGAUGGUGGUGCUCCUGUGACAGGAUACUGUGUUGAAUAUAGGAGAACAGAUGAAUACGAUGAUGACUGGUGUGUCGGUGUUUCAAACACAAAGAACACUGAAUUCACCGUCGUUGGAUUAACUUCUGGAGCAGAAUAUAUAUUUGUUGUCAAAUCAAUCAACAAGAUUGGUCUCAGUGAGCCAAGCCCCCCUACGGAUCCACAGGUGGCAAAGGAGAGAGAAGAGGAACCAGUAUUUGAUAUCAGCAAUGAGAUGCGAAAGACACUCAUUGUAAAGGACGGUAGUUCAUUCACUCUAACUGUGCCAUUCAGGGGAAAGCCCGUUCCUAAUGUUAUGUGGACCAAGGCUGCUGUUGACCUGAGAGUGAGGGCCAGUAUUGAUACUACUGAUACCUUCACAUCUAUCACAGUGGAACAAGCAACAAGAGAUGACUCUGGAAAAUAUACUGUGACUCUCCAAAACAUAGCUGGAAAAGUUGCAUGUACAUUAAAUGUAAGGGUUCUGGACUCUCCUGGCCCACCAUCUCAUGUUGGGUUCAAGGAUGUUACAAAGAGCUCUGCAACAGUUACAUGGGAUACCCCAGAUAAUGAAGGUGGCGCUGCGGUAAAGAACUACCUUGUUGAUAUUCGUGAGGCAAGCAAAAAGGGAUGGACCAGACUCACAGAUACCUGCCAUCGUCUGACCUACAAAGUAACAGACCUGGUGGAGGGAGGAGUAUACUACUUUAGAGUCAUGGGUGAAAAUGAAUAUGGAGUUGGUGUAUCAGCUGAGACCAAAGAUGGAGCAAAGAUUACAGAAAAACCCAGCCCACCAGCAUCACUUGGAGUCACCGAUAUCACCAAGGAAAGUGUUUCACUUGCUUGGGGAAAGCCCGAGCAAGACGGAGGUAGCAGAAUCACCAGUUACCAAAUCGAUGCUCUUGAGAAGGGUCAGGAUAAAUGGGUGAAAGUUGGUGUCACCAAGUUCACCCACAUUGUGGUCUAUGGUCUGACGCAAAAUGCUGAAUACUUCUUCAGAGUUCGCGCUGAAAACCACGCUGGGUUCAGUGAUGCUAAAGACAUGAUUCUGCCUGUAACAGUUAAAGACCAGCAUGAACCUCCUGAGAUCAACAUGAAGAUGUUCCCCCACAAUACAGUCUAUGUCAGAGCAGGAUCAAACCUGAAAUGUGAGAUCCCACUUACUGGCAGACCUAUGCCAAAGGUUUCUCUUUCAAAGGACAAUGUUGCACUGAAGUCAACUAUGAGAUUCAACUCUGAAGUAACUCCUGAAUACCUCAUCAUUACUCUUCGUGAGAGCAUUGCUAUUGAUUCAGGAAGGUAUGACAUCUGUGCCUCCAACACAAGUGGAACCACCAAGUCUUUUGUUAACAUUGUGGUCCUGGAUAGACCAAGCGCCCCAGUUGGUCCUGUGGAAAUGACUGACGUGACAGAGGACAGUGUGAGUCUGAAGUGGUGUCCUCCUCGGUAUGAUGGUGGAAGCACCAUUUCAAAUUACAUCAUCCUCAAACGUGAAACAACCAACGCCAACUGGACUGAGGUCUCCUCGGCCGUCGCAAGAUGCACUAUGAAAAUCAUGAAGCUUACAACAGGACUGGAGUACCAGUUCAGAAUCAGGGCUGAGAAUCGCUACGGUGUCAGUGAGCACAUUGACUCUCCAAUCGUCAGAGUAGAUCUGCCCUACACCGUCCCUGUAGCUCCAUCAGCUCCUAUGGUUACAUCUGUAACCAGAGAGAGCAUCACUGUAGCCUGGAAGGAGCCAGCCUCCAAUGGAGGAAGCCAUGUCUUUGGAUACCACCUGGAAAUAAAGGAUAGAAACAGCAUCUGUUGGCAGAAGGUUAACAAGACUGUUAUCCGUGCCACACACUACAAAGUGCCAGACAUUGCUGCCGGCCUCAUCUAUGAGUUCAGGGUUACAGCAGAAAACGCAGCUGGAUGCAGUCCGCUCAGCAAAAUCUCAGACGCAGUACUUGCAAUUGACGCUUGCGAGCCUCCAACCAAUGUCAGGAUCACUGACAUCACAAAGACUUCCAUCAGCAUUGCAUGGCAGAAGCCCAAUUAUGAUGGCGGUAGCAAGAUCACAGGAUACCUGAUUGAGAAGAAAGAGGGCCAGAAGGACAGAUGGACAAAGGCUAACUUGACCAAUGUUUCUGACACACAUUAUACUGUGACAGGACUUACUCAGGAUGAGACCUAUGAAUUCAGAGUCAUGGCAAAGAAUGCAGUUGGAUCAAUUAGCAAUCCAUCCAUCAUUGCAGGCCCUGCAACUUGCGUGGAUACAUAUGGUGCCCCUGAGAUUGAAAUUCCUGAUGAAUAUCGCGAGGUUGUGAAACACAAAGCUGGAACCACUGUCGAGCUUAGAUUUGGAAUCAUUGCCAAACCAGCACCGACAAUUGAGUGGUACAAGGACAGAAAGGAACUUGAGUCCGGUGCCCAGGCUCAGCUGGUACAGAAGAACGCUGCUGAUAGUUCCACUCUUAUCAUCAGGGAUACCACACGUCUCAACUCUGGAACAUAUGAGAUGAGGCUUAAAAACUCUUUGGGCUCAGCAUAUGCCUAUGUCAGAGUACAAAUUCUUGAUAAACCAGGACCACCACCUGGCGAGAUUCAGCUCAAAAAGGUCACUGCUAACAGUAUCACCAUAAUGUGGGAUCCUCCUGAGGACGAGGGUGGCGCAAUGGUAACCCACUACAUUGUGGAGAAACGGGAGGCCAGUAGAAUUCAAUGGUCCAUUAUCUCUGAGAAUUGGGCGGAAUGUAUUGUGAAUGUCCCAAGACUGAUCAAAGGCAAUGAGUACAUCUUCAGAGUCCGAGGAGUGAACAAAUAUGGAGUUGGAGACCCACUGGAAUCUGAACCCGUAGAAGCAAAGAAUGCAUUUGUUCCUCCAAGUCAACCUUCCAAGCCUCAAGUCACCAUGAUCACACACUCCUCAAUGACGGUGGUAUGGGAAAGACCUGGAAUUGAUGGUGGAAGUGACAUUGAUGGAUAUUACCUGGAAAAACGAGAGAAGACAAGCUUGCGUUGGUUCAAGGUUAUCAAAAACACCAUUCGUGAUACAAGACAGAAAGUCAGCAACCUGCUCACUGGAAAGGACUAUCAAUAUCGUGUAUGUGCUGUCAAUAAGGCUGGAGCUGGUCCAUACUCCGAAGAGUCUGACCUCUUCAAAGCUGCUGAUGCAGUUGACCCACCAGGUGAACCAACCAAACUCAGAGUGGUCGACUCCACCAAAACAUCCAUCACCCUGGGCUGGGUGGCGCCAGUGUAUGAUGGUGGCAGCGAGAUCACCAGCUAUAUCGUUGAGCAGAUGAACUCUGAAGAAAGGGAAUGGACUGUCAUCAGCCACAACGGAGAAGUGAGGACAACAGAGUAUGUUGUGAAUCACCUGAAACCAGGAACCUAUUACUUCUUCCGUGUAUCUGCUGUCAACUGUCUGGGACCCAGUCAACCAAUCGAGAUGUACCAGCCUGUUCAAUCCAAGGAUAUUCUUGAGGAGGCUGAUCUUGAUUUGGAUGUUCCCAUGACGACUCAAUACACCGCCAAGGCAGGAAGGGAUAUUGAGGUGUUUAUUCCACUGAAGGGCAGACCUGCACCAAACUGUACAUGGAGAAGACAUGACAAGAACAUGGCCAGCGAUGCAAGAUACACUAUCACCAGCACAGAACGUACAACAGUUCUUGUCAUUCCAAAGGUCACCCGUGACGACUGUGGCAAAUACUACCUGGAGAUUGAGAACGGUGUUGGCGAGUCCAAGUUCAUCACUGUGUCUGUUAAGGUUCUUGACACCCCAUCCACUUGCCAAAAACUGAUCAUCAAGAAUGUCACCAGAGGCAAGUUGACCCUGAGCUGGGAAGCUCCUCUGAUCGAUGGUGGUUCCCCAAUCACCAACUACAUUGUGGAGAAGAAAGACGCUAACAACAGAGCGUAUACAGUCGUGUCAUCAGAGUGCCCCAACACAUCAUACAAGAUCGACGGUCUGUCAGAUGAAAUCGCCUACUUCUUCAGAGUGUCUGCUGAGAAUGAGCAUGGUACUGGUGAUACAUGUGAGACUGCAGAGCCAGUCAGGGCCACUGAGACCCCCGGACCAGUCAAAGAGCUGGUCAUGACAGACGCUACUAAGACAUCAGUGACUCUUCACUGGACCAAGCCUGACCAUGAUGGAGGUAGCCACAUUUCGGACUAUGUCAUUGAGACGAAAACUAAAGAGGAAGAAUCCUGGACUGUUGCUACAACAUGCAAGCGUUGCACAUGUGAAGUUAAAAACCAGAAGGAAAAUUCUGUUGUGAACUUUAGGGUGUUUUCUAAGAAUGAGAAGGGCAUCAGUGACUUCUCUGAGAUUGGGCCCAUAACAGUAAAGGAGUUCAUUAUUCCACCUGAGGCCAACAUGAUAGAUUAUCCGAAUGGCGAACUCUUUGUUCGUGUCGGUCAAAACAUCCAUAUUGAAAUGCCAUUUAAGGGUAAACCAAAGCCAUCUGUUGGAUGGAUGAAGGAAAACAUUCCUUUGAAAGAAAGUGAACAGAUUCGCUUCCGUGAAACAGACAACAAAGUGUCUAUAACAGUCAGAAGCGCAAAGAAAGAGAAUGCAGGCCUAUACACAUUGGUUCUGAACAACAAGCUUAUCAAGAACUUCUUUGACAUCAAUGUGAUCACUCUCGGACCCCCCUCUGUGCCAGUUGGACCGGUCCGAUUUGAUGAGGUCAAAGCACAGGGCAUCAUUAUAUCUUGGGAUGAACCACAGGACAAUGGAGGUGGAGACAUCACUUGCUACAGUGUGGAGAAACGAGAGACGGCCCAGGCUAACUGGAAGAUGGUUUGCUCCAGUGUGGUGAGGACAACGUUCAAGAUACCCAACCUGGUCAAGGGCACAGAGUACCAGUUUAGAAUACGUGCAGAGAACAAAUACGGAGUGAGCGAUCCUUUGAAUUCACCAGACGUGAUCGCCCAACACCAGUACAUGCCACCAGGUGCACCAGGAAAACCAGUCACAUACAACGUUACCAGUGACGGCAUGACUAUCCAAUGGGAAGCACCCAGCUUUGAUGGUGGCUCACCAAUCACCGGCUACCAUGUUGAGAAGAAGGACAGAAACAGCCUGCUGUGGACUAAAGUAAAUUCCAGCAUCAUCUCUGCCCGUGACUACAGAAUCAUUCAGUUGAUUGAAGGACUGGAGUAUUCCUUCAGAGUCUAUGCAGAGAAUAAUGCUGGCCUGAGUCCCGUCAGUGAACAGAGCAAACAUGCCCUCGCAAUCUCCCCAGUUGAUCCACCUGGUACUCCUAACGUCAUUGAUGUCACAAGAGAUACUGUCACUCUCAAAUGGGAUAUACCCAAGAAAGAUGGAGGAUUUAAGAUUGUGGCAUACAGUGUAGAGAGACGUCAAGGUAGAGGCAAAUGGUUGAGAUGCAACUUCACCGACAUAAGUGAUUUGCAAUUCACCAUCACUGGACUUUCGGCUGGUGAUCGCUAUGAAUUCAGAGUUAUUGCCAGAAAUGCUGUCGGUACAGUCAGUCCACCCUCACAGUCAUCGGGCUAUGUCAUGACAAAAGAUGAAAGUGUUUCUCCCGACAUUGAGUUCAGAGCCGACACUGCUCUUGUGUACAAGGCUGGUGAAAACAUCAAACUAAACUGUAGUAUCACGGGUCGACCAGUGCCUCAGGUCAUAUGGUACAAGGACGGUAAAGAGAUUGACAAGAUGAUGUUGAUUGAUAUUACCACUAACAUCGGCUCCAGCCACCUGUUCAUCAGAGAUGCUGAUCGCGACCAUCGCGGAGUGUACAUGGUGGAAGCCAAGAACAGCUCUGGAACUAAGACAGAGAGUGUCAACAUCAGAGUCUCAGAUACCCCUGGACCACCUGAGGGACCAGUGCGUUUCACUGGUAUCACUGCAGAAAAGGCAACUGUCUGGUGGAACCCCCCAGAGAACGAUGGAUGUGCUGCAAUCCUCUGUUAUACAGUGGAAAAGAGAGAAACAUCUAGGAUCUCCUGGGCAAUGAUGACAAGCAAGUGUGAAGCUUGUUCAUUCAACGCCACCAAGCUGAUCAAGGGCAACGAGUACCAGUUCCGUAUCUCUGCUGUCAAUAAGUUCGGAGUUGGACGUCCUCUCGACUCUGAUCCAUUCAUUGCACAGAUGCAAUUCACCGUUCCAGAAGCCCCAGGAACACCAGACGCCACAAAUGUGACUGGAGACACAAUCACAAUAGGCUGGACAAGACCCAGAUCAGAUGGUGGAAAUGAGAUCAAACACUACAUCCUGGAGAGACGUGAGAAGAAGAGCUUGCAAUGGGUGAAGGUUUCAUCCAAGAGACCAAUCACUGAGCUCAGACACAGAGUGACACACCUGAACGAAGGUAAUGAAUAUGAAUUCCGUGUCAUGGCUGAAAACGGUGCCGGAAUCGGACCAGCAAGCAGCACAUCAAGACUCUUUAAGUGCAGAGAGCCUACAAGCGCACCAAGUGCUCCUUCUCUGGUGAAGGUCACCGACUCCACAAAGUCGUCUGUCACCCUGGAAUGGAUCAAGCCUGUGUUUGACGGUGGUAUGGAGAUCAUUGGCUACGUCAUUGAGAUGUGCAAGGCAAGCCUUAAUGAAUGGCACCAAGUCAACAGAGCAACUUGCAUCAACACAAGAUACACCGCUAAAGGUUUAACGGCUGGAGAGGAAUAUAGGUUCCGUGUGCGUGCAGUGAAUGGGUCUGGAAAAGGAGAAGCAUGUGCAGUUCCUAAUCCAGUGCAAGCUGUUGAUAGACUGACGUCACCAGAAAUCACCCUUGAUGCAGACUUCAAACAGACACACGUUGUGAAGAACGGGGCAACCGUCACUCUUCAUAUUGCCUUCUGUGGUAAACCAACUCCGCUGGCUACAUGGACCAAGGCAGGUGGUGAACUUGGUGUUAUGGCAGAUGUCAACACAACUGACACAUACAGUACCUUGACCAUUGAGAGCUGUACCAGAUUUGACUCUGGAAAAUACACCUUGUUGCUUGAGAACAACGGAGGCCGAAAAUCUAUCACAUUGACCGUGAAGGUGCUUGAUACACCUGGACCUCCAGGAGCUAUCAGCUUUAAGGAUGUGACCAGGGGAGCUCUGACAAUGCUGUGGGAUGCUCCAGCCAACGACGGUGGAGCCCGUAUUCAGCACUACAUCGUAGAAAAGCGUGAGGCUAGUCGUCUCAGCUGGAAGUCAGUCAGCGAAAAAUCCUCACGCCAAAUGAUCAGAAUGACCAACCUAGAAAUAGGUAUACCUUACCUGUUCAGAGUCAUCGCUGAAAAUACAUAUGGCAGGGGAGAACCCUGUGAGAUGAUUGAACCGAUCACUGCAACUGAGGUCCCUGCUCCACCCAAGAGUCUUGACGUUAUUGACACUACUAAUUCUACUGCUAUCUUGGCCUGGCUGAAACCUGAACAUGACGGUGGCAGCCGCAUCACAGGUUACAUUGCUGAGGCCAAAGCAAAGGGCUCUGAUCGCUGGAUUGUUGGCGGUCAAACCAAACACCUAAAGUUAGUCAUUGACGGCUUGAUUGAGAACACAGAAUAUGACUUCCGCGUCAAGGCUAUCAAUGAGGCUGGUAUCAGUGUCCCAAGAGAUGCCUUAGCAUCCGUUGUCAUCAAGGAGCCCAAGAUUGAGCCCACAGCAGAUCUCAGUGGCAUAAAUAACCAGCUCAUCACAUGCAAGACUCACAAUGCAUUCACCAUUGAUAUCCCCAUCAGUGGCAGACCAGCUCCAAAGGCCACCUGGAAACUGGAGGAGAUGAAGCUAAAAGAGACUGACAGAGUGAUCAUCAAGACUACUACAGAAAGAACCACCCUGGUGGUAAAAGACAGCAAGAGAGGAGACAGUGGAAAAUACUACCUCACUUUGGACAAUGCCGCCGGACUGAAGACAUUUGCUGUUACUGUCAACGUUGUUGGAAGACCCACUCCACCAGUAGGACCCAUUGAAAUCUCUGAAGUGUCAUCAGAGGGCUGCUCAUUGGCUUGGACAGCACCAGAGGAUGACGGUGGAACAGAUAUCGACAACUACAUUGUUGAGAAACGUGAAUCUGGUUCUACAUCCUGGCAAGUGGUGAACUCAAGUUGUAAACGCACCACGAUCAAAGUAAGCCAUCUGACCAAAUACAUGGAGUACACCUUCCGUGUCUCUGCUGAGAGCAAGUAUGGCGUGAGCAAGUCCAUUGAGUCUUCAGCUGUUGUCAUUGAGCAUCCAUUUGUUCCACCAAGUCCACCAACCCGCCCAGAUGUGGUGACAGUAUCUGCUACGGCUAUUGGCAUCAAGUGGGAUCUGCCAUAUGCUGAUGGCGGCAGCAAGGUGACUGGAUACUGGAUAGAGAAGAAGGAGAGAAACACCAUUCUUUGGGUCAGGGAGAACAAACUUCCAUGCCUGGAUACCCAAUACAAAGUCUCUAGUCUCAUUGAAGGCCUGGAGUACCAGUUCAGAGUUUAUGCUAUGAAUAUUUCUGGUCUCAGCAAAGCCAGUGAGGCCUCAAGACCAGUAGUGGCUUUGAACCCAGUCGAUCCUCCUGUUAAACCUGAGGUGACUGAUGUCACAAGGUCCUCAGUAACUAUUGCAUGGGGUAUACCAUUCAAUGAUGGUGGCAGCAAGAUUGUCGGAUACAUCGUGGAGCGCAAGCCGUGGAGUGAUGAUGAGUGGGAUAACGCCCGCUGGUUGAAAUGUAACUACACCACCAUCACAGAGACUCACUUCACAGUUGGAGGACUGGGUGAAGCAGAAAUCUUUGAGUUCCGUGUCAUUGCCAAAAAUGGAGCUGGAGUUCACAGUGCACCAUCUGAAACAACAGGACCGAUCACCUGCAAGGACGAAUACACUCCUCCCAAGGCUGAACUUGACAGCUCUCUUGUUGGAGAGCAUGUCACUAUCCGGGCUGGAUCAGACCUGGUCCUUGAUGGUGUAAUUGGUGGUAAACCCGAACCCAUAGUAUGGUGGGCCAAAGGUGACAAGGUGCUGGAGCUGGGAGAGAAAUACUCCCUGACAUACACCAGUUCAAGAGCCAUGGCCAUCAUCAAGUCCUGCAACAGAAACGACACAGGAAGAUACGUUCUGACCGUGAAGAACGCCAGUGGAACCAAGACAGCGUCUGUCAACGUUAAAGUACUCGAUACACCAGGGCCUCCUGAGGAAAAGGUCACAAUCACCAGGGUGACAGAGGAGAAGUGCACUGUGUCUUGGAAGAUCCCUCUGGAGGAUGGUGGAGAUCUUGUCACUCAUUACAUUGUUGAUAGACGUGAGACCAGCAGACUCAACUGGGUGAUCAUGGAGACCGAGUGCAAGACUCUGUCCUGUGUCAGCUCCAAACUGAUCAAGAACAACGAGUACGUCUUCCGUGUCAGAGGAGUAAACAAGUUCGGACCUGGUGUGCCUUUGGAGUCCGAGCCUGUCAUCGCCAGAAACGCAUACACUGUCCCAUCACAACCUGGAGCACCAGAAGUCACGGCUGUAGGAAAGGAGCACGUCAUCAUUGAAUGGAUGAAACCUGAAAGUGAUGGCGGAAGUGAGAUCAAGAAUUACCUGGUGGACAAACGUGAGAAGAGCAGUUCCAGAUGGACCAGGGUCAAUAAGACAUUUACCAUCUACGACAUCCGCCUGAAGAUCUCUGGUUUGCUGGAAGGCAGUGAUUACCAGUUCCGUGUUACAGCUGUGAAUACAGCUGGAAACAGCCAGCCCAGUGAAGCCUCUCACUAUGCCUACUGUAGAGAGCCAACAUACACUCCAGCCCCUCCUUCAAUUCCACGAGUGGUAGAUUCCACCAAGCAUAGCAUUAGCUUGCAAUGGACCAGACCCAUGUAUGAUGGUGGCGCUGAUGUUGUUGGCUACGUGGUGGAGGUGCUUGAGGAAGGAACCGAGCAGUGGUACAGGGCCACUCAGAAGACUUUAAAGACCAAUUCGUUUGUUGCCACUGGACUUCAAAGCAACAAGAAGUACAGUUUCCGUGUCGCAGGAGUCAAUAGCAAUGGCACUGGGGAAUUCAGCGAACCUAGUGUGGAAAUUGAGCCUGUUGAGAAACUCUCAAUCCCUGAUCUUGAGCUCCCUGAUGAUCUGAAGAAGAUUGUGUGUCUGAGAGCUGGUAACACUCUUAGGCUGUUCGUCAAUGUGGCUGGAAGACCGGCUCCUGUACUGACCUGGAGGAAACCUGGCAUUGACCUGCAGAGCCGUGGGUUCAUUGAUACAACUGAUAGUUAUACUCAACUAAUCGUUGAGAAGGUCCAUCGUUACGAUGCCGGCAAAUACACCAUUGAGGCUGAAAAUCCAUCUGGCAAGAAGUCAGCAACUAUUCUCGUCAAGGUUUAUGACACUCCUGGACCACCUGGUUCAGUUAGAGUCAAAGACUACACAAAGGAGUCUGUCGUCAUUACAUGGGACGUACCAUCUAUUGACGGUGGAGCCCCUGUGAACAACUACAUCAUUGAGAAACGUGAAGCUUCAAUGAAAUCCUACAAAACAGUUACAACAGAAUGCAGGAAGACCUUGUUCAGAAUUACUGGCCUGGAGGAAUCAGUACACUACUUCUUCAGAGUGUUACCAGAGAACAUAUAUGGUGUUGGAGAACCAUGUGAAACCCCUGAAUCAGUGUUGAUCUGUGAAGUACCUAGCCUUCCUCAGGAUCUGCACAUUGUGGAUAUUGGAAAGUCCUCUGCCAUACUUAACUGGGAGAAACCUCUUCAUGAUGGUGGAAGCAGACUGACGGGCUACGUCAUUGAAGCUAACAUCGUUGGAUCAGACAGAUGGAGUGCAGUGGCCACCGUUAAACAGUCCAUGUCCCAGCACACCGUCACUGGUCUGACAGAGAAGGAGACUUAUCUCUUCAGAAUCAGAGCUACCAACACCAGAGGAGUUAGCGAGCCUAGGGAGAUUACAGGACCUGUGGUCAUUCAGGAACAACUACUGGCACCCUAUAUUGAUCUGGCCGGCAUUCCACAGAAGGUUGUCCAUGUGCCAGCCGGCAAACCAAUCGACCUCAAUAUUCCUAUAAAGGCCAGACCUGCUCCAGUUUGCACCUGGUCCUUCAAUGGUGCUAAAAUGAAGGAUAGUCUUGACCGGGUUAAGAUUGUGUCUAAUGGAAAAUACACCAAACUGACUGUCCGUGAGACAACCAUUGAUGACACUGGUAGCUACACUCUUCAAGUAAAGAAUUCUGUAGGAACUGCGACAGAGAUACUUAAAAUUAUCAUUCUUGAUAAACCUGGAAUACCUAUUGGACCGAUCACAGUUGAUGCCGUUGAUGCCACAUCUGUAACAGUCAGCUGGGAGCCACCAGAGAAGGAUGGCGGCUCCAACAUUAGUGGCUAUGUUGUUGAGCAGCGUGACGCUCACCGCCCCGGAUGGCUGCCAGUGUCCGAAUCUGUCACAAGACCCACAUUCAAGUUCACCAGAUUGUCUGAGGGAACUGAAUACGUGUUCCGUGUGGCUGCAACAAACCGCUUUGGCAUUGGGGGAUUCUUGCAGUCUGAAGUUGUUGAAUGCAAGAGUCUCAAGACCGUACCCAGUGCACCAAACCGACCUGAUGUACUGGAUGUGACUCAUGAGGGAAUGACCAUCACAUGGCAGCCACCAGAAGAAGAUGGAGGCUCCCAAGUGUCUGGAUAUAUAAUUGAGCGCAAGGAGGUCAGAUCUGAAAGGUGGAUGAGCAUCGUUAAGAACCCAGUCACCAUGACCAGAUACAGAUCAUCAGGUCUGUGCGAAGGCAAUGAGUAUGAGUUCCGCGUGAUCGCCCUCAACUCCAGAGGCUCGAGCAAACCCAGUAUGGCAUCUAAACCAGCUAUUGCCAUGGAUCCCAUCGAGCCUCCUAGUUUACCACAGUUCCCCAUGGUCACAGACACAACCAGGACAUCUGUGUCUCUGGCCUGGAGUCCUCCAGAGGAAGAGGGUGGUUCUGUCAUCACUGGUUACCUGAUUGAGAUGCAGAAGGUGGAUCAGGUGGAAUGGACCAUGUGCAACACAACACCCAUAAAGAUCUGUGAAUACACUCUGACGCACAUGCCUCAGGGAGCUGAGUACAAGUUCCGUGUGAUGGCCUGCAACGCUGGUGGACCCGGAGAGCCAGUUGAGAUCCCAGGAAUCGUCAAGGUUACAGAAAUGCUUGACUAUCCCGAUUAUGAACUGGACCUCAAAUAUGAGGAAGGCUAUGUGGUCAGACAGGGAGGAGUCAUCAGGCUGUCUGUGCCCAUCAAGGGUAAACCAGUCCCUAUUUGCAAGUGGACAAAGGAAGGCCGAGAUAUCUCUCACAGAGCUAUGAUUGCCACCAAUGAUGAUAUCACUGAACUUGUGAUCAAAGAAGCCCACAGAGAUGACACUGGCACAUAUGACCUGGUCCUGGAGAACAAAUGUGGCAGGAAGGCUGUCUACAUCAAUGUUAAAGUGAUUGGACGUCCAGACGCACCGGAAGGUCCCCUUGAGUUUGAUGAUAUCCAGGCUCGCUCUGUAAGAGUCAGCUGGAGACCUCCCUCUGAAGACGGUGGCUCUGAUAUCUUGGGUUACAUCGUUGAAAGGCGAGAGGUAUCAAAGGUAGCAUGGUACACUGUGGACUCAAGAGUUGUGGACACAGCUCUGGUGGUCAAGGGGCUGAAGGAGAAUGUUGAAUACCAUUUCAAGAUCACUGCUGAAAACCAGUUUGGUGUGAGCAGAUCUCUCAAAUCAGAUGAAUGUGUCACUCCAAAGACACCGCUGUCUCCACCAGAACCUCCAAUCAACCCACCAGAAGUUAUGGAUGUCACAAAGAGCACUGUUGCUCUAUCUUGGGGCAGACCAAAAGAUGAUGGUGGCGCCCGCAUUACAGGAUACUACGUUGAGAGGAGAGAGGUGUCCACAGAGAAGUGGGUGCGUCACAACAAGACACACAUCACCACUACAAUGUACACUCUCACUGGACUCAUCCCUGACGCUGAAUAUCUGUUCCGUGUCGUGGCACAAAACGACAUCGGUCAGAGUGAACCUGGACCAGUAUCUGAAAAUGUUAUAUGCAAAGAUCCAUUCGACAAACCCAGUCAACCAGGUGAGAUUGAUAUAAUCUCCGUUGCCAAAGACUGCAUCACUAUUCACUGGCUGCGCCCAGAAUGCGAUGGUGGCAAAGAGAUCCUGGGUUACUGGAUUGAGUUCAGACAGGCAGGUGAAAGUGCCUGGAAGAAAUGCAACAAGGAGCGUUCCAAGGACAGACAGUUCACCAUGGGUGGUCUGAUGGAGGCUACAGAGUACGAGUUCAGAAUCCUUGCAGAAAAUGAAACAGGAAUGAGUAGACCUCGCAGGACCGCCAUGGGCAUCAAGACUAAACUGAGCUUGGGAGAGGCUCCUAGUCUCAAGGAAGACAUGGCAGAUGUCAUCACAAAACUUGGUGAAUCAGGAACUCUGACAUGCCAGAUUAUUGGACGUCCCCUUCCUGACAUCAGAUGGUACAGAUAUGGCAAGGAGCUGAUCCAGAGCCGCAAGUACAAGAUGAGUUCUGAUGGUCGCAACCAUUCACUGACAGUGGCCACAGAUGAACAGGAAGAUGAGGGCAUAUACACUUGCAGAGCCGCCAAUGAAGCCGGUGAAACAGAGUCCAGCGGCAAGCUGCGCUUGCAGGCCGCACCUGCUUUCCACCCUGGAUUCCCAUUGAAGGAGAAAUACACUGCAGGGUGUGGAACAAGUCUUCGUCUCCAUGUUGUCUACAUUGGCCGUCCAAUUCCACAAAUCAUGUGGUUCUAUGCAAAGAAGCCGCUCAACGCGUCUGAAAACGUGAUAAUUGAAAACACUGAGAGUUACACUCAUCUGGUUAUAAGGAAUGUACAGCGCAAAACAAAUGCUGGAAGAUACAAGGUGCAAUUGACCAACAAAUUUGGAACUGUUGAAACCACACUCAAGGUUGAAAUUCAAGAUAAACCUACAAGACCUGAGGGACCUAUUGUUGUUGAUGCUGUGUUGAAGAGCGCAGUGAUCAUCAGCUGGAAACCACCAAAGGAUGAUGGUGGAUCAAUGAUCACCAACUACAUUGUGGAAAAACGAGAAGCAAAGGAAGGCGAGGAGUGGCAUCUGGUGUCAUCGUCAGUCUCAGGAAACACUUGCAGGAUUCAAAAUCUGAUUGAAAGUGCUGGAUACUACUUCCGUGUUUCUGCUCAGAACCAAUAUGGAGUCAGUGAGGCACUUGAAGUUCCUGGUGUUCUCAUUAUCAAAAGUCCAUUCGAAAAACCUGGAAUUCCCGUGCAGCCUGUUGUCACAGAAGUGACCAACGAUUCUUGUCUUGUAUUCUGGAAACCACCAAAAGACGAUGGAGGUGCAAAGAUAAAGAACUAUUUCCUUGAAAAACGAGAGAAGAAACAGAACAAAUGGAUCACUUGUACAUCCAAUAAUAUCCAUGAGACACAUUUCGCUGUAAAAGGCCUUCUUGAGGGCUUUGAGUAUGAGUUCCGUGUGAAAUGUGAAAACAUGGGUGGUGAAAGUGAUUGGAGUGAGGUGUCAGAGGCCAUCAUUCCCAAAUCAGGUCUCACAAUGAAACCUCCUGUCUUCAGAGAAGAAAUGAGACCAGAAAUGAUUGUGAAGUUUAGAUCCAAUGCUACAUUUGUCACCAAAAUUGUUGGACAUCCCAUCCCUGCUGUGAAAUGGUAUAGGAAUGGCAAAGAAAUUGUUGCAGAUGGUACCAAACUCAAAUUGCAAGAAUUCAAGGGAGGUUAUUACCAACUUGUUAUUGCUAAUGCCGAGGACAGCGACGCAGGUGUCUAUCAAGUCAGGGCAACAAACCAAGGAGGAUCCAUCUCUACAACAGUGAAUCUGACUGUUGAAGUUCCUGCCAAGAUCCACCUACCUCAAGAACUGCAAGGCAUGGGAGCAGUUCAUGCUGUAAAGGGUGAAGUGGUUACCAUUAAGAUUCCAAUCAGUGGCAAGCCCGACCCUCAAAUACAAUGGCAGAAGGGACCAGAGAUCAUGGGAUCAUCUGCUCACACUCAAGUGAUUGUCACAAGAUCAUUUACUUCACUCGUCUUCCCCAAAGGAGUUCAGAAGAAGGAUACAGGUUACUAUGUAAUCACUGCCAAGAACAGAUUCGGAGUUGACAAACAGACCAUUGAAGUUGCCGUGGCAGAUGUACCAGAUCCUCCUAAGGGCAUUAAAGUCAGUGAAAUCACUAGAGAUUCCAUCACUCUAACCUGGAGUCCUCCAGAAAAAGAUGGCGGAAGCCCUAUCAUUAACUACAUUAUUCAGAAGUGCCCCACAUCAGGUGACAGGUGGAUCCGCGCAGGCCAAACCAACGAGCCUAAAUACACCAUGAUCGCUCUGUUUGGCAAGACGAAAUACCAGUUCCGUGUCAUUGCGGAGAACCAGUUUGGUCUGAGCGAUCAUUCUGAACCAACUGAGCCUGUUACAACAAUAGAAGAUAAAUCCGUUAUCAGAAACUACGAUGAAGAAGUUGAUGAAGCUAGAGAAAUCACCAAAGAAGAGGCACCACAUUCAUCAAAGAUCAAGAUGGUGGCUGCACAGUACACAAUUUCUGAAGAGCUGGCACGUGCCGGAACAUUUGGCGUUGUUCAUCGCUGUGUUGAAAACAAGUCCAAGAAGACAUUCAUGGCCAAGUUUAUCAAGAUCAAAGGUACUGAUCAGGAGCUAGUUACUAGGGAAAUUGAGACACUCAAUCUCUCUAAACACAAGAACUUCAUAUACUUACAUGAGUCUUUUGACAGUUUGGAAGAAAUGGUCUUGAUCUAUGAGUUCAUCUCAGGUGUAGACAUCUUUGAACGACUUGGCACAGGCAACUUUGAGCUCUCAGAACUGGAGAUUGUUAGAUACCUGAGACAGGUGUGUUCAGCUCUGAAGUUCUUGCACAAACUCAACUAUGCUCAUUUUGAAAUCAAACCUGACAACAUUGUCUACACCACAAGAAAGAGCACAAAUAUCAAAAUUAUUGAAAUGGGCCAGGCUAGAUUACUGACUCCUGGAGAAAAUAUCAGAAUCAAUUUCACUGCACCAGAGUAUUGUGCACCUGAAGUCCACCGUCAUGGACUUGUCAGCACUGCAACUGACAUGUGGUCAGUUGGUGUACUAACAUAUGUGCUCCUUAGUGGACUUAACCCCUUUGCAGCAGAAUCAACCACAAAAAUGAUUGAGAAUAUCUCAAAUGCAGAGUACAUCUUCGACAGUGAGGCUUUCAAAGAGACCAGCCUCGAAGGUAUGGACUUCUGUGACAGACUUCUUUGUAAAGAUCUGAAGAAACGUAUGACUGCUCAUGAAGCUCUGGAACAUCCUUGGCUUAGAUUGAAGCUCGAGCACCUCAGCAAAAAAACUAUCAAGACAUUGAGACACAGAAGAUACUACCAGACGUUGGUGAAGAAAGAGAGAGAGACAAUUGUCUCAUCAGCUCGCGUUGCUUUCGGUGGUGGCUUCAGAAGUUACAGAGGUUAUGCAGUUGGCAAAGUCAAGAUUGCGCACCGUACAGAAGGUCUGAGAGCCGGUCCAGUCAUGCAUGGAUCUUCAGAGGAGGGUGGACAUGUCAGAUUUGUUUGCAACAUUGAACAUUAUGAUGAAACCACAAAAGCAACUUGGUACUUUGGCACCCGCCAGUUAACAGCAAGUCACAAAUAUGAAAUCAGCUACAUCAAUGGAGUUGCUAGCAUCUACGUCAAGGAAAUUGAAACAUCUGACGAUGGUGUCUACAGAUGCAAAGUCAUCAGUCAGGACGGUGAAGAUAAUGCCUAUGGAGAACUCUUUGUUGAAACUGUGAGAUGCUACCGUGAACACUUCAUUGGACGCUCACUCACAAAGAAGAGAAAGCUUGAUAAGCAAAGACUUAUGCAGAGACCACCAGACUUCACUCUGCCUCUAUACAACCGCGCUGCUUACAUCGGUGAAGAUGUUCGUUUCGGUGUAACCAUAACAGUGCACCCAGAGCCAACAGUAACUUGGCUAAAGGCUGGUCAGAAAAUCAAACGAGAUGAUAAGAAGUACACUUUCAUUAGUGACAAGGGUCUUUAUCAAUUGAUGAUCCACAAUCUUGACCUUGAUGACGAUGCUGAAUAUACUGUUAUGGCCCACAACAAGUUUGGUGAAGACAGUUGCACAGCACGUCUUACAGUGACACCUCACCCUGUUAGUGAAGACACCAUGAGGCCAAUGUUCAAACGGCUGUUGGCUAACGUGGAGUGUGUAGAGGGCCAUAGUGUCCGCUUUGACUUGAGAGUCUCGGGAACACCUGCACCAAUCUUGAAGUGGGAGAAGGAUGGCAGGCCACUGGAAUUCAACCAACAAAUCACAGUUGUUCAAGAGGAUGUAGACUAUCACGUUCUGCAUGUCAGAGAAACUCUUGUUGAGGAUUCAGGUCUUUACAAAGUUACCGCAACAAACUGUGUUGGAUCAGUGAGUUGCCAGGCUACACUGAAGGUGGACCGCAUUACAUACAAGAGGAGAGAAUAUAAGAGUGAGGUGGAACAACAGAAAUAUGUUCAACAACAAAUUGACAAGACACUGAAAAUGGCGCAACGCCUUUCCACCACUGAAGUUACUGGACUCAACCCAGCGGCUCAAGAGGCGUUGAAACACGCUGCAGACAUAUACAAGCCGGCAGUGAGCACCAAACACUGUGAGGGCGAAUUUGAUAUCGCAGAAGAAAAACCAUUUGUACAUAUCGAGGAAAGGAAACUUCGCAUGCCAUAUGAAAUUCCUGAGUCACGUGUCCAUGAUGCAAGUGCUCUGGAUGAAGACCUGUUGAUUAAACACUUUGUACCUUUGUCUGACAUGAAGUGGUACAAGAAACUUAGAGAUCAGUAUGAAAUGCCUGAGCGGAUGGAGAAGAUUGUACAGAAGAGACAGAAACGAAUUCGUCUCUCCAGGUGGGAGCAAUUCUAUGUCAUGCCCCUUCCUAGAAUUACUGACCAGUACAGGCCAAGAUGGCGUAUCCCGAAGCUCACGCAAGAUGACUUGGAAACAGUAAGACCAGCAAGACGGUCACCUUCUCUUGGAUCCGAGGCAUCCUUCAGGUCAAGAAGAUGCUCCCUUUGUGAUAUGAGUGAUGAAGAGCUUCUGCAGCCCAUUGAUGAUUACCUGUCAAUGAAGAAAACUGAACAAGAAAGGCUCCAACUUGAGGAGGAGCUUGAACUUGGCUUCUCUGCCUCCCCACAAGGCAGCCCUGUCCGGUUUGAGUUGUCUGCUCUGCGUCAUAAAGAAAGUAAACAUUUAGCAAGAAGAGAAGUAUCACAAGUAACCGAGCACAAGAUCAAGAGAACAAAAGUUGCACAGUUCUUGAGGAGGAGAAGAUCACUGUCUCCUACAUACAUUGAGCUGAUGCGCCCUGUUUCUGAGCUUAUAAGAACUCCUCGCCCACGGCCUCUGGAGCCAGAGGAGAUCAUCGAAAGGAGAUCCCCCACCCCUGAGAGGACGCGUCCACGCUCCCCCAGCCCCCCAGCUUCAGCUGAGAGAUCCUCCCGCUCAUCCUCAAGAUUUGAGAGGUCAGCCAGAUUUGACAUCAUGUCCAGAUAUGAGUCAAGAAAGGCUGCACUGAAAUCUGAGCGCAAGUACCAGACGGUGACCCAAACACCCUUUAGCCUCGACCACGCCCCACGUGUGACUGUGAGAAUGCGUUCCCAUCGUGUCCCAUGUGGUCAGAAUACGAAGUUCACUCUGAAUGUCCAAGCGAAGCCUGUUGCUGAGAUCCAGUGGUUUCAUAACGGACAACUGAUUCAAGAAAGUGAGAAGUUACGCUUCACAAACAUGAGUGGAGUGCUGUCUAUACAGAUCCGUGAUUGUCAGGCAGAGGACAGUGGCACAUAUCGUGCUGUUUGUUCAAACUCAAAGGGAGAAGCGUCCGACUAUGGUAUCCUUGAUGUUUCUGGAGGUGAAUUCUCCACAUAUACAUCACGUCGUAAAGAUGAGGAUGCUCCACAACCAUUUGUUCCUGAUAUCACAAAGACAGACCAUUACCACAUAUCAUCCUUCAAGGCAGCUUCCUCCUCAGCAACACAUAUGGAAGUGAAAGAAAGUAAAUCAAAGUUAACUGAAUCACGUGAAACAUAUGACCGAUAUGAUUCAUCUGAACGAUUUAUUUCUGCAUCUGAAAAAUAUGCCGCAUCCGCGAAGUAUGCAUCAACUGAAUACUUAUCAUCUGCAGCAUCCUUAUCAUCAGCAUCAUCUGAUAAGUUUCGAUUGACUGAAAGAUACGUGUCGGGUGAAAGACAUGCAUCGUCUGAAAGAUCUGAAACAUAUUCUUCAACUGAAACAAAAAUGAGGGCUAUGGAGGCGUCAGAAAUUGAGCAAGUGACUGUUCAUAAAGUUAAGUCAACUCUGGCUGCCAGAAUACUGACUAAACCACAGUCUGCAACAGUCAAUGAAGGAGAGACUGCUCGAUUCACUUGCGACAUUGAUGGCGAACCAGCACCAAGUGUUACAUGGUUGCAUGAGGGACGAGUAAUUGUAUCCUCUCAUCGUCUUAUGGUAUCUACCACGCAGUACAAGUCUACGUUUGAAAUUUCCUCUGUACAAUCGUCUGAUGAAGGCAGCUACACACUGCUGGUUGAGAAUGCUGAGGGCAGACAAGAGACUCAGUUUAGUCUGACCAUUUUCCGAGCAAUUGUCGAAGAGGAGGUUUUUGUCUCAAUAAAGUCACCAGAGCCUGGAUUCAAGUCUCCUGAACGAGUAGCUUCACCUACCAGUGUUCCCCAAACCCCAACCCCAUUAAUCAAGUCUCCAGAACCAAUCACCUCACCUCCUAGGGUGAAGUCCCCUCCUCCUGUCAAGCCUCAUGAACCAAUCACCUCGCCUCCAAGGGUGAAAUCCCCUCCACCAGUCAAGUCUCCUGAACCAAUCACCUCGCCUCCAAAGGUGAAGUCCCCUCCUCCUGUCAAGUCUCAUGAACCAAUCACCUCGCCUCCAAGGGUGAAGUCCCCUCACCCAGUCAAGUCUCCUGAACCAAUCACCUCGCCUCCAAGAGUGAAGUCCCCUCCUCCUGUCAAGUCUCCUGAACCAAUCUCCUCCCCUCUAAGGGUGAAGUCGCCUCCUCCAGUCAAGUCUCCUGAGCCAAUCAUGUUGCCUAAGGGAGUGAAAUCACCUCCCAGAGUCAAGUCUCCUGAACCAGUUGUCUCGCCUCCAAGGGUGAAAUCCCCUCCCCCAGCCAAGUCUCCUGAACCAAUCGCUUCACCAAAGGUAGUGAAACCACCUCCCCAAGUCAAGUCUCCCGAACCAAAGGGUGUGAAGUCACCUCCUCAAGUAAGAUCUCCUGAACCAAAAGGAGUGAAGUCACCUCCUCAAGUCAAAUCUCCUGAACCAAAAGGAGUGAAGUCACCUCCCCAAGUCAAGUCUCCUGAACCAAAAGGAGUGAAGUCACCUCCCCAAGUCACCUCACCUAAGAGAGUAAAAUCUCCACUAACAGUGAAAUCCCCAACUCCUAAAGCUCCAAAGAUUAUCCACCAACUCACAGCCAAAGCCUCAGAAGACACAGUGAGAAUGUCCUGUGUAUCUGAAAGCAGCGUGAGAGAAGUUGUGUGGUACAGGAAUGGAAUGAAACUGACACAGAGCAGCCACUAUGAGUUCCAUAUGUCUGUGGAUGGACAUUGUUCUCUCAUUAUCCAUGACCUCUCUGAGAACGACCAGGGAGAAUACUCUUGUGAGCUCAUUGCAGAAGGAGGAGUCUCUACUAAAUCUUCAUUCUCAUUUGUUGGCCAAGUGUUCCAAUCCAUCUACACUAAAGUCACAGCUUAUGUGCAGCAGCACAUGGCCAUGAAAGUGAAAACUGAACAGGUAUCAAUGAGUCAAAAAGAGGCAUCUAUGGCUUUAGCCUCCCAUACAAGUUCAGAACAGGUUGUUAAGAAAGAAAUCCAUGGAGGAGCUCAGAUGAUGAUGAUGGGGGAGAGUGCUGCUCUUAGCAGCAUGAAGGAAAGCUUCUCUUCCCAAUCAGUCCACAUGGCUUCUUCAUCUUCUAUGCAUCAGGAGACAUCUUUCAGCAGUUCCAGUAUGGCCAGUAUGUCUAGCAUGGCUGCCAUGGCUGCUGAAAUGCAGAUGGAAACCAUGUCUCUAUCUAGCAUGUCUUCCAUGACAUCUUCCCAUGCCAUGAGCUCCAGCAGUAUGACUGAAAUGAUGAGUCACUCCCACCUAGAGGGGUCCUCCAUGAGAUCUAUUGCACAGGGUAUGCUAGGUGCGACAGGGGCACCAAGAAUCGAAGCUCUCCCAGAGGACAUCACCAUUGAACUUGGAAAGGUUCUCACCGUGGCCUGUGCUUUCUCCGGAGAGCCCACCCCUAACAUCGAAUGGUCCCGCGGUGGAAGAACCCUGCCCGGUGAGGAGCAUGGUGGUAGGUUCCACAUCGAGACCUCAGAGGACCUCACUACACUCAUCAUCACCAGUGUGAAAAAAGAGGAUGCUGGAGCAUACACACUCAAACUGUACAACGACUUUGGAUCUGACACUGCAACAGUAACUAUAAGCAUUCGAUCAUAAAAAACAGUUAAUAUAAUUUAUAUCCUCCCCCUUCCCUACUUUAAUGCCUUUUUAUGUAUUAAUUGAACAAAAAAUAAUCUUACUUGAUAAAGACCUUGAUUUCUGUUAUUGUAAAUAUGAACUAUUUUUAUACCAAACUUGACAUUAAUUUAUGCCAAACUAGACUAAAGUCUAAAGUUGUUAUAAAAUGUGCCAUAUUGGAUAAUUAUGACUUAGGAUUUUUCAUCCAUUUUUUCUGUGACAUGUACAUAAUGUAUAUAGCCGAAUUUAACGGUUAUGGAAAAUGUAUGAAUUGUUAUUUAUGACAAUAUUAACUGAAACAAAUGAAACUGAAAUGUUUAAAAGGAGAAAGUUUCACAUGAAACGAAUACCCUGUUAAACCUGAAACUAAACUCUGUGCCUCAACAAAAAGUUGAUGUCUUAAGAUUGCCUCAACAGGUAGAGAGGCUCCCUGUUGAAGUUGACUAAAUCAGAGAGAUGAGCUGUUAGACACUGUAUGUUAUUACCUGCAGUGUUAUUAUCAAACUCCUAUGAAUUGUAACAUGAUCAUAAGACCCUGAGUGCUGUUUGCAUAAACCCUCAUGUAAGCAGGACAACUAGGCCUUGUGUUCUGGACUGACUAUGUCAUAACCACCAUUUAAAUGACAUGUUCAACGUGCAAGCGGCCUGCACUUGAGCUGAAAUAUUUUUUUUGUGCUCUGUUUCUGGCAAAUGACUGCUUAAUUGAUUUUCCGAACAACAUCAACCUGGCCAUAAAAAAAUUGAAAGUCCACCCUGCACUUUUUUUGCAGAAGCAGAGCCAUCUCUUGGAGGUUUGCUUGUGUGCCUUAUUUUUGUGUGUUAGCUUUAGAAUUUCACCAGUUCAGUUGUCAGGCAAACAUCAAGCAAGUGUACCACAGUGACACCACCUGCUGUGUUAAAAGAAAACAAAAUGUAUUAGCUGUUCUGCCCUGCACUUUUGUUUGAUUUAAAUUAGAAUUAUAUAAUUAUAUGCAACCUCCCUGAGUUUAGUAUUGAUUUAAUAAAGCAUGAUAUCAGCACUAAAAUGUC